UCAGGUGGAUUCCAUGUUUAGAGAGUUCACGCCCUGCCCUGGGACCUCUGAUUAAUGACUAUCACGUCCGUUUCUGAAAAGCGCUCGGCUGUUUGUUUUGGAGGCGGUGGGAGACGGCUCACGUAGCCGUGGCCUGAUCUGGUUCCCACGAUGCUGUUUGGACGGAGACGCUCUGCUGCUGUUUGAGUCCAAUACAUACAGUGAUACGAUAAAGCAGUGUGCAUACAUUAAUCAUGAGUGUCCAGACUGAAAGCUCCUGACUCCACUACUGACAUUUUUCUGGGUUAAAAACUUCUCUGCAUCCUGAGAGUAAACCUUUUAUUUUCUUGCAUCCUCAGCUUUUAAACCCGAUGAAACUCUUGUUAUUGUCUCAUAAUGACACAUCUAUAGGAGUAAACAAUGAUUUUUAAAGGCCACAUUCUUCAUCUCCUUAUUAUCCAGCUUCAUCCCUCUAUUUUCAUAGUAUUAUGGAUAGUAAACAUACUGCAAUUAAACAAAAAAUGUUGACUACAUUUCUUGAGAAGGUGCUUUUCAAUACUGGUGCACUCUUUAAAAAGUCAUCCCUAAGAUAUUGUUGACUUUUAGUAGAUGUAAACACACAAUAUUCCUCUGUACGUGUGCGUGUAGACUGAGAUGAGCACUCCCUAUAUAAGAAGAAGCCCUUCACGCUUUGGUCAACAUAACACUCUUUCUAAAUUCAAGGACUUCAGAAUGCAAUUCCAGCAUUCAAAGCUUUUACUUGUAUUUAUCAUGUGUAUUGUCCUAUUGUGUCAAAUGAUUACAAUGCAGAGAGGGCAAAGGAGCAGAACAGCUUCUUUUUCUACCGCCACAAUGAGAGGGAAAAAAAAGAAUAUAUAUCUAAGGUAUAUAUACGACUCAUAUGUAAUUACUCUUCUCUGUAGAAAGCAGCCUUCCUCAUUGUUUUCUAUAUUUGAUGUGAAGACUACAAAUCCCAAGCUGGCCACACUCCUCAGAGAGACUAAAAUGAGCCUAAAAAGCAUGUAAACAGUGACGCGCUUCAUUUAUCAACAGUUUUAAGACAACUAUUCAAGAAUGAAACAUUAACGCACAAUUACAGGCAUAUUCUGAUAAUGUCUCUCGUCUGAUUUGCUUUUACCCUAAUGAAUAAUAUAGAGCAUGAAACAGUCUUUUCAUUAUCAGGUAAAUCAGAAGUCUUUUCCUCCAUCCAGUCCAUUCCAAACACUGAUGAGCACCAUUAGUAUACAUGUAAUUACGGCUAACCACAGUAUUUACCCACUGACAGAAUUUAUAUGAGCUGUGUGGACGAUAAAUGCCAAAAUACUUAACAGCAUCCUUCCUAACAAUAGAGAGAAUGAGCCUCUCAUCUAAAUGCAACUAAAGCUAAAUGUUAAGUUUCACUUAUUAUCAAGCAAACAAAACCUCAUCACCAGAAUAAAUCAAACCACAGUCACCAUAAAACAAGCAUGUUUUUGUGAGGAGGAAGGGAGGAAAAAAAAAAAAACAAAACAAGAAAAUGUCCAGCGGUAAUAUGUUAAUCAGGAAUGAGAGACCUUUUAGCUGGUAUGGUUGGCAACAUGGAGGCAUGAUGGGUAAUUAACUGUUUGCAAACAGAAUAUGUGAGCUCGCUGUGUGCUGCUGUUACCUUGCUUGAGAUAAAACAAUGAGGGUGUUUGCAGGAAGUAGGUGAUUUCUCAAAAGAAGUUUGCUGCUCUGUGUGAGAAUUAAAAAAUAAAAACGCUUUCUUUUGGAGUUUUUUUUUUUUAUCUUACCAAGUAUUUCCUUUGACUUUUUUUCAGACUGGGUAUGGUAGUCAAAUGAUUUGCCACAUAAUGUAGGUGCAAAAAAUAAAGUCAAAGCUAACAGUGAAAAUGACAAAAGAUUCAGUGUUUGUACUUUUUAUUAAAAAUGUGAUUCUGUGACGGUUCAAAAUCCCUAAUUUGUAAAAUACAUCCAGUUUGGGGGCUGUGUCUUACAAAAUCCCUGUAGGUGAAUUUAAUUAACCACUUUUAAUUUAUUUGUCUAUUUUUUGGACAAUCAAAUCACAUACGCUUGACAAAUAACCCCUUUUAGUGGAAAUACUUCGCUUACUUUAACAUUGCUUGUUGACUGCAGAUGAACUUUUUCAUUUUUAAACAAUUUAAAAACAAUUUCUCCAGACUUGUUUGAAACUUAAACGAUGUAAAAGCUUUCAAGUGUACAAGUUUGGUCGGUUUACAAAAUAAAUCAGGUAUAAAAAAUACACUUAAUACAUCUUUUAAACAGUGUGUAAAUAUGUAUCGUUGAACAUAUUUCAAUUUCAAAAUAAGGCGUUUUGAAAUCUUUCAUUAUGGUGAUUAGUUUUUGGAGAUGUAGGAACAAGUUAUGAAUACAUAGUUGCUAAAAAAUUCCGUGUACUUUUGAAAAAAUCCUCCCAAGAACACUGAAAGUACAAUACAAUAAUAUUGAUAUGGUACAUGUUCGAUAAUGUUCGAGUUACCAAUAAGGCAACACGGUGUCACAGUAUCAUAUUUACCUAAUGUAUAAAAUUGUAAGGAUUUAAUCAAAUAUUUUUGUUUUGUUGCAGAGGUCAGAAUCAAUCAUCAUCUUCAGUCUUGAGAUCACUGCUUCUGCCGUCUCUGACUUCCUCCACCGUCUGACACAUGGAUGUGCAUGGAUGAGACAAUCCCUCUGCUGCACACACACACACACACUCCACAUCUGCACAGGGAGCAUAAGGUGAGCAUGCAAAAGCCCACAACAACUGUAUAAAUAAGACCAACAGACAGCAGCAGCAGCGGCAGUUUUGCAGCCUAUCAUCGUCUUAUUAAAGGGUCCUGUAGAUUAGAAUCAUCAGAGGCAGGUGUCCCUCCAACGGCAGGCAUGAUAACACGCUGCCAGAGCCCACUCCCCUCCCUGGUACUCUCUCAGGUACCUGCUGAGGCGAUCCGGGGAGAGGCCAGCUUGGAGCUCCCUUGCUUUGGUCUGGUCCGUGUGGGGGUUCAGUUUUUGGAGUGGCCCUGAUCUGCGGGGUGCCUCUUCUUCUUCCACCGGCAGAGAACCAGAGACGCAGAUCCCCCAUUUUUCCACCCUAACACUGCUGCCUGGUCUGCAGCCAGCACACACACUCACACAGACGCACACACACAUUGACUCACACACUGCUCUCACCUCAUCUAGAUAAAGCACAUCAGUGAUCAUGGAGCGGAAUAGUCUGCUUUCAUGGUGCUGCCUGGUGUAGGUGCGUCUGUGUGCUGCUUCACAAGCCUUUUUACACUGUGCACAUAAUUCCUCAUCACUGCUGUCUGACACGAGCAGAAACAGAGGAAUUACUGUCAUAAUAUUUGGUUGUAUGCAUCUAACCGCGUGAUGACAUGAAACAAUAUUUUUUAAUCAGCUAUUCUGCGUCUCCUUUUGAUCUUACACUGAUUUAUUUUGCGUGAAAGGAGCCGGCCGUGUUGCAACAGAGUGUAAGUGUCACCUGCGUGUGUGCAUUUCAGCUCCAUUCACUUGCAGUUACACAUCUGAAAAUUCAUUGUUGAUUUUGUGAUUGCUGCAUCAAAUAUGGGGCUGUGAUAGAAAGUGCAUUUUCCUGGACUGAUAAGAUAAGGGGACUGGGCUCAUCAUGGCACACACACAGACAUACACAUGGUGGUUUUUCCUUCCACAUUUCAGGUCGAAAACGACUGUUUUUUGAUGUAUUAUUUUAUCCUGACUUGUAACAAACAGAUUUUACUAACUGGGAUUUUUUUUUUCUUGUUUGUACAUAUUUUAUUUUUAAUCAAUAAAAGCAGGGUAAAUUAAAAAAAAUAUCUACUAACCUCUUGUAAUAAGUGGUAUGCAUUUAAAAUCAGCAAUAUAUGCAAUAAUAUAAGCUCAGGUAGUUUAAUGUGGUUUUUAAAUAACUCCUAUGCCCUACAGUGCACGUUUACUCCCAUAUGUCUAUUUUGGUAUAGCUGUAUGUCUAUAAGAGAAUAAAACGCAGAAAUAGAGCAUCCAAAUCUGCAUCAGUUAUUUGUGUCCACUCUGUCUGCUGAAAGAGGGAGAAAAAAAAGAGGAAAAAAAAAAAAGCAGUCUGUUCUGCCAGUGAGGAAUUCAGGUUAGUCCCAGAGGACAUCACACCUGUCAAGAAAAGCAGGAUGCAAUAACACCCUCCGUCCCAAAAAAUAGAUCUGAGGAAAUAUUAUCUAAUAUAAUGAAAAAUAGAUCUAAAGGAACUGACAAAGCAGGUAAAAUUGGAAAACAAGCUUGGAGUAAAAAUGCUUUUCCUCUGCUUUGAUUGGCCUCUGGUAUUUAGUAAGAAGAAGAAAAAAGAAAGAAAGAAAAGUGGGUUAUAGAGACUUAAUGUGAAGAAAACUUUAAUUUAAGCCCUGUUGUAACUUCAUUUGGCCCCAGUGUGACAGACUGGUGGAGUCAAACUGGUUGCAAACAGCCUCAGGAAGUGCAUUCCUCCUUUUUUUUUUCUUAUGUUCCCCCCACCAGGAGACCGCCCAUAUGUGCGUUUAAUCCAAAUUUUCUAGCAACUUCCCAUCUUCCUCCUAUUUUACCAUCACUGUCCUGCUCCCAAACUGCCUUUUUCCUCUUCACAUGCUUUCCACCGCAGUACUCCGCCGGCUCUCUCUCUCUCUCACUCUCUCUCUCCUUCUCUCUCUCUCUCCCCCCUCUCUCCUUUUUUUUCCUCCUAUUUAUGAAAACGUCACUUCAAGUCCCUCCCUGUUUGAAUCUCAUUAGUUUCUUGUGUGUUUCUCCCUGUCAAUAAUCCUGAAUCCAGACUCUCUCUAUUUCCAUCCCUCUCUAUCUGUCAAUCAGCGCCGCCUUUGAACUGAAAACCACUCCGACCAACUUCAACUCACUCAAUCCGAGCGGCUCGGCUCCUUCUCCGGCUUCCUUUUUCUGCCAAGAUUCCCUUUUUUUGAGUUUUCUACCAACCGGCCAGAGCUUUGGAAAACGCCAAUACAGACCCCCCAAACUUGUACUCGGACUUUCUAGAUCACCGAGAUCAAGGGUUUAAAAACUUCGUGUUUUUUGCCCCCCUCUUUAAAAAUACAGAAAAUUUUUGCACGGGAAAAAUGCCGCAACUCAACGGCGGUGGAGGGGACGAUCUGGGUGCAAACGAUGAAAUGAUUUCCUUCAAAGACGAAGGGGAGCAGGAAGAGAAAAUUUCGGAGAACUCCUCGGCAGAAAGGGAUUUAGCCGAUGUCAAAUCUUCUCUCGUAAAUGAGUCGGAAACGAAUCAAAACAGCUCGUCGGACUCAGAGGUAAGUUGCACCGCCGAAAAGCGGGGUACGAUCGUUCCCCCCUCACGUUUUAACGCUGUUUAACUUCACUCCGGGGCCUAUAUUUGUGACAUGUUAACACUUGAAAAAGAAAAGUUGACUAUCUCCCUCAUCGCCCGUUUGUGUUAACUUUAACGCAAUCCCUGUGUUUCAUUGCAUUUGAAGGCGGAAAGACGGCCUCCGCCUAGAUCUGAAACUUUCAGAGACAAAACAAGAGAAAGUUUAGAGGAGGGUGAGUUUCUGCUUUAUUCUUCCUCUCUUGUUGAAUUUCUGCACCAUGACAUUACAUGUGCCCGGCGGAGGGAUAUCCCCCACUGGUUUACCCUUCUAAUGCGUAAAUAUGGAGGGAAAUAAUAAACUUCGCGAGGCCACUUUAUAAAAAACUUUUCUUCUUUUUCCCCCCCGCCAUGUUAGCUGCGAAAAGGCAAGAUGGAGGGCUGUUCAAGAGCCCACCGUACCCGGGCUAUCCAUUUAUAAUGAUCCCCGAUCUCACAAGCCCCUACCUCCCCAAUGGAUCACUUUCUCCAACAGCACGCACAGUAAGUUCAUUUAUUUACUACUGUAUGUGCACACACACUCUCCUUAACACACUCACACACACUCACUCUCCCAGACACGGACUCCGGGUGGACACGGAGGCAGACAGAUAUGGAAAAGUUGUCACCCAGAAAGUGCAGCCGGUAAAAAUGUAGAGCCAAGUUUUGCAACUGCUCAUGAAGUGUACAGUACAAUGGCAUGCAUGGGAGCUAACAUGCUAACAAUGCUAGGCGCUGGGACUAGUUGCAGAGAUAAAUUAUGAUUUUAUUUUUAAAAAAGUCUUAAACGCACCUGAAUAUGUUUUUUUCUUACUUUAAUAAUAUUUUUUAAACUUAAAAAAAAUGCACGAAAAAAAAAAAUCAAAAUUAGAAUUAUUGUUAUAAUUAGUAUUAUCACGCAAUUAUUGUGCAAGUUCUGCUAGUGCAUGAUUUGAACCCACUGAAUAAUGCACUUGGCUCGUGUUUGUACAGCCUCAUCAAACAUGCCCUUUUUUCCUAACACAAGCUGCAUGAGCAUUCAGACCCUCACACUGACUUUCUGACACGCUGCACGCUGCGCAAUGCAAUGUAAAGGCACACAACUAAGAUCAAUAUGCAAAUGAGCUUAUCAAAGUGAUUUGCAUGUGUCAAAACGUGUAAAGUCUUCAUGGAUAAAAAGGUGCAUGGAUUUAAAAUCUUUUUGCUGUAAAUAUAUAUUUUUAAUUGAUUUAUAUUUUUUUAAAUGAGUCAUUUAUUGAAUGUUAAUGAUUGUGCAAUUGUAUUUUAUUUUUGCUCUGCAUGUGCGCCACAUUGCUUCUAAUGAGGAAACCACUGCCUUAAAUAAAAGCAUGUGCCAUGUAAACCCAUAUUUAUAAAUAAAUUCAUGUUAUUUAGACACAAUCAGCCAUGCUAUAAUUAUGCACACUUACUCAUUUGCUCAGCACCUCACUAGUCCCACUGGGCAAUGUGCAAUCCUUUAGCGGAAUAAUUUUCUCAAACCACGGGUGUUUUUUUGCCCCCCUGUUUUAAACGGCUGCAAUUACAAGUCUGCACUUUAGGACCUGUCAUCUCAUUUUACAAGGUUAAGGCAAAGACCAGGCAUUAGGAAAUAUGACCCCUCCACCCCAACAUCACCACCACCACCACCACCACCUUCACUUCAGCUCCGGCUGAGGAAAGAAACUGAUAUUUGUCACCUGAAUUUUUUUUUUUUUUAAAUAAAUGCACACCUGACACAUAAUGCCUUCUUUUGUGUGUGUGACACAAUUUCAGCCUUUGAGUUCCACAUGAUCACCUGAAAUUAUUUUGCUGCUUACACUUGUGUGUGUGUGUGUGUGUGUGUGCCUGUGUGAGUGUGCCUGUGUUUAAUUGCUGAACAGAUUUUAUCAUUCCUGGCAUAUGCUCAUAAGAGAACAUUUUGCCAUUCUUUCCCUCUUAGUCAGCCGGCCUUGUUAACGCUACCGGCUGGUUUUUGGAAUUAGUCACUCAUUAUUCUCAUCAGCGCUGACACAAACAUUCAUUGACAACAACACACAUGAUUUGAGCUGAGGCACUUCCUUGUUUCAGUGGCAGAGAGGUUUGUAGUUUUGUUCUUUGUGGCUACCACAGCGCUGUGUUCACUGUUACACUCGGCGGAGCGCUCACUUCAUUGUGCUUAUGCAGCAGGUAGGGAAGCAGUAAAUUGUGGAGCAUGGCUGGAGGAUGCUGCGGCUAGACCAGGUUGACCUUUGCCCUCGUAAUUCCACACCUGAGGAAGUGUUUUGUGUAGUAAUUUUAAACAGCUAAGACCCCUGUAAAAAUGUUACAACAAUGUUAUGAGUUUACCUGUUUCAUUUUUGAUUUUUCUCCACGUCACUACCUUGUUGACCAGGUGAUCAGGUCAUUAAAAAUCUGAUUAUUUGGGGCCAUGAUGAGCAAAUUAGAAGGCUACAUUUCUCCCACCUUAAUUCAAAGAUCUACCUGAACAGGGACUGUGCAAGAACACGGUUUUUCGGCUCGCGGUGAGCCUCGGCCCCCACUGUCUGCAGCGCCCUGUGUGUCCAGCCAUUAGAGCUUUGAAGUCAGCGGUCGCUGUAAAAUAAAUGUAUUAGACUUAAAGCUGGCAUAAAUAAUUCACCUGGACAUUGAUUAGCUGUCUUGCUCUCUUAACAUGUCAUGUGAGGCUCUGAAUAUGACUGCUCGGAUUAUUGCAAUGAGUCAUUCUCUCUGUCUUUGAGUCUUUUGAUUCUCGCUGCUUUUCCUUUCGUUUCUCUUCUUCUUCUCUAUCUCUUGGUUCUGAUGUUGCUGUGGUUGUAUUUCAAGGAUAUCAAAAUCAAAAUUAAGGCCUUCAUAUCUUUGUUUUAAAUUUAUUUCACAUUGUGAUUUUUAUUUUUGUGGAGCAAAAAUAUCAGCUGUUUUUGAGCACAAAUUUAGAUUUGUUAUUCGGCGCUAAUCCUGAUCUAUUUUGACAGCCGGCUUUGUUUCCUUAAUUUUUGUUUGAGCAUGUCUUUGGGAAGGGAAAAAAAACCUGCAUGUGGCGGUUACCAUAAUUUGUUUGACCUCUGGGAGCCAUAAUCAGUGAGAAUUUGUUUUUCCUACCACCUCAGUCCAAGGAGGCUCACAAUUUAGCAUCAUUUAGCAAUUUGACAUGAUGUUGUGCCCAGGCUUUAAAAAGCCUUCCUCUCCUCCUCCACCUCCCUAAACCUCACACAAAGGCCUGCUGGAUCACUGGGUGCAGGUCGAAUUGGAGAAGUGGCCUGCCCAGUUCACCCCGGUUUUCCAUCCUUUUUGCUCCCUCUUUGCUCUCCCUCUCUCUCUCUCCCUCUUCCUCUCUCUGUCUACCUUUUGUUUCCUGCCGAUGCUCACACAGGUCUUGUGAAAAAAGGCGGCGGGUUAACUCCGCUGCUGUGGGCUAACAUCACACCUCAACAGGUCUAAGAGACCGCAGAGGCUCAGGGAGGGAGAGCGGGAUCUAGGCGGCCGGCUCUCCAGCAUCGUGGGGCUGCAGGGCCGUAAAUCCGCUGGCUUUAUUUACUGCCUCUCGGACUUAUGAAUGUUAAGAUAUUUGACGCCACCCCUGGCCCCAUAAUUCUCCAAGCCUGGAGACUUUUGGCGGAGGUUUUGAGUUUCGACGUAUAAUUACGACCAGUUUAAAAAAGAACAAGAUAGUGUGGAAGGGGGGUGUGUAAGGAGGGGGGGUGCAGAAAAUGCAAGACCAAGCAUCCACUGCUGUGUUUAGAGUGAAAAAAGACGCUCCCAGAACCUGUGGCGAUUCCACUACAAGACGGUGGAAAGGCUUUGUGUGCUUGAAACAAUAGCUUUUCUCCCCUUUUCCCUCUUUGUUUCACUUCCAGGAUUGCUCAUGUUGCCGUGGAUUCACCUUUUUGGAAAAAUAAAUCCCCUUUCAUGCAGGCUGACUUCCCCCUCUAUCAUUUUUUUUAUUUUAGGGUCAAAAUAAUAGAGGAUUUUCUGCUCAGAUUAUUGUAAUGAACAGGCUGCAAGUGAAUGCAACGUUGCUGCUGCCUUUGUGCUCACGUGCACACAUUGCUCAGGCCUUAUCUGUUGUAAUUGGCGCAGACAGACAGUAUCUUUCCUUAACGUGGCAGCAGCAUAACCAUAACAAUGGUAUAUCAUAUGGAUUAUGUGUGUUCGGCAGCUGUAAAUGGAUUUUUUUGGCUGUGACAAGAGGAAAGAUAGUUUAAUGCGGAUUUAAGGGAUAGGGCCCACACCUUAUCAAAUUGGCUUUACAUGUUAAUGGGGCCUAAUUGGUGUCCACGGGGGGUUUGGUGGCACAGCGCGGCCACAAUUUGUGCCCCUAGCUGCAGAAUGCACUCUGAAUUUAGUCGGAAGGUUGCGCUCCUUUUGUCUUGCAAAUCACUUUUGUUUACAAAGUAUGGCGGAAGCGGCUCCCGCUCUCUCUCUCUUUCCCUCCCACUACUCCUUUUUGUGCUCCCUCUCUUCCUCUCUCUCUCUCUCUCUCUCUCACUCUGCUGCUGCUGCUGCUGCUGCUCCUCUCUCAUCCUGUGCGAGUAGAGGGGAAAGAAAAGGUCCUUAUUUUUCCUCGACUCAAUAAACAGUCAUAAAAAGCACAAUCUGCUUUGGAUUUGAGGAGUUAAGUUAGAGAAAGGGGUGGUGGGGGGGAGCAGGGGGGGCUGGGAAGCAAAGUUUGGCACCAUUAAACUAAAAUUGGGGCCUGCUAGACAUUAGCGGUGCGCAGCACAUUCUCUGAGCUUAAUUAGUCCAAACUGUAAUUGUUCAUGGUCUGCCAAUAGGAGUAAUGCUCAGGAAAAGUGGAGUUGCACUAAAUCGGCCCGGGGUUUUUAAAACAAUAAAUCACUCGCAUAUUUGUGCCGUGAUUCAGAUGGAGGCUCGACCUCUCCCAUCUCGACAUGUGGUAAAUUGUAAAGUCAAUGAAUCGCAGAUGUAGGAGUGGUGGAGGGGGGCAGCAGUGAUGGUAGGGGGACUCAGAAAGAGAGGCAGAGGGAGUACAGUAAGGUUUUGUGCCUGCUGAAUGAACGUGUGGUAAAUAUUUACCAGUGAGGUAUAUAUAUAUUCAUGCUUUUUUUCCUUUUUCUGCUUUAAGCCCGGCUUAAUUGUCUAAUGCUGAUUUUGUUGGCAGGCCGAGCUGUGUAGGAGCUUAUAUAUGCUUGUCAAUCUGUCACUCUGCUUGAAACUCCACACAGGCAAAAAAAAAAAAAAAGAGAAACUCAGUCAGUUUUUGUGAGUGUGUUUCUAAUCAUAUUUUUAACCAGUGCAGAGGGAGCAGUGGCUCCCUGGUGGCGGUGCGAGCCGAGUUUGGGUGUAGCAGAAAUUCAGCUGCAGUCAAGGCUGAACCUUUUUUUAAUUAAAUCAUUGACUUCAUUGUUUUUAAUGUAAUAACAGCUAAUCUGAUGCGUAAUUUCAGCUGUAACAGAUUAGGCCUGUUAGUCAUUAGAACAGCCUGGAUGUUUUUCUCUUUAUUCAUUUUUCCACUUUUAUUUUUAUUUUUCUAUUUUUUUAAACAAAUUAAUAUCAGAAGAGUUAAAUUCAUUUCACCUCCUGGUUCUGUCAGUGAGCCACCACACUCUGCUUCUCUGUGCCUGAGCAAAAGAAAGAGGGGGAAAAAAAAAGGCAUUAGUUUAGCAGCUGUGCACUGGUGCCCCCCUACAGCCCCCAGUGUAACCCCCCACACCACCACCACUACCCCACUCCCAGCAGCACCCACCCCCUUCCCUUUACUCCCUCUUUCUCCCAUGCAUUUCUAUAGAGCUGCACACAAAGAUAGUACUGUACAUCUGGAAUGCAACUUUUUGUCAUCUGUUAAAUAUAGGCUCGCUCUGCUCCUGGCCCACAGGGCUCGAGGCUCCCUCAAACAUGGAAAUUAAAUUAUUGUGUGUACGUGUGUAGCCACCACUUGUAUUUGUAGCUAUAAACAAAGUGUGUUGUGUUAUUUUCAUUUACAUUUAGCAUACUGUUCAGUUCGUUUUGAAUUUUAAAUAUGUAGAAAUCUGCGUUGUGUUUCCUUAUUUUAUCGAGCAUUUCGAAAUAUUCCGACUUGAACAGACGGAAAAAUCACUUGCAGUCCUUUCAAAAUAAAGCGCCCUUUUUGAAUUUGACAUCUUGAAUUCUGAAAGGACAGCACUAUCUGAUGUAAAAAUACACUGAUGCAUGUCCACAAUGUUCUCGUAGAGUCAAGCUUCUUUAGACUUUGACAUGUAAAGAUGAAAAACUGUCGAUGAGAUCAUCUAAAAAGCUUCCAGGAGGAUUUCAGAUUUUAUUGGCAUUAUUUCUGCCCUGCAUCCAGCAUAAAAAAAAGUACACUUAAGGUUACAUCAGACGUUAUUUCCACAGAGGCCAUCUCCUUGUGACGUCACGCUUAGUGUGGGAAGCUCAUAUAUUAUCUCGCUAAAGCUCUCCGAGCCUCGAUAAUCUGAUGAGUUCUGAUCACGUCACAGCUCCAUGAUUUGAUAGGAAUCCUUAAAACAUACGCUGGUGGAAAUCUGGAGGAGCACCAAAUCACAGCUAAUGUUAGCUAGGUAGUAAUCAGGCUAUCAUUGUGAAUAUAAGGAGGAACGUUUGCGCAAGAAAAAUGGUUAUUAAGUAAGUGACAACUGUGUUUGUGUUUGCUAGCAAACAGUAGGAUGUUAACGUGCUAAACUGUCGACUGUUUAGUGUCUUUGUGGCUGCAAAUCAAUCAGGGAGCUUUGGAAUGACCACAGUCUGUCAGAUUAUUGAGUUUUUUAUGACUUACAAGCUAAAACACGAUUAGAGUCUCCCAACCAGGGGAUGGUUGCAGGGGGGAAUACGGCUUAUAUGUUGCAUCUGUUUGAUUUAAAGGUUGUAGUGAGGAUUAUUUAGUGUCAAGAUCUGCAGGAAUAGAUAUGCUUUACAAAGUAUAAAAAUGUCAAAACCAUUGGAAAUAAAUUUUCUAAGCGGGACAGUUAAACGUUGAGGAAUUUCUCAAGUAUUUUGCCCUGUGGAGCUGUAAAGCAGCACCCAGCUGUAUUGUAACUGCAGUGCACCUUAGUGGAGGGUAAGAAAUCCUCAGAAUGUCAUGUGCAGAAUUGUUUGAGCUCUGGUAUCGCACCAGAAAUGCUUCUGGUAUGUGCGUUUCUUUUUUUCUUUCUUCUUCUUCUUCUUUUCCACCCUUGCCUGAAUGUGCACAUUUCUGUAAGUUCAUUCAUAAUGGGACCAGAGUCCUCCAGUAGCCAAAUGAGUUCACCAGUAGCCGAGUGGGAGGGGAAGCACGGGCUUGAGAGGGGGCAGAGAGAAGCGGGAAAUGUGUGCUGGGAGUGCAUGUGUGUGUAUGUGUGUGAGUGAGUGAAGGGGGGACAGAGAGAGAGAGGGAGAGUUGGGAGGUGGAGGGGUGGGGGGGCAGGGGGUCGGACGCACAAAAGCCGUCUGAAUAGAGCGCAUAAUUGCUGUUAAUGCCGGGGCAAUGAGAGCAGCGACAGUUCCUGGUUAGAUGUCCAAACAAUGGUGCCCCUAGGCUUCACAUUUAUCUCCCCGUUAAAAAAAAAAAACAGAAUCACAAAAUAAAACCCAGCAGGGAUUGAACACAGAUUGGAGCAGGCAAGUUUUAGCCAACCUCUCCUCCGUGUUGCUCUCCACGCUUCCCACCCUAAUCGUCAUCGGAAAAAAAAAGAAAAAAAAAAAAAAAUCAGCUGUAGACGCUGUGUGUGAGAGGGCCGCUGUGAUGCUGGAGGAAUCCUGGUGGUGCCGGCCUUCUGUUUGGAUUGUGGAGUGUGUUUGGGAAGGGUCAAAGUGCACUGCCGCUGACAUGCUUUUUCGUCGAGGAAGGAGCUUCCCCUCUCACCCUUUUUUUUUUUUUUUUACAACGACUGAUAGCGAGUGCUUGAGUCUCCACCAGUAUUUUUUUUCCUGUGUGUGUGUGUUUCUGUGUGUGUGUGUGUGUGCAGGGAGGAGGUGCCACACUGCCAUCACAGCUCUUAAUGAUCAUGUUGGGCUAGAUAAUGACUAGCCGUGCCAGUGUGCAGCGAACACCUGUGGUACACCAGCCUUUUAUGGAUGUGGUAGAAUGCUCCGGAUCGUACCACAGAAGAAGAAUUUCAUUCAUGCUAAUAUCUUCUUCAGCUCGAACACAUUCAUAAUCAGAAAACAAGCAUUUAAAAACACAUCAAAACAGAAAUGAAACUUUAUUUUGUUGCUAAAUUUAGCCGUAUUUUAAUUUAUUUUAUAUUCCUCUUAAAGUAAAUACUGUCAAACUUGUGUCCAAUCAAAAUUAAUCAAGUAACAUCCAAUAUUUUAGUUCCGGGAGUUAGUUUCUAUCUGCAGUCUUAAAGGAGCCUCAGGAAUUUCUGUCUGCAGAUAAUCAGUUUAAAAUGGCUCAGAUGGGAAGGAGGCCCUUUGUGUGAGCUCAACACAUAAUAGAGGAGUUUAGGUGAUAAAACUCCAGUCAAUGUAUUUUUAAUCUACUAAUUAAACUUUUAAUUGUAGUAGGAUAAGCUCCAAGGGCUGUGUGUGUGUGUAAGUGUGUGUGUGUUUAAGAAGCGGAGUGAGUCCACUAAUGAGGCGAUCGUCUGCUUGUUUGUCGUAAAAAGGUGCCGGAUUCAUAACUGCCUGCGAAAGGUGAGGGAGGGUUAAGAGAGCAAGGCAGAAAUAAAUUCAUCAACUAAUCUCGGGAUUAUGGUGGGAUUUCGAGGAAAAAAAAAAAAAAUAGUUGGCGAGAUUACUCAAAAAUGCACAAGGCUAAUAAGAUGUAACCCUUUUACAGUGACUGGCGAGCAGCGUCAGAUUCCUCUUGUUUCUCUCUCUCUCUCUCUCUCUAGCUGAUGAACCAAUUCCAGUGGAAAACAGAUUAAGAGUAAAUUCCCAUGUUAGCUCUUUAACCAGCUGUUAGAAACCUAUUUAAACACAAUAAUAAUACGCCUCUUGUAAAGAGACAGCUGUCAUGUUGUGUACUGCGGCAGAUAACAUUUCAUGUGAACAGCUUGUCACAUCCACACAUGGCCUACGCCGAGCAUGUCAGCAUUCAAUUGCUAACCAUUGUGCAGGUAAUGGAGUGUUUAUUUUGCCCCCCAAAAAUGCCGCUCCGAGCAUCCUGAUUGGCUGUGCGAAUUUAAAUGGGCUGCAGUCUGUAAAUAGUGCUCAAUUAGUUUAUUGGAUUUAUAUUUAAAAUGAAUCGUUCAUAAAAAAUGGAUCUUUGCAUGUAAAGUUUACUCUUAGAAUAAAUGUAGAUUUUUCUGCCGGGGGGGACGUCCACAGUGAUACAUAUUCAUUCCACUAGAGUGUGAGGCAGAGUGUCCUAAAGUGGACAAAUUGACUCUCAGAGUGAAUCGACGACGGCCUCCCUCCCUCCCUCCAGAGGUCAGAGUGAAUGGAGUGUCUUGUUUGGACAACUGUCCCGAGGUGAGAUGAGUGAGUGGCCUCUGGUGUCCCGCCAGAAGGGAUGAAAUGACAGACAGAGGGUCAGACAAAGGCACUAAAUGGGCAUUCAGACGAUGGAGAACAAUACAAAUCUGGCCACCCUUCAAAAUAAGGAUUUGCAGCUGAUUGACGACAAUGGAAUUUUAAACUGAACCAUCAUAUACUAACUCUAUACCUGUUUUGAUUACAAGGCAUCAAAAGGGGAGCUACGAUUAUUCUUCUUUCUUUCUCAAGCUGUAGAGUAAUCCAUGGAUGAGUCCUCUCUCUCCUAGUUCCUCUACUUGUCCAGAGUGAGACCCAAGUCUUACUCCAGCUGCUUCCCCUUGAGGCUGUCCUUUUCACAACUCUUGGAGUGAUAGAUUGAGUUUCAUAUUUGGUUUGGAAAAGGCUCAAGCAGAACAAAUCCUCCAAAAUUUGAGUCCAAAAUUAACAACACUAAAGUCUGAAGUUUGUCUUCAAGUCAGGAGAUACUUUCUUCAGAUAUUUUUUCAAUAAUUUUUCACUUUUAAUCCUUGAACCCUACAUUUUCUCUAACGUGGCUCAUGGUUGACUCAGUAUAACCCUAUAAAUGUAACGUCCGGCAUAUUUUUUGGCAUCCAGGCCAAAGUUCGGGAUUGGAUAUUGAGUGGAAAUGAAACCUGUCCAGUCAUAAUGAAAGUUUAGCUGGAGACUGGCAUGGCUGAAGCGGAGUGGCCUUUGUGUCAUGUGAUGCACGUCACGAUGCCCUUUAGAACCAGGACGCCCUUUAUCUCCUCUUUUACUGCCCCCUCUAUCUUUAUUGGCCACCAGGCUUUGCAUAUUUCAAAUAUCAAUAAAGAUAAAUUUCCAGCUUCGUCAUUACAGUGGCGUCAAGUGGUUAAGAUUUCAGGAUGGGUCCGCUGGCGACGUGAUGAUUUCAGUCUCCUCAAUAGCUAAUCUCUCCUUUCUGUGGGAGGUCUACUUGGACUUUGGCAGUCAGCAUUGAAGUAGCCAGCGUAGCGCUUUGGAGCCUUUCUAGCAGAAGAGUCCAGCUUUGCAUGUCUAUAAAAGCCCUUUUGUGUGUGUAGUGGAUGACCCUGGCUGUUGCAAGGCCUGUAUCUGUCUCUGCUCAGGCAGUCGGGCAGGCCUGCAGUGAGGAUACAGCAGCUGGCCAGGGCCCAGGCACAGGAAUGCUGUGUGCGCUGUUUAAACAGUGGCUUGUCUCAGUGCAGGGCCUGGAGGAGCUGAGGGAAGGAAGUUGCUGCAUGUUUACAUAGCUGAAUUGUCCUCUGGGCCCCCCAGUGUCUAAUGCACUUCUGUUCAAACAUUCACAAGUGUGCAGAUGACCCCCACUGAUGCUGGUGUUCACAGCUCUGCCUCUGCUCUGCGUCUGAAUGUGUGUUUGUGGACAAUGAAACAGUGCAAGACUUAUAGCCACUACUUUCCUCCCUACUGUGGGUGUUUGCUGUUUUAACCUGCAGGCUAGGAUGAUAGAUAAAAAGUAAGACAAGGCUCAAUUUAUCACGCUAAGACAGAAGGGGAAGAGCUAUCCAGACAGAUGAGGAGACACAAGGCACGUCAUUGCUCCUACCAAGGUCCUGUACAACAAGGAGCCAGACAUUGACAUACGGCGGAGUCGUGGAGCUAAUUGUUGUUUGAAUUACCUGUUAUGAUCCGAUGACAAAUCUCUCACUCUCUUGCCACCAGAGCGGAAAAUGCAUCCGGGGAUUGGCAUGAUCUUUGGGAGUGUGUAAACCUGGCUUCAACAAGAUGGAUAAAUGCAAUUAUUGGGCAGACCUGGAGAGGAGAAAAUCCAUUUAAAGCCCGUAAAGCUAAGCAGGGGCCGUGGUUAAUUCAUUUGGCCAAUUUACGGGUGAUGUACGAGUGUCAGGGCACAUUAGUCAGGCGGGGGAGAGAGGUGAAUGUGUGUGUUGGCUCACUGGGUGCGUAUCUUUUUUUUUUUUUUGCGUCUUGGUGGAGGAGAAGUCUCCUUGAGACCUGGUUCCUCACUCCCCUCCGUGCCCCCCCUUCUUUACCGUCUCAGCGGACAAAACAAAUGGAGCUUAGACAGGGAAAUGACAAAAAGAUGCACUGAGGGCACUGAGUGGGAGGGAAGCGGGAUUGCUUUGCAAAUGAGGUGGGGAAACGUGGCUGUGGUCCGCUGGCUUGCAGAGUGAGUACCAGCAUGCUUUGCAGUACCAAGAGCUCAACCAGGCCCUCCUGAAAGUUAACUGUCUGCUUUCUCUGCAUGCAACAGUCGUGUCCAACAUGUACCAGAACAAAUGCCUUUUUUAAAAGCAGUCGUAAUUUAUCUGCUUGUGUCAAUCUAUCAAGCAAUGUCUUUAGGAACAUUUUAAAUGCUGUGUCAUCAGAAAUGAGUAUCUUGGAAGAGUCAGCAGCAUGAAAAUGGUAAAAUAUUGACACAGCAUUUGUGUAAUGUUGGUGGUACAGCUCACUGAAAAUGACCUUGAUACUCUCUGUGAACUUAGGAGGGUUUCAAAUGAGACUAUAAUUACCGUCUGGAUAGCGUCUAGUGUUUACUGCUGGUAAGCAAAGCCGUCUGUACCCUGAGUACCUCACCUGAGGACCGGGUCUCCACCUUGAACCCUUGAUGUACAAAACCUAUCACGAAACCUUUUCAACUACUUCAGCUCUCUUUCGGCUGUUUUUCCUGUCUUGCGUGAACAGAACUGUGUUUAUCAACUCUCGCAACCAUUCGACAUUGGAUGGCCUCGCUCUGCUUAGUCUGUUACACAGCCAUUGUCUCGCUUGAGCAAAACCACUCAACGGUUACACAAGCUGAGCGGUAUGCAAAAACAGUGGUUAGAGCGUAGAGGGGCGGGUGAGAGGCAUUGAGGUAAGCUUUGGUUUACUGCUCUAAGCCACAGCCUGAAUCAGAGCAGGGUUAUGCUAUCAGGCAGAGAAACACCAGAGGGUAAGACCUCUCUCACUAUGGUGCCGAUGCUUUUUAAGUGGUCGGGAUCAGACUGGAGUACCUCCCGGUUCAGUAGAUUUGGAUUGCUGUGUGCACGCGUGUUUUUGCAGGCCACGUCCGCGGUGGUGUAUGUGUGUGUUAGCAUUUGUCACCUGACUGCCAGGCAACGGGCCUCAGGAAACCAGAGUCAGUGUGAAUGCUGAGGCUUGUCAGAGACAGGUGCCAGAGCUGCAGCCCCAUGCCUGUAGUAUAGCAGCUGGGGAAAGACUGCAGGGCUCAGAGCAACGUGUGGGCCAUCGGGAUACAGCAUCAGUUCACUGCUAGUGGGUGAUAAAAUGGGUAUGUCUCACUUACAGUCCUGCCGCUUAAAGCUGAAACACGCCAUGCGGUAUGAGCAUAAAACAAAUGAUGGGAAAGAAAACCACUGUUUACUAUAAAUCCUGGUCCACUAUGAAACAUACUGACCAGUGUACGAGGACACAGAGCAGAGUAGGGGUGGGAGAAAAACUGAUACAGCAUAGUAUCAGGAUAUUUUGUCUGGUGAUAUAUCGUAUCGUCUCAUUUACCAAAUAUCUAUCUAUUAUUUAAAUUUAUUGCUCAUAUGAAGUCAAAUCUAUGAUAAUGGAAAAAUAAAAUCAACUUUUCAGUGAGGUUGGCAUAGGUGACAUCAUAGAUCAGGAGAAAGUUAGUACAACAAAUAUGUAUAAGGUAUGCAAGAUGUGCUACAUGAAAAUAAAAUACAGUGUGAAUAAAUAAACAUAAAGGAAAGCCAAAUGCUAAAUUAUUGAAACAGUUGAAAAUGUUUUAUAAAUUGCAAUAUAUGGUAUCCGAAUAUUCACCGUAUUGUAAAAUGUAAAAAAUUGCAAUAAUAUUGUAUCAUGGCCCAAGUAUCGUGAUGGUAUCGUAUCGUGGCCCAAGUAUCGUGAUAAUAUCGUAUCAUGGCCCAAGUAUCAUGAUAGUACCGUAUCUUGGCCCAAGUAUCGUGAUAGUAUCGUAUCAUGGCCCAAGUAUCGUGAUAGUAUCGUAUCGUGGCCCAAGUAUCGUGAUAGUAUCGUAUCAUGGCCCAAUUAUCAUGAUAGUAUCGUAUUGUGGCCCAAGUAUCGUGAUAAUAUUGUAUUGUGGAGCCACUAGUGAUUCCCACCCAUAGAGUAGAGGCAGUGACAUGAUCAGGACAGGUGAAAGGUAGACCCCACAUGGACAAGCAGGACUUGUUUCUGUUUUUUUUUACAUUUUGUAACAAACUGAAUGUGUCCAUUAAAAGCCAGUUGUAAAAAAACCUCUCAGACAUACUGUUUUUACUCUUCUGGAGGAUGUGAAGCACAUAAAGUUAGUUUCUCUGCAUCCGUAGCAAGUUGCAGUUGAUACAUGUGGUUUUCUAUGAAAUCCUAUGCAUGCUUAAGGAGUCUUAGAGCCUGUUCAUGCAUAUCUAAUCGGAUGUGUGCUAUAAUUCUCUGAAAUCAACUUUAAAAUGUUAAGAUCCUCUUUGUACUUUGAGCGCUCUUGCUCUUUGUUUUAACCAGAACAUGGAAUUCUGUGUUAAUUCUUCACCCAAAUUCAACAGCUUGGCAAAAAUUCUGCUCAACGUAUUACCGAUGCAAAUUAAACUGUGUGCAAGCAUUUAAAGCCCAGCUGAUUUCUUGUUUUGUUUGCAGCUUUUCUUUGAAGGAGCUGAAAUUUGAUGCAUUUACCGAGAAUCAAGCACGUAAGCGUUUGGACUAGUUUCAGAUUUUGAAAAAAAAUUGGGAACGCAUUUGCGCGCUUGCCAGGAUUUCAACAACAAAGCUGUGUGACAUGUUAUGAGCUAGUUAGUUUGUCAGUAAGUAAUGGCCUUCAGUUUGGAAUUUUUAGAUAUUUCACUGUUUAUCAACAUCAGCUGCCUAAUAAGAAAUGAUUUGUGAUUGAUAACCGAUCAGAUAGAAUUAGGAAUACAAAGUCAGAGCCCUGUAUUUUGAGCCCCGUUGUGGUAUUUAACAGCAGUGCAGCUUCCCUCUCAAUGGCACAACUGGAAAGUGGAACAGGAAACCCCCGUCCUCUUCGGCGAGUGGGGUGGUAAAUGUGCCUGGGAGCCAUUACAGUAAGCCCUCAGAGGCUUCUGGGGGAACUUCCAUGGACCCUUUCUUCUCAUUUUCUGCACUCGCCUUUGGGAUCAUUUUGAGUACAAUCUGAAAAUCCUCGGCAGUAAAAAAGCAGAUCCAGUCAUCAUCAUCUCCUGAUCCACUCGCUCGCUUCUUCCCAGAUGCUUGCAAAGACCCCAUGGGAGAACAACUGCUGGCUGCCGUGUAGGGUCCGCUGCGAUUCCUAACCCCACUCAGAAAAAUAACCACAUGGAAGUUUUCGAUAUGCUCCCACAGAUCAUUUUACAUCAGUAGACGUGCCUCUCAACACAACUGUUCCCAGUUAGUGGCAAGCUGCCAGUCUUAGUACGGUCACUGGUAGGACAAAUGCUUUUCACUACCUCUCUGUUUCAUGCUUUGAGGCUUCGUUGGAAAGUUAUUCAAGCUGGGAAAACCAACCUGUUACUUUAAUCCAGACUUCGAUUUGAGCUGUGUGAAAUGUAGGGGUGUGUAUUGUUCGGGUUUUAGGGAUACUCUUGAUAGUACAACUUGCCAUUAUUUGGUGCAAAAAAUGUAGAGCUGAAGUAAAAACUUGGUAAAAAAAAUACAACCUGUCAAUUUGAAACUCUGAAGCAUGUGAACUUUACAGGGUCUUAUCUCCUGAAGUUGAAAUUGAUGUGUCAGCACUCAGGAGGACUUGCCUCGGCUUAUUCCUCUGUUAGAGUGACAGAGUGACAGCUGUCCCAUAUGAAUGAUCCUCCUCGGGUUAUAGGGAAACAAGCUGAUCCCUUAUGAGACCACUAUGCAGGGCUGGGCGAUAUGGCCUCAAGUCAAUAUCACGAUAUAUUGAGCAGUUCACCUCGAUAACGAUAAAUGGACGAUAACUACUCCACAAGCUGCUCACCCCCUCCCACAUUAACUUGGUCGCUACAACUUUUGAACCGUCCUCCAUCUCCUCACCUGUCUUUCCCUCUUUAAUAUGGACUGGAAGAGGUGGAGUCACGUCUCUGACGUAGGACAGCGUCUUAAAGGGACAUGAGACCAUAGCCGACCUACACACAUCCAAAACAAACUUUUGUUUACUUAUUUUUUUGACAUGGAAUAUAUUGACAUGGGUGAAACGACAUUGGUUAUUGUUGUAAAUUUCUGUAACUGUGGUACAGAAAUGUUUGAAUAAACAAAUAGCAGAGCUGUUUCAUGGCAGGAUGAAUCAAGAAAGGCCGAAUCCUGUUCUUGUUUUGAAUCAAUAAGCCUUUAUUUGUCUGCCUGUAACUUUUUAAUGGAUACUGUGCAGACAUGUUGUUGUUGUUGCUGGUGUUUUUUAGCUUUUUUUUGCAGCCCUGAUUGGAGAUGAGCCCUCUCCGUUCACCAAAAUGCAAUUCCUUAUCUUGUCUUAUGUUAUUUUGCUAAUUACUAACCUACACGGAAGUCUCCUCUCAGCUGAGUGCCUCACACACACACACACACACACAUAGGGCUGUGGCUGACAGCCAGGCAGGCAUAUUUCUCAUGCUUGUAUUCAUAGAGCAGGGUAGUCAAGUUUGUUUUUAAAUUGGUAUAAAUUUAAGGUUUAAUAAGACAGCUGAAGGUGCGAAAAGGAAACUAUGGGGGAAAACUCUGACCCAAACCAGCGAAGAAAUGAUCAUCAUGCAGGCCUGAGCCACAUCUGUCCUGUAGUUUUGGUGAAUAAUUUGACUUUCAGACAAGAUCCCACUGAAGCCUUUCUUUAGUUGACAUUAACAAGGCCAGUCAGCACAGUUACUUUGCAGUUAUUUGGCUAUGCGGUGGUGUUAAAUCAUAAACAGGCAAAGAGAAGGGCCUCACUAACAGUUAGUGAUGAAUAAAUAGUAAAAUUGAGGCCUCAACUUGAAGGGAAUCUUGUUUCUUGGCUGGCCAGAUAGACUGUUGCAGCUCCGCUGGCCAGGAAUUGAGAUGCUGUGGUCUCAGGCGCUGGGAAAGUCGACCUCUAAUUGUUCACAGAAGCCAUUGGCAGGAGGAGCUGAGAAAUGAUGAGUGAGGCAUCGACAGGGGUGGACACUGAGAUGAAGGCGCUCACACUUGCUGUUCGGAGGCUUUUUUAGGAAAGGGAAUCAAGCCCUCUGGGAUGCACCCAAAUGACAAAACUGGUGGCUCUAAAAAGGAAGAGGGAAAAAAACAUGGAGGAAACCUUACUCUUUUUCCUUGGCUCAUUUUUAAGAGACAGACACUUUCUUCACGUUUUAAAUUGGCCUUGUCCUGCGGUUUCCUCGACUGGGCUGCCGGGAGCCGACUGUUUCCACAUAGGCCAAUGUUCUGUACCGGGUUUGGUUUUGAGAAAAAUAAGGGUCUGUUUUGUCUGGCGCUGAUCACUGUGGUAUUAAACUCCCAUUUUUUUUCCCAAAAGCUAACACAGUCAUGCGCUUGUAUUCUUCACGCCUUUUUGAUCUCUGUCACAGUUGCUUGGCAAGAGGCACAUCUGCCUCUCUGCCCCAGCACUGCCACGACCCCGUAACCCUCCCCCCUCCCACUUGUAGCACAAAUCCAGUUUUUGUGGUACUUUUCUUAGCACCAUAAUUUAGCAAAUAACACCAGUAAUGAUUCAAUUGGGCAUAAAGUAAUUGAGAGGCGGCCUGCUUGCCAUCUGUCUGGUGAGAUUACUACUUUCUGUGUAAUUAAACGUGUGACCUUGUGGCCAUGGAGGGAGGUGCCAGUGGGCAGCCGCUGCCAAAGAGCUGGGCCGUCUUAUAUGAAGUCUGGGAGGCUCUCUGGGAGGGUGGGGGUGGUGGUGGUGGGGGGGUGUUGUUGUGCGGUUUUAACAGUUUAGCCCAGCUGCUAAAGAUAGCACAGGCUGAUGUGAGUCCAGCUUAAGUGGCAGUCUCCUUCACAUGGAUGUACCCUGAGUCUGUGUGUCUGUAUUCACACACACACACUCACACUCACAUCAGCAAGCUUGUAACAAAACCCAAAGUCACCAACCCUGAAACAAUUUGGCGAUACGAGUGAAGCCCAGCUGAAGUUGGAGUGAUCCCUGUGUGCACACGGUGUAACCAGGGGCCGAAGGGUUUGUGUGUGCGCACGUUUGUGUGUGCUGGUGGAGUCAUGACGGGCUGAACCCAGGCUGCUGUUUUAACUCUGAUUUUAUGUGUGGUUUUGUUUUGACUCCUGAGGUUUGGUUUCCCUUGGACAGUGUCCAGAGACUACAAGGCCUGCUUCUCCUCAGCUCUCCUGCGAGGCCGACGUGAUGGGCCCUGCAAAGCUGCAUGAUUGGAUUUCACUCCUGAUCUGGUUGUUUUGUGUUGUAAACAGGACAUUAAAGACAGGGGGAUAUGGUGAGCUAAUGAGUCUUUGUGUCAGCGUGUGCAUAGGAAGGGGGGGUUGGCGUUUGAGUGGUUUUCAGGCUUUAUCUGCUGUAUCCUUCAUUGUAGUGUCACACCACCCUGUUGAGAAGAGGAACUAAAACCCUACUAGUCCCCUUGUUGACAUACAGUACACACAGACACACACUUAAACACAGAAUACACAACUGAGAAAGACAUCAGGGAGGUUUGCUCAGUGUGGGCUGGAUGGUGUCUUGCAAUACUUCCGCCCAGAGCUUGAAAAAAAAUCCCUCUUGUUCACCCUAAACAAAAAUAUCCAUUUUAAUUACUAUGGUUGUGCUAUGGUGCAGCCACAGCGUGGCUGGCAGGACCCGGCUGAGGUGGCACCGGCCACUGGGGAUGGGGAAGAGGUCUGGGCCGGCCUCCAGGGAAAUUACAGGGUGGUGUGGAAGAGGGGGGGGAGCUGAAGCCUGCCUCCACGCCAUACUGUCAGCCCAGAGAGCUGCUGCGUGCUGCUAGCUAGCUAGCUCCUGUGCGUUUCAUCCUCUGCCCUCUUGAGAUAAUUGGAGAUGUGCUUGUUGUAAACAUGUUUUUCUGUUUCAAAGUUAAGUUUUUACCGCUUCAGUCAGAAGAUCUGUAUGCAGAGAAUAAAUAUGACUUACUUGUAGGAGAAUAACAUCUCUAAAGUGGGCUCAGCUUUCAUUUUCUGUUGUUUCUAACCCUCCUCGCUUCUGUUCCUUCUCUAACCUCUUCAGCCGUCUCCCUUUUCUCUUCUUCCACCCCCUCCUUCCCCCCCGAGCUCUCCCUCUCCUCUCUCAGUAUGUGCUCUGAUUACCUCUCCAAACUGGCAAUAAGUUGAUUGCUUUACAGAGAUGAUGUAAGCCCCUGCCCUAGGGUACAUCAGGUUGGAUUUCUCCCGCUUUAUCUUGUAAAGCCUAAAUUAACAGCUGGUUUGGUUGGAGUUCUCCUGGAUCUGACUAAAGGAUUAGGCUUGGUUCUCAUGCGAGUCAAUCUGGUUUGAUUUAUUGCAGGUCUAUCAAAAAAGAUCAAUGGGAGUCCUUUUGAAAGUAAAUCCUUAAUCGCUCUUUGCACUUACGUGUCAUCAUUGUGAAUUUUUUUCCCUCCCUUCUAUCUCUUGCUCUCUCCUUUCUCCAUUUCUCACUCCCUAAUUCUUAUUCUUCCCUUACACCGAGCCUUGUCUGUAUUUAUUUUUUUCUUUCUCUCCCCUUCUUUACUCCUCUGAAGCCAAUCGGCAGUACUGAUCUGCCUCUGUCGAAGGUAUCACACUGAAUUGGUGGAUGGAUUUUUCCUCUCUUCUCAUUAGUUAUCCAUUGAGGCAAGGCAACCAAAAGCAUGGCUUUAGCAUCCUCAGGAGUUUUUUGAUCAUACCUGUUCUGAAACCCUCCUGUUUUGUCUUCACCCAAACCUCUCGCUUCUUAUUGGGCUCGUCGCUCACAUGUAACUCUUGGCAGCAAGAAACCUGGAGUGUUCACAUGUUUCAUCGUCGUAGCCUUGGAGUAUCCAGCCAAUAUUAGAGACCGCAGUCUCGACCGCUGAGUAAGGAAUUGCCGCUCUGGCGAGGGGUGUGUCCGACAAAUCAAUUUGACUUCGGAGUGAUGUUCACGCCAACUUUGGAAACCAGUUACACAUGUUCAACAAAUUCACUCUGCAGGGAACUUGAUGGUGAUACUGAUACCGAUACUAAUAGGAAUGCGUAUACCAGAACCAGUGUUGGAAAUAGUUAAUUUUUCGAUUUAUUCCUGCCUUUAUCAAAAUGAAAUUUGGGAUUUUAAGUGGGAAGUUGUUGCCUGUAGUCCCUCCAAAUUAGUAUCUCAUGUCACUGUCUCUGAUGGUUAUUAGUAAAGAUGUCCCGGAAACCAUCCGAUAUCAGCAAAAAAACGAAUAUUGGAUUGUAGUGGCCUGCAUCUAAAAUCUCCGAUAUCAGCACUGCGAUGCAAGCAGUCCAUUCCAGACUCCGCUUCAGCACCUCUAGCUAGCAGCACCUGGAUCUGCAGAGCCCAUGUGUUCACAACAACAGUGUGUACUAAGGUACUAAGAAAGUAGUAAGGAGUAGGAGUGACGUCGGCUGUGUGGCAGUAUUUUUCAUUCAAGUCCGAAAAAGACAUUGCAGAGUGCAAAACUUGACGAGCACAAGUUUGUGCGAAUAUUGGAUCAAUAUCGAUAUUUGCCAAUACUGAAGGCUACGAUAUCAGUAUCAUUUGGGAAGUAAAAAAAAUGUAUUGGGACACCCUGAUAAUUAUUAGGGCUCAUUAGUGUAGAAGAUGCUUCCAUAACAAACAGACUUGUGAGGAGGCGUCUGUAUCCUGACCAAAUGACCACCUACUCCUCCAGUCGUGUCUCUGGAACAUCUCAUACAAACAGCAUGUUGCUGAUCUGAGAAUAAAACAGGAGAAAAUGGUGUAAUAGUAAAUAUUGUACUCAAAGAGUAGUUAUUUAUUCAUUCAAAUGCUUUAGAUAGACAGUUCCCUUCGUCUUACACACCCUCUUAAAUCAUAACUUUCUCAAAUCUCAGUUCUCCACUCUUCCUCUCUGGACCGCCCCAUUCUUGCAUCUUCAUCCCCUCCAGCCCUGGAUGCAUGCUUACACACGAAACGUGCUAAACCCUCUCCGGUAACAUAAUCCAAGCUCUCGGUUAUCUCACAUAUUGGAAUACUGAACGCUUAUUUUCUCGAACAUUUAAACGCGCAUACUUCCCUGUCGACAAAAUGAUAUAACACUCAAACAACACCCUGCUGCAUAUUUUCAUGCACACAUUCGUAAAGCGACCUGGCAGCUGUUGAGUAGAGGGGUAAGAGAAGGGUGGGGGUUUCUUCUACUUGAAAACUCUUUCUCACUUUCUCUAGUUCCUCCAACAACAUCCCCUUUCACUCUUUAUUUCCUCCUACUUGUUUGUCCAUCUCUCAAGGCCUCGACUUUUGAUGAGUCUGUAUCUUGAAAACACAAGCAGCAGCUCUGACAAGGACUAGAUGGACAGACAAUGCUGUGCUGGCUUCUCCUAAGUUUCUACAACCACUUCCUCCCCAAAAUCCAGGAUUUCCUGCGCCUCUGGAUUUAUUUUUCCUCCGUUGUGUGAAUAUACGUCGGAUGAUUUGAGGUGAUACCGACUCGAGGCUGAUCGCUGUCAAAUUCAGGUGUGUCCUCCUGGCAUGCUCGGCAAGCUGGAUGGGCUGGCAGACCUUUAGGGGGGGUAGUGGUGGAAGUGUGGGAGGGGCUGUGGAGUGGUGGAGGCUGGGUGGAGGGGGAGUGGGGGGUGAGAUCGACGGGAUACGUGGGAAGGAAGGGCUUGCUGUCAGCCAGCUGGACCUCUUAAUCCUACAGCCUUGGGGAAAGGGUGUGUGAGUUUGCGUGCGUGUUUGUGUGUGUGUGUGUGUGUUUGUCUCGUAGAGAUUUGUCAAGUUUAGCACACCUCUGCUCUCCUCUUUGGCCCAGCUGAGCCCACGUUGUGUGUGUUGUGUGUGCCUGUGUGUGUGUGUCUGUGUGUGUUUGCACUCCAGCGAGACACAACCAGGAUCUAUGCACAGUCUGUUUACUGUAGUCUUCGCUUUAACGGCACACUGUAUAUUUAUGUCGAGACGACACUGCCUCUCGAACCCCUUGAUGUUGGAGAGGCACUGGGGGGUUGGUGUGAGGUGGAAGUGGGUUGGGGUGGGUUGGAGGGGGGGGUGUCCCAUGUUGCUGGUUGAACGUGAGGUGAGGGGGGAAGUCGUGAGGGCAACACGCACUGCAAGCACCCCCGAAAACCUCCCUGCCUCUGCGCCCUGCCCUCUCUGAGAAUCAUCUCUGAGUGUGGGUGUGCGCGCACUUUCUCCCACUCUGUCAUACUGUAACUAGCCGACUGAUUGCAUCAUCCUCUUGUCAUUCAUUAGACCCAAACAUACUAUUUAGCCACAUUCCAUGCAGGCUUCCUCUUUUUUUUUUUUUUCACUCUUGCUCUCUUUUUCCUCUGCCCCACUCUCUCUCUCUCUCUCUCUCUUUUGGCGUAGACUUUUGCAUAUAUCACAGGCUGGCAGGCUAAGAGCUUGGGACUUCCCCACGCCACACUCCAAGCCUUUGAUCCUUUGCUUUGGAGGUAACAUCAAAAGGAGAGGCAUAGAAAGGCAGCUACUACUGUGAAGUUCAAUGUUCAACUUGAUGGCUUGGCUGAGGGCUUUUUUUCCUCUCUCCUCCUCUCUCUCUCUCUCUCUCUCUCUCUCUCUCUCUCUCCCCUCCUCCCUCCUCCCCCCUUGCUCCCUCGAUCCCUUCGCUGCAUCCCUCAGCUGACAAAAACACACAGUUUGUAGCCAAAGGUUUUUUUUUUUUUUUUCAUUGUGAGUGUGUGUGUGUGUUGAGUCUGACCUCACCUCCAUAGAACUGAUCCGGCUCUAAAGAGACCCCCUUUCCACGUGAAAAACGCGCAUAUACAGAUGGCGUACGCAGAUAGUCAGACGUCUUCUUUUGAUGGCGUGGUAAAAGGUGCACUUCCACUGCCCCGGCCUUUUCCUCUCCCUUCCAUUUCUCGCACUCAGUGUGUGUACGACAUGCAGCAUCCACAAUAUUGCAGCUGGUUGCAUCAAUGCAAAAGCCAGGCGGCCCAGCGGUGCAGCAGCGGUGGAUAGGUUAUCAGGAGAAAAAGGGCAUUACACUAUAUUGUUUUCACUCCGUAUAGAUCCACCCCUCCUCUGUACACGUCUUCUUCAAGUAGUGAGAAAAAGAAAAAGAAAAAAAAACACUUUCUCUUUGCUCUUUUUCUGCGGUUGCUUUGUUGACACCAGGCACAUAAAUCCUGCAAUCCAGAGGAAAACAAACGGUCUUCACGUAAUGAAUGCUUCGGCUGAGUUUGUAUGCAAACUCUCUAAAUGAAGGAAGUAUCAUAGGAAGCUAUGCAUUCCCCGGUCAAAGCCAGACUUUUCUGCGGUGCAGUCAUUGCUAUUUAAAUGACGCUGACUUGAUAAGGCGAUCCAGAAAGCUGAGGUGCUCCACUAAAUGCUUUUUCCUCUUUUAUGAGCUUCUCUGUCUGACUGUGCCAAUUAGCAAAGGCGUGUGGCCUGCUUUUCUUCUCCUCUUUUUCUCCUUUUUUUUUUUUAAUCCUGCUCCAGCUCUCUUUCUAGAUAGAUGCUCUCUAUCACACACACACGCACACACACUGGCGUACACACACCAAGCACACGUUUGGUGUAUCAUUAGCUUAGUGUGCGGGGAGGCGUGCGAGCCCGGGCUCUCCCUGCCUUAUCUCCAUGUCAAUCACAGCGUGUGUGUGAACAUCAGUUGUAAUGAUCUCCAUCCAGCCUGUCGGUGCGUGUUAGCGCCCGGCUUCCCUCGCCCCCGGAGCAAGCCGUUCCCUAGCUAAUAGAUGCAAAAUUAAGCUGAUCAAUAGAUGGCCUCAGCUCAUUAUUGACAUGUUAUCGCGGCGUGGGAUUUUUGUGCGGGGGUUUUAUAUAGAGCUAGCAGGAGAUGCAAGGCAGGAGGAGCAAAAAAAUAAAAGUUUGCUGUCUUCUUUAAAUUGCUCAGGCCACUUUAUUACAACCCUAUUACAUUAAGCUAAUUUAUUCUUACUCGACAUGCAUGCUGUAUUUUAGAUCUUCAAGCUGUUUUCUCUUUAUACUCUGUUUAUGCUCCCUGUCCUCAUGGAGGAGUAAUCACCUGCUCGGCGGUAGGAAAUGAGAUGGAGACUUUCUAAAACGCCAUAUUAAAGAUUCAUCAAUAAUUGGCAUGUGUGCUGAUGUUUGUGUUGCGUGGGAGGAGGUGGGGUAGAGGAAGGGGGGGGGCUCUUAUGGACUGAUCACCAUGUGAUUGAGCUAAGUGGUAAUUAACCAUGAGAGAGGUAUGUUUCCGUGUGUGUGUGUGUCAGUGCUUGCAGGGGUGUGUGUGCAUGAAGAUGCUGCUGUGUCAAAAAAAAAAGGUGGGGAUGCAGAGGAGAAGGUGUGUGUGUUUGUGUGUGCUUGUGUGUGUAUGUGUGUUGUAUGUAUCGCUGACAGAGUUGAUUUGGAGGUGAGCUCAGGGGGCAUGUGGUCAGGUUAUGGAGGGACGGCGGGGGCUACACAGCCGCCUCCUCUGACCCUCCUCGGGUCUUUUUGUCAUGGAAGUGUCUCCCAUUUUAAUGAGCCCCAAUAACCAAGCCCUUAUUACUUAUUUAUUCAUUAAGCUACUGUGGCAAAGCGGCAGUACCCCACUGUGUGAGUGUGCAUGUAAUUGCUUGUGUGGGAAUUCUUUUUUUUCCCCUCCCUCUUCUUUCAAGCAUGAUAUCACCGUAAAAACCGUGUUUUGCAACAACAAUGACAAAUUAAGUUAAAGCUAAUUGAGCCCAAAAUAGAAUAGCUUACAGCUAAAGAAUUAGCCCAGGUGGUUGGGUAACAAAUUCAUAACCUUAAACCACAUUUGAGAUCUGAGUUGAAACCCUUGAAAUCUCCGGCUUUGGGUAUGCUGAGGGAGCAGGCUUCAUGAAUAUGGAGGCUGGAGUGCUUCAAGGUGUAUGUGCAAGUGUGAAUCAGUGUUUGUUGCUUUUAUAUGAUGCUUUUGUGAGGAUUAAUUGCCAGUUGGUUUGUGUGUGUAACGCCGUCCACAUAAUGCUUUCUGAUUGAUGAAUGUGCGUAGGUGGAAUUGUGUGAUACAGUGUAGUGUUUUCAGAGUAUCGGAAGUCUCUGUGAAGCCUGUGAGUGUACACAUUCUCUCCCUCUGAGGCAUGUUUCGUAGCUUCCUUAUAUCCAGUCUACCGUUUAACUAAUUCAUAGUGAACUCUCGCAGAACAAAACCAGACACCAAACAUCAAGGGCAGCGUUCAGCUCUCCUCCAGCACAGUACCAAACACAGCAAUCUCCAGCACAAUGUGGGCGCUGCAAUCAGCCUACUACUCUCUGUCAGCAGAGCUCAGCUGCUGUUCACUGUUUUUUUUCACUUCCACGCCUCAGACCCUGGUUUCUACAAAUGAAGGUAAGCGUGGAGUGAGCGUUACAGUUGCCCAACCUUCUCUCCUCCUUGGCCCUGGCCUUGCGUAAGGGGCUCAGACACACCUAGGCCUGCGGGCAUGCCUGUUCACCUCCAUGUAGCCUCUAAGUAGGUCAGUGUUUGUGAGACUGCAACCAUGAAGGUCUAGGACCUGAUCUUUAGCCUGGCAAUCAACCAACUUACUCCAGCUGAGCCGUGACUACCAUGGAUGAUUCUUGUUUGUUUGUGCAGAGUAUCAGAACCAAACACAAAUAAAGAGUUUUGUGAAUUAUCUAGAUCUGGGCCUCCAUUUUUCAAAGAUGAUUUCAGACUGCCGUGCACUGGGAUUAGAGGCAUUUCUGAAACUAGUUCUACUUGCAGGACAAGUGAGAGUUUCUAUAUCAUGAAUAGAUGGUUAUUAGAGGUGUUAUGCAUACUGGAAUUCCAACAAUAGCCAUGUGUAUGUGUGCAACAUUUCGUGAUCCGAUUAAAAUUUGAGGGAUCGGAAAAUCUUAAUCCACUGUUUAUAUGGGCGCAAAAUCAAAUAAUCCAUGCUUAUACAGGCACCAAGCUUUAAUCAGAUUAGACGCAUUUGGACAUGCGUAGAGUUGUCUAAUUUCGCUAAAACAACAGCAGAAGAAGAGUUGUAUUUACGCCUGUGCUGUCAACAAACCAACAAACGCGGUAGUGACUCACUUCAUCCGAUUCAGGAUUUUUCUCUCCACUCAGAAUGGACCUGAGCCAGGUUCUGAGAGCGGUUGUAUUGCUCCUAGCGUUCAUGAUCAUCAAGCGGGCCCCGCAGCAGAUACUGAUCCUGCGUCACAUGAGGAGACUGUACCCAGCGAGAAAGUUGCUCUUGGGUCUCGCCAUGUUUAGGUCUUGUCACUAACGGCGGAAAUGUAUUAUGUUGACAUAGGGCACACAUGCGGAGUCAACAGAGAGUCAUGAUCAGUUUAAGUGUUAACAUGCGCAUGUCUCGGAAUAUUGAUCGGCAUAAACCACCCCUCUCAAUUGUAAUACAAUUUCUUUCAAAUUGCAGUCAAUUGGAUCAUGACGCAUUUUUAUUCCGAUCGUCCCUUUAUUAAGAUUACAUGUGCCUAUGUAAACGCGACUAGUGUGAGCAGGACCAAGUUACACAGUGAGAUGAGAACUAAUGUCGUUGCCCCAGUGUCAACAGGUGUGAUGUGUCACCAUUCUUGGGGGUUUUAUCAAAUCAGAAUCUGGUUUGUGGCAGGUAAGAAAGCUGGCUAAUAAGUUAGAUGAAUUACCCUCGAAAUUAGAGAUGUCCUGAUCCGACAUUUACAUUGAAUAUCAGUCCGAUAUCGGCAAAAAAAACCGAAACAAAAAUCGGAUUACAUCGGCGUGCAAAAAUCUCUGAUAGCAGCACUCCGAUACAAGCAGUCCAUUCCAGACUCUGCUCCAGCACCUCUAUCUAUCUAGCACCCUCAAUCUAACAGCACCCAUAUCCAGCAUACAGAGCCCAUGUAAUCGUAAUUGGUAUUGGCCAAUACUGAAGGCUACAAUAUCGGUAUUGUAUUGGAAGUAAGAAAGGUUGUAUUGAGACACCCCUAGUUGAAAUGAUCUGAACCUCCAGCGCCAUAGCGCGCACCAAGUCUGCCCACCUGGCGAUCAUAGAAGCACCCCCCAAAACUGAAGUUUCGUGUGAGCCAGACAGGAAAACAAAUAAAAAUAAAGCAUCAUUCAGAUCGAAAAACAGCAAGUGUAGCCUGUAAAGCAGGAGAAGCAACUGAAAGCAGAAGCAUUCUGCAGCAGAGCCCGGUGCUAAAGGUGCCAGAGUGCCUGUUCAUUAGCAGGGCUGAUGGAAGACCAGCCAGCUCCUGCUGGCCUUCACCCGCCCUGCCACAAUAUUUAUAGAGCAGCCAAGAGAUACUCUUAAUGACACAGGGAGAGGGACAGUGGAGAAGGGGGAGGGGGUGCAAAAGUCAGAAGUGGAGCACUGUUUACUUUCUGAGGCUUGUUGAGAAGUUGGUGUGAUGUGGACUGUAAUUAUGUCACCCUCACACUUCCUUUGAGAACACAGUGUGUGCAUUCAGGUGUGUUGUUUUUCUUAGAGUCUAACAUCCCCAAUUUGACUUGAUUCUAAGUGAGGAACUUCACCGAUACAAAGUUUUGGACUAAUUUUGUUUUCUCUCUGUUGCCGUGGAGAAAUGUGCCAACUAGGCGUUGCGCAACCCUCUGAAACAUUUCCCUCAAUCAGCUGGUGUUUGAACAGCACAUUUGUCCACACUUGCAAAGUAAACAGUGUCAGCAUAGCAAUACUUAUCUUGUGAACCGGUGUAUAAAGGAGCAAAACUCACUUUCAGAUCCGGACAGACAAAAGUCAAACACUCAGAAAUAAUUCUAAAGAAGGACACCAAACCGAUCUGUUAGGAACAAGAGAAUCGGCCUUUAUUUAGCCAAGAAUGUAAAACUUUCCAUGAUAAAAUAGACAAUAGUAGUUUCACAAGCCUGUUUUUACUGCCUCAUUUAAGGGGUCAAGCGAAGUCUGCGUUGGGCUGAGUGGGAGGGGAGGCCAUGUGCACACUCUCAUUGUAUAAAAAAAGCUACAUAUAAGUGUCAGGUUCAGUUUUCCUACGAGACACAGACGAGGGGAGUUUUUGAGGUGGAGCUGGAUAUUGUUGGCAAAGGGGAUAGGAGGUAGAAGGGGAGGUUUUGGAUCAGGUCGGCAGCCCCAAUGCUGUCGGGGCCAGUGGAACCCCCAAGCGGUUCUGGCUUUGGAGUAAAUAUGGGCCCAGCGGACCCUUUCCUGCCCCAGGGCACACAAACCCCAGGCCUUCCCACAUUCUACUUUUAUUUUCCUGGUUGCAAAAUGCCUCUGGCUAUCAGAGCAGGUGGGGUGUGUUUUUUUUUUUUCUUUAAUAUUUACUCAUAAAAUGUGCAUUAGCAGAACCAAAGCAGCCAUGAUGGAUCCUCUUGUGUCGGAUAACUUUCUCCUACAUUUGAUGAGGAAUUCUCGCGUUUCUCCCAGGAUGUCAGUGUGAUGUACAACUGAGUCCGUAGGUGAUUUUGUAUUUGGCCCAGGAGGAUUUCAAAGGGUCUGUGCUGCAUUAAACCUCUCUGUUCCUUAAUUACAGAAAAUUACUGUCCUUCCCUUAACAAAUUGCAUGUUUAUAUAAGCGCCCGUGUGCGUCGUCUCCUGAACUUGCGAGUAAGGACAAAAACUGCAACAGAUCAAGACAAUAUGCUCAGCUCCCGUUUUUAAAGGGAUAAAAUUGUAGUCAAACUGGAGCGACUAAUCUUUUAAGCUCUGUGCAGUUUACUUUCAGAGCUUUGAAUGGGCUCCUCUUACUAGCCUUGAUCAUUUCAGACUUAAAUAAAGCUCUUUAUUGUAGCAGUCUGAUUGGUGUAAUCUGCAAGCUGUCAAUCUCAUCUCCGAGCGCGCUCCCAGAGGAGCCGCUGAGCCUGUCGACCAGAGCAUGUAAUGUAGGUGAGUGAAGUAACUCAGGUGUGAACUAGUGAGUAAGCAUGUGAAGGGAUGGGUCACUGUAAGUGUUAUCAAGCCUUUAUUAAUGCCUGUGUCGAUGUAUGUCAUGUCUGGAAUAUGAGGCCGCCACAGAUGGGUCAAAGAUCUGCUGCGCUCUCUGGAGCAACACCCAGCAUCCAUAUGCUGACUCUAAACCCAAGCUGCUAUGUGUCUGUCUGUCUGUGCCCCCCUCCCUUUCUUUCGCACGUUGCCCACAUGGCAGGAAUGCUCCAUGGAGCCCCAGUGCUCCUCAUCAUCUGCCCACUGGACCAAUGUUUGGGAGCCACAUUGGCACAUAAGGAGCCCUGUUUGUUUGAUUGGACUGAAGCUCUCUGCUCUUAAUCCAAAACAAAACGAACAAGCCGUGUGGUGGCUGCUGUUCCAGUCGCUGGGCCGCAUGUGAUAAACACAUCAGAACAGGAGGGGGGUAAAAAAAACGAGUGUGUUGACCAGAAGCAGGCAGAAAUCCCCUGCACUUUCUGUGUUUGUCAUUCACGCUAAAAAAUUUAUUAGAAAGACUUCUCCCCUCUCCUCCUGGGUCAAUAGCGGUUAUUGACGUUCGGUUAAUGUUUGAUAGGAUUUGGAAAAGAUGGUUUAUUUUCAGGGAGGAUCAGAGUCAAGCACUGGAACCAGGAAAGAGCAUUUGAAGCCAAAUUGUUUGAGCGCCAGCUUGUUGAAUUAGUAAAACAAGUGGUGGAAGCCAGGCUGCGGACAUGAGGAUGAUGUGUCGGAGCUCAGGAUGACCCUCUAUUUGUCUUUGGUGUACUUCCUCUCUGCCAUGAGCCGUAACACCAGGACCAGAGCCGGAGCUUGUUUUCACUGUGAUGACAGUCACUGUGGAUCUGGGUUAACAUUCUGCAGUUCAUACAAAGCAUGUCAAACCUCGGUGUGGAAGCAGUCACUCAUGUAGGCGUGAUAGGGCCACUAUGCAAGCAGAGGGGACUCGCUCAGACUUAGUGUAUUUGAAUAAGUAGAGCUGAAAUAAGUUAUAGAUUAUGCAUCAACUAAGGACUAGUCAAUAAUUUCCUGACUGUAUAGGUUUGGAGUAGGGGUGUUCCUGAUAAGGCAUUGUUAUCGGAUAUUGGUCCAAUAUUAGCAAAAUAAUGAAUAUCGGAUUAUAUCAGCCUGCAUCUAAAAUCUCCAAUAUCAGCACUUCGAUGCAAGUAGUCAGCACCUCUAUCUUGUAGCGCCCUGAUCCAGCUCACCUAAUCACAACAACAAUGUGUACUAAGGUACUAACGAAGUAGCAAGGAGUAAGAGUGAUGUUGGCCGUGUGGCAGUAUUUUUUGUUCAAGUCUGAAAAAGACUUUGCAGCUGAUUGCAAAACUUGUGAUACGCAAUUUUGUGCCAAUAUCGGCUCAAUAUCGGUACCGGCCAACACUAUGGGCUACAAUAUCUGUAUCAUAUCGGAAGUAAAAAAGUUGUAUUGGGACACCCCUAGUUUGGAGUCCUAAUUGGAUAAGAUGUUCAUGUUUAGUAAUAUUAGUUUGAUGGGUUUGUUCUCUCUCUCUCUCUCUCUCUCUCUCACUCUUUCUCUCUGUCUCUCUCUCUUUCUCCCUCACAUCUUGGUUGCAGCGUGUUACUAAAAAGCGCUGACAUGCACAGUCUUGUAGAAGAAUACAUAUUUACAAAAAUAAACAGGAAGUAACAUGUGAGUUUAAAGCCGGCAGUGUUUGCAAUAUAAAGAGACAUAACACUGCUAUCUGAGGGUUACAACUUGAUACUGGAGCUGAGAUAUCAGAAUUGGUUCCAGGAAGGAAAAAAAGUAUCAGAAUGUUUCUGAAUGUUAUCAAUAAUUGAAACAAUCAUUAUAAUUGAACUGGAAAUCGUUGUGGUACUUGCAGAAGGACCACCAACUCACUUCUUGAGCUUGGGAAAGCAGCAAAGGACAGAAAAAUCGGGACAGUGAGAGUGAGUUCAUCCCUCUGUAAGGAUUUAGAGGACUCCCUUGUCUUUCACUUCAUCAGAGACAAUUGAGUCAUUCAGCGCCCAUUGUGGGGCCGGCCAGGCGAGGAGGGGCGCAGGGCAGGGGAAGAGGACCGGGAAGGGAGGGGAGGUAGUGGGGUUGGAAGGCUGAAAGGGAGAGGGGAGAAGGAAAAGCUGUCUGCUGCACAACCCGGAGCCGGAGCACAACCAUCGGGUGGCUCUUACAGGGUGGGGGUUUGUCAAGGAGGGGUACUGCUUAGUGUUUGUGUGCGUUUUGGUGGGGGAGGAGGGGGGGAGGCAGGAAGAGGGACAGAGGAGAAGAGAGAGUUAUCCUGGAACUCCGGAGCAAUUUGUCACAUCGGAAUGGCUCUUGAGUUACCCGGGGGGCCCCCUCAUAGCAGGAGAGUUUUCAGGUCGCAGAGUGGGUAACAGGGAGGGGCUAGAAGCAGCCGAAAGGGGUCAGAGGUCAUGGCCUACUCAAGCCCAGGCGGUGCGUCCGUUAGCAGGGGCAGGCUGGGUGGGUGGGUGGGGAAAGAGAGGAAGGAGGCCAAGAUGGAAGUGGGGGGGUGGGUGGUGGUUUGAAAAGCCCGGUGCUUGCCAGGGCUUCGUUUUCCUUGGCAUGCUUGUAAAACCUGCAGGAGAGAUUAGUGUGUGAGAACAUUUGCAAUAGCAGGGCUGAAGUGGAGCCACUUGUCAGGGCAUGCGCUGCGGCACCCUCCCUCUCUCUGUAGUCUUUCAGUGUCUCCCUACCCCACUGCCACACUCUGGGGUGUCACCUUCACGCUCCUUACCCACCUACUCAGAAUGUCCUCUUGUUCGACCCCUCGCCCCAAUGCAGCUGUGUUUGAAUAUUUACAUGUGUGAGCAUGUGUGCACAUGCACUCACCCUACAGCAGGACUUUCCCAUGACUGGAUUCAGAAUUCACCCCCUUUUUCCUCCAGCACUGCGCUGCUGUCCUCUAGCCCCCCUGUGGCACCCACGGAUACUGUCUUGAAUUACCUCAUGGAUGACAGCAACCCUGUCACUCUUUUCCUCCUCUUGUACGUUUACAACAACCCCCCCACCCAUUCCCCCGCUCUUUCCCCCCCUUCAUGGCAAUUAAUACCCAGUGUGGGGGGUCCAUAAAAACCGCAAGACCUCAACUCUGGAGUUUUUACAACCUUUCCUUUUUCCACUCUCAGGACAUACAAACAAGCAUAAACAAACCCAGUUUUUUAAGCAGUAAAAGCCGUCUUAGGGUCAUAAAUGAGUGGUAGUUGUGGAGAAAGACCAGGCAGCAAACAGUUUUUUUUCCCUUGCAGGGGCUGUAACCGAGGACAUGGAGUCAAUAACUCCCUCCAGCGUCUACCACUGGCAGGCACCCCACAGUGAACUCUUCGCUAAUUACCACUGAUUUAGACACAGUCUCAGGAAGGGUCGCGACAUACUCACUCUCCGACCAACUCUGACACACAUACAGAACACACACACAUACCCACAAGUCUUGAGACAUGCAUACCAACUAGUGGCCACCCUUACUGGAUGGCAGGACAAAGAAACUGAAUCUAAUGCACCUGCAUCACUAUAGGACGCCAGUCUGAGAGCAGAGAGCCAAAGCUGAGCUCCAUUUGCAUUUCACCUAUUUUACUAGAUGAGUGACGAUGGUUGCAUAUGUAUUGAAAUAAAAAAAGAAUUAAUACUGAUGCGAGCUAAAAAAGUAAACAGUUCCUUCAGCACCAGAAUUGGUCAUUUCUACAUGUGUUUUGUAAUUGCUUGUAACCCAAGGUGUGAGACAAAGUGCUCUACAGAAAGAAUCUUUACCGACAUUUUAAGCUGCUUGACUCGAUUGUCAAAAUCGAAUUGAGCAGGAGGAGAGUUUUCCAUCCAAAAUACUCUGCCUAUCCAUGAACAGGUCAAACAUGGAGAAAUCAGAGUUAAGACGUACCGGCGCACCAAAAAUCUAUGCAGUUACGAAAUUCCUUACAGCAGCUUGAGGACUUGUCCCCAUGGAAAUGAAAGCGAUAUACUGUUGUUUCGUUUCAAAAAGUUCUCCAUAAAGUUGGAUUGUUUCAGGAAAUAUCUGCGUGAACACGUAAUCACUGAAAAUGCCGAAAACGAUGUAGUGCAUAUGCCAAGCCAGUAAGUGGCGCUGUAAUGCUAGCCUGGAAAUGCACCAAAGAAGAAGAGUACCGAGCAUAUGUAUGAAGAUGUUUUGGUUAUACUCAUACAGGCACCUUAAGACAGUUACACCAUGUGUGACGUGAUUGUUUAGAGAAAGAUGCGGCUAAGCAUCCACACGAAAACGAAACAGUAAUCGUAUGCGGAUUUUUGCGCUCUUGGACUCUCGCGCGUCCUACCUACCCUGCUACUAAAAAACGUUGUUCUAGUCGAAGUGUAACAUUUUUUUUCCCUCAUUCAUGAAACACUAAAAUUGGAAACAUUUCCAGGGACAACUUUAGCCAAGGACAGGUCAUCCAAAACGGGGACUGUCCAUGGAAAUCAGGGACGACGUUUGUAUGUGGAUGAAACUCUGAUAUGACAAACUUUUGCAUUUUAUCCUAAAUUCAUUUCCAUAUGGACGGGGCGUUUAAAGGAUUGAAGAUUUCCCCUCUAUUUAGUUCUGGCUCUUAGAUCCAAAUAUCUGUAGCACAGUGGUUUCAAAACAGGCAGAUCUACCCUCCUCUGUAUCAAUAAGCCUUUAUCUGAACUCUGCAUGUCUCUUUAUUAUAUCUGUUCCACUUUGAAUUAAAUCAAACUCAUUUUGCAGCUUCAGAAUUCCCAGAAACUUCCCCUAAGUUUCCACUGAGGUCACUGCUUGCUGAUUGGAUUAGAAGUUUGUGUUUUUUGUAAUGUCAUGCCCUUCAGCUGCCCUGACCCUUUAGCCCCUAAUAAGGUGGCUGUGACAUUGACUGGUCUGGAGUGGACCACACAUCGUGGCAAAACCAACACAGAGCAGUUAGCAGUCACAGAGAGCCUGAUGUAGUUUUGGUUUUAAAGUCUAUCCUUGUGAUGUGCUUUCUUCUGUUGGUAAUGAGUGAGUGUAUAAAGGACAGAGCUAUGAUUAUUGAGGGUUGUACUUUUGUCAUCAAAUUAAAACGGCUCCACCCGCUUCCUGUCACGAAGACAGAUGUUUCUCAUGACCCUUGUUUCUGCUUAUCUGUUCUACCUCACUAUGUGUGUGUGUGCGUGUGCGUGCGUGUGUGACAGAGAGAGUGGGAGAAAGAAAGGGAGACUUCUGAUAGAGGCCAAGUCAAUCAUUUAUGGAGGCAGUCAGGAGGUCUACCCUGCAGAGGAGCGUGGUGAGACGCCACGCUUUAACCUCUUUAUGGCUUCCAAUAAAAGUCUGACAACAGUCACAUUUAUGACAUUAGGUCAUCUUCAUGUCAUAAGCUGUGUACAGUGCUACCUCUAACCUCUGCUGUCGCCCGGGCUUCAAAUCAGUGACUUAAUUAAAGUCAAAGUCAGCUCUUUUAUGAAAGAUUAAAAACAGUGUUUGUAUUUUUUGUUUUUCUUCUCACUCUGUUGAAGCUCAACUACCAAAAGGAAGAGUAUUGUGUAUGUAUGUUUGGUUUUACACAACUACUAUGUGCCCUCCUGCUGGACUCUCCUAUGCACGCUCGAGGCCAUCCUCACCUCAUCCACCAUCCGCCUUAAGAUCUUUGUUUGCCUCUCCAUGUUUUUCAGUUUCCACACCUGUACACCCCGUCAAGAAAUGUCGUCUCCCUAUUUUUUUUUGUCUUACUUUUAAUUUGAUCCUUUUUUGGUUUUUGAUUUCUGCAUUGUUAACAUGUUUUGUUUCUUUCUUUCCAUUCUGUUUCCUUUCUGCCAUUCAGUACCUACAGAUGAAAUGGCCCCUGCUAGAUGUUCAACCAGGAGGUCUUCAGAGUAGACAAGCACUUAAAGAUGCCAGGUCCCCGUCACCGGCACACAUCGUUGUAAGUAACACCUCCGCUCGGUACUAUGCCUCUUUUCUCCCAAACUCUUCUUCCUGUUUUUUCCCAUGACAGAAAGACAAACCAACCCUGCUUCUUUUCUUCUCUCAUUCACAUUCCUUUUUCCCUCUGUGUUUUUGAUUGGGAAAAUGCACUUUUGUUUGCAUUUACCUCUAAAUCAUGCACCGACUUCAGGCGGUUUUGUGGAAACUCGAGCUUUUCUUGGUUCGACGUUUGAAGCGGACGAAAAAAGAAGCAGCCCAGGUGUGUUUUUUGGACGGCUACAACACAGGUUAUCCCAGAAUAGACGACAAAAGAAGUACAAUGGUUUCAUGUUGACAACUUUUUCCACAAGAUUGAGCUUAUGCUGGGCUGCUAACAUGAUGUCUUUGAGGGAAGUGUGGGCGCUCCUACAGCAUUGAUUAGCCUGUCCACGGAGUUGGAGGAGUAGUCAGGCAGGAAAGGAGAGGAGAGGAGAGUUGGCUGGAUGGCGAAAGGGGCAUAUGGAGUACAUACACAUAACAGAGCAUCCACCCCAGGCAUGUCGAUAUCUAAGAGGCUAUAGCAGCUCUGGAACGAGCAGUUGAACCAAGAAGUUAGCCAAAGGCAUCAACUUUCCAGGAGGUCAGCGAAAGGUUGCGCACAGGGAGGUGUACGUAUGUGGUCGCAGGGUUAGCAAGCCAGGAAAAUCAAUGGGAGUGGGGUUUGAGUGGAAUUAGUGAGGUGAUCAUGAAUGCCCCUCGGCCAGUAUCGGCAGAGUUGUUACUUUUGUUUUGAAGUCUUCUACAUAUUGUUAUGAAAAUUUGAAAAGAGCAUAUAUAAAGAUUUUAAACCGAGGCGCCUUCCGGUUUGUACGCUCAUGAAUAUAAUAUCUCCCCGUGGUGAGAUGUGCAGCUCAGGAGCUAAUAAUACACCGCUGACCCUUUUUGUUUGUGUGCAACAACACUGUAGUUAGCAGUCGCCACGGCCCUGCGGCUCGCACAGGAGGCGCUGAUGACUUUUUAUCACACAAAACUACUCCGUCAAGACACAGCGUCCCUCUGAGUCACAUUUGACAUUUGAUCACUUCAGUUACUUUUAUGGUCCGUAAUAAAUACCAUCCCGAGCAGUUACUCAAAAAUUGGCGCGCCUCGGCCCUCCUUGGUAUUCUGCCCAUUUAAGUUAAGCACGUCUUAAAAUAGCAGGAGUCGACAAGGCUGUUUAUUUGAAACAGAAACCUUGUCAAAAAGUUGUGUUUCAAGACAAAGAGCCGGCGAUGACAGUGUUAUUUUGAACAAAACAAGCCCAGCAUAGGCCCUCCUUAUCUUUCCUCGCGAUGCUGCUGCUGCUGCUGCUGUUAUUUUUAUACCAAAGAGUUCAGGGGCCUCUUCGUUCUCCGUUAUUUUAGGAGACGCUGAGAAAAGAGUCCCAACUCCUAUGAAGUCAUUAAACUGGUUGUAGGCAGCGAAAAAGCUGCAGGUAAAUACUUGAGGUUUUAUCCUGCAAUGAGUCAUGUGGCUGUAAAUACUUCCCACCUCACAUCCCACCUCAGCUCCUGCUAUAUAAUUCACUUUUAAAGGUUAAAGACUGCGCCGAUGUGUAAUUCUCCAACUUUUUUAGAAAGCAGCACACAUGAUGUCAUGGCACAUUUUCAUAGACUUAGUUUUUCAGAUUUUUUUAUUUUUUUUUAAAGAAUGAUCUCAAAAAAUCUGUUAUUUGUUUUAGUGUUAUUUUUGUAAUAUAAAUUCAAGCAUCUCCCUCUUUUUUUUCUUUCCACCAUACACUCAGAGCGUUGAAACACAAACAGUCAAGUCUGCAACACUCACAAGCUUUGAACAAACACCAGCAUCUCAUCACAGAACAGAAAAACUGGCUGUGGGGCGAAAAACAAACUUGAAACAACAAAAGACGGACAAGCAGACAGAUGGAAAAAAUCAGCUCGCACGUUGCUGAAGAGCAGACCUACUUUUAACAACACAAUAGAUCGACUGGUACAAAAUACGGGGGUAACAAUGUGCUUUGAAUCACAUGUGCUGAUUACUUCAGAACUUUUCCCUGUAUUAUUAAACAUGUGAGUCCAAAGAGGAGGAGAAGAGACGCUCAGUUUAACAUCAUAUUAUCAAGAGCUGAAAAAAAUGACUAUAACAAGGUUGUGUACAGAAUUCUUUAAAACACUGAUUUAGUGGGUUAAAAUUCUGGCUCAACAGCAAAUAACACUUAAAUUUUAACCACAAUUACGAGUAAAUUCAACAGACGUGUUCAAAUGUAGAAAAAGUUGUCUUUGUGGGGCAACAAAUCAGUCAGAUGUGAUGAUAGAUCUCAGGUUCUGAGUCCGACCACUUCUUUCUUCCGCUCAAAGAAGAAAAACAAGCAGCACGAUUAAACAGAUAUUCUUAUCAGUGCUGACACUGAUCGAUAUCAGACAAUAUAUUGUAAUAUUACUGCUCACAUUGCCCAGCCCUACAGUGUGAUCUGUUUGAUGGGGUACACACGGGCUGGUAAGAUCAGAGGCAUUGCAGCAGCACUGCACAGGCACACAACUCUCGGUUAGGGCGAGUGAUCGAAUUGAAUGUGAAAUGCAGCUUGUAUUGUUGCUUGCUACCCUCCUGCUCCAGCAUCCACCUCUGACUGUGAGGGAAGUGUGAUUGAAUGUUUCCCUGGUUUGCAUCAUACUGCCUGUUGUACAUCCAGAGAAGACGGAUAACUGCGGACGGCAUUGUGAAUGCUGAUGAUAACCCCACACGGUCUCCUGCUAAUGUCACUCAAUCAGUGAAAGUUCCCCUCUCUCUCUUUUUUCUGUUCGUCCACAGACCCACAGGCACAGCCUCCUCCUCCUCUUAUCUGUGCACAGAGCAGUAAACAGUAGUUUUAGUCUUUUUAUGUACAAAUGCAAAGAAACACCUUGACCUCUCCUUACCUAGAGCACCUGCAGGCUCCAUUUCCAGUGAUAAGACGCUGUUGAUUGGUCUGACUGACAACAGAGAGGAGAGUGAUAGAUACAAAGAUGGCCGUAGCUAGACAGUAAUGGCGGGGAAGAAAGAUUGAGAUAGUCUCAUUGGAUGUGAAGAGAGCAGCUGAGAGAAGAGGAAGUGACCUCACGCAGGCCGCUCUGACUGAGGGCAUGCUGCAUGCCCCUGUUUACCAUGCCCUCAAAGGGGGCCGUGCAGAGCCCGUUUGAAGUACCUGACCACGCCGCAGGCAGCCUCAAAACCUGCCGCCGCUGAACUUUUAUGCUAUUGGCUGAAAGUUAUUCAAUAUUUAUCCUCCUAUUGAUGUGUAUUUUUUGAGGGGGAGACUCUAAGAAAGGUUUUUUUUUUUUUUUUGCCUCACACAGCUCCUGAGGGAAAGAUUAUAAACAGGGCUCGCUUUGCCAGCUUGGCUUACGUGGCGAUUGUUUAAUUUGACAUUGUCAGACUCAAAGAUGGCGGAUGAUGUAAAAAAAAAAAAAAAAAAAAGUUUGUUUGUUGUUUUUUUUUUUGUUUGUUUUAACUACACAAACACAUUUCUAAUUAAGACAGCAAUAAUUCAAUUAACUUAGUAACACAAUCUUUAAAUUUUCGACCCCAAAAAAAACCUUGAUUUUCUUUGAAACAUUACUUAAUAUGCUUUUCACAGAACUGGGGCAGAAACAUGCAAAUGUUAAGAGCAUAUACGUGGAAACUACUUUCCUGAUAUUUACGCGCGCACAUAGACACACACACAGACACGCACACACACACAGACAUACACAGUCUUAGAGUCUAGAGCCUAGCCCCGCUUGAACAAUGUCUCCAUUGUUUUGUGGGCUUUCACUGGCAGCAGGGGACGGCUGGAGUGUUAACCAUUUCCCAACUGUGCCUCUCUGUGUAUUCUGGUGUGUGUGUGUGUGUGUGUCAGAGGUAGUGAAGCAUGGUCUCAGGGAAGAAGAGAGGGAGGGCCCUCGCUCCAAGUGUAUGGUAAUUAGUGUGGAGGAAGUGAUGGAAUCUGGCCGUUUUUAUAGCCUGUAAGACCUCCCACCUGAGCCUUUUACAACUCCUAAACAUGCUUAUUUUAUUCCCAGUCAGGCUCACUUGUUUCUCUGAAGAGUGCGUGCUGGAGAGAGAGAAAGAGAGAGAGAGAGAGAGGCAGUGUGAAAGGAGCUGACGUGUUUUUGAUAUUGUUUAGAAAAAAGGAGAAAAAAAAACACACACCACAAUGGCUCUGUGGAUCCAAACAAGCGCCUGCACCUCUGAGUUUGUGUUGGAAAAGAUGAUCACAUUCACCCUCCUUGACCGCUUUUCUGUCCGUUUUGUAGGAGUGAGGAUAAAGGGGGCUUCCUGUGGUCUGAAUAGGCCGUGCACCUGGGUUAGGCAGACAAUUGCCCAGAACUCUGGGACGCCUGGCCUCCUCAGCUGUUAAUGAGCGACCCCAUGGUCCGCAGGCACCACCCACGCGCUGUCCACAGGCUUUACCUAAAGGCUCUCUCCGCCUGACUUAUACCAACCUGAAGCUGCUCUUUCUGACUGUAUUCAAUGCCUUUCUCCUCACAACCUCUCUGACCCUUCUUUUACCUCCUUUUCUUUAACCUUUCAGCAAGCGUGAGCCUUUUAUAACUUAAAUUAUCUGUGGGUUUAAUUUCACUAAAAUAUAUUUAUCAUGAAGACAGGAAUCAAACUGCGCACAUGCCAGUAUUCCAACUUCAUCUACUGCCCAUCUAUGAUCUAGGCCUUAGAUAAAGACUAUUGUGCCUGUCAGCUGUCUCCCCCUGUCCUCGCCAGACAAGACAUUUCUUCAGGGGGUCAUGCUUACAUCACCAAAAUCUGAGGCCGCGCCGAGACGUGGCGUCAGGCCCGGGAACUGUGACAAUGAAAAUGAGAGCACCUCCAGUCUUUGUCCGGCAGUCUGGACGCCUCGCUUGUUCCCACAGACAAUCCACUCACUGUUGGCUUAGUCAGCAACAAUGCCAUAACAAUGACUGAGGAGUCUUAUCGCCUCGUUUAUGGACUUAACAGAAAAACCUUAAGCCUUUCAAAGUAAGGCCGCAUUAAUGUCGGGGGAGGUGGCCAGAUGACCAGGAUUCACGUUUCGCAAAAUUUGACGAAGAAAUGUGCGGAAAAUGUAGUAGAGGAGGCAGCAUGUGAUUGUAGUUAACAAUUUGUUGUAUUAUUUGUGUCUCUUUCUGUGUGUGUGUGUGUUUGUGUCUUAAUAGCUCCAGGGAAAUAGUCGUGUAUUUUCCUUGCUGUGGUAUUUGACCGUUGUAUAACCCCGCUGAACUCAAGCUACCCCAGGAAACGUGUGACUCUGUGUCGGACAUGCACAUUUAGAAGGAUAAUACAUAUGUGUAUCUGUUAGCGUGUGUGUGUGUGUUUGUGUGUUUCACCAAUAACCGCAGUGUUCACUGUUGGAAAAGUUAUCAAGCUGGCCUCGGGGUCAAGCACAAGUACAAAUAGAACCCAGUGAUCUUUGUGCAGAGAAAGCGACCGGCACAGUAGCUCUCGGAGCCCUUUGUAAACUACAGGCCCUGUUGCUUUUUCUCAGCAUGUUCUGAGACUUUCUCCUCGCAUGUCCUUUCUUCUUUAGGAAAUCAAUAACUCCCUUUCCCUAUUUUUCCUCUUUUCUUCCUUUCCUGUCCUCUACCAUCUCCUGAAAUCUUGCAGGGAGAUGUGAGAUGUGAGUUCUCUGCUCUUAGGGGCAGUAGAUACAAAUGUGCCAAGUUAACCUCUGAAUGCCUUAUCCUCUGAAGGAUCUUGUAUUUGAACAGCUAGGAAGACUCGGAAGGUCACCGUUUUAAAUUUAGCACACAGUGAGGUGAAGGAAAUAUAAAAAAAAUGAAUGCUCUCGGGACCUGUAGACAGUAUUGGAGUUGUUGAUAUUGUUGAUACUCAUAUCAGAUUCAGCCACAACCAGGUUACCAGGUAGACAACAGUUUAGAGGCCUUUCUAAUUUGCUUUUCUCCAAUAAAGCAGCACACUCAGCAAAUAAACUGCACAUAAUUGCUGCCAAUUAAAGUCAUAAUAAAGUAGAACCAACUUGUUUUAGCUUACAGUGUCUUCAUCAUACGAUAAAACGAUGAUGAUGCUACCAUGUUUGUUAUCAGGGAGAAAAAAAAUACAGCAGAUUUAGUCAGCAGCUUCCUCUACAAACUCCCUUUUUAGAGUUCAGAUACUUCAAAAAUCCUGUUUUCUAACCCAGGUGAGAUUAUUUACUCCUUUGUGCUACAUCAUGCUAACUUUGCAGUUUAAGAGAGAUCUGCGCCGGUGACCCCCCGGCUCUCCCCCGGAUUGGCUGAAUAUUUGCGGAGGUGUAAACGCUGAGAAGAUAAAAUGUUCUACCAAAGUGAAAUAUUGUUUUAACAACCAGCCAGCCAGUACCAACAGUCAUGUAACCAGAGCAGAGCUGGUUCUCUGUGUGUAAAAUUAGUAAUAAUGGGGCUGAGCACGCACCCAGGAGAGAGCUGAGCCAGCAGAGGAGAGGUAGUAGUUUAAAUAACUAAAAAGCCAGGGGAUACAUUAUUUCCAGCGAGAACAUGUUUCUUUUACAUAAACCUGGCCGGCCGGGAUUGUGUGCAGAUGUGUGUGCGUAUAACUAUGUGUGUGACGGAGGGAGCGUGCAGGAGAUUGAGAGCUGAUAUAAUUGUGUGACUUGGGAACGUCCAUCUUUGCCUUUCAGGGGUCCUUCUGCUGGGAAUUCCCCGGACAGUCAGAUCUGAGCCUUCACCAAUUUCAUUUGGUGAGAGAUUUUUGAAUUCCAGAAAUAUCUUUUUGGGUUUUUUUUUGGUUGAUUCCACACGCAAAUUAACACCUCAUGAUUGAUCAUUAAAAAAAAUAAAAUAAAAUCAAAACACCCUAAAUCCUGGGGAUGAUGAUGUUGAUAAUCAUGCUGUUUUUUGUUUGUGCUUUGUGCUUUAAUCCAGAGCUGCUGCUUCUUUGUGUGCUUUUUCCUUCAAUGCUUAAAACACCAGCACAGAUGUUUGUGGAGAAGUUGAUCAUUUUCACACAGUUUGGACCCAAAUUACUCACUAAAACAGAGGUCGUCCAUCUUCACGGGGUUGUCAUGGUGUUUGGUUCUCCUCUUCUUUAUGUGUUUUCGGACCCUGUUUUUCGUCGCUCUAUCUCGUGCCUAACUCUUCUCUGUUUCUGGUUAAGCUUGAGGAGUCAUUGCGGUUGUAUUUGUUUCAAAUUAGCCCGCAAUCCAACAGCGGGAGAGAGAGGGAGCCUUUCUGUUUUGUUUGUCUUUUUUUUCCGCUGUUAUGAAGAGAAUUCUCUUUAUUGGCAGCAUCUGGUUGUAAAAGCCUCACAGAGAGAUAGAGGGAGUAAUAAAACACACUGUUUUUGUCAACCGGUUAAAGAUUUGGAUUAAAUUUGACUGAACCUGAAUGUGAAAUAACACUGCAUGUCUCUCUGUAGUUCAAAGUAUUCACUUUCCUCUGUCUUCAUCCUGCGGCUCUCCCUUGAAUAAUUUUGAGAAAGUGGAACCUAAAUGCAAAGUUAGUGUUGAUUUCUCCACCGAGCCGACGUGCUGAGGACAUCAGUGAGCCUUGUUUUGGUUUUCCGGGUGGGAAGACGCGUUACGAAGCCCAGGGGAUAACUUAUUAAUCUCUUCUGAGGCGACCGUGGCUGUGUGGAUUGCCUACUUGAAUUGUUUGACUAAUCAAUUGCUUGUUGAUUUUGCACACUCUGCAGGGCCUUUGUUGCCAGUUAAUAACACGAGUCCUUGAAAAGGGAAAAAAGAAGUAAGAAAGAAAGAAGGUAAAUCAUGCUUGAUUGUGCAAACAGCUAUUAGUACGAUAGACUAGUCUAUUAGGAGGAAAAAAGAGCAUGAAAAAACAACAACAUUCCUCUCCUCAUGUCAGCUCGCUGCCUGCCUCCCCUCCCUCUCUUAUACAAGCGCCUUUGCUAGAACUUGUUUGACAAGGUCUGGCAGGAAUCGCUGUUGGGUGUGCCUGUCUUUCUGCGUGUGUGUCGUACAAACACACCUUUGUCUACACCAGCGUGUCUGUAGUAUCCUUGCGUCGAGGGUGCGACUUGAGUUUUAGAUGACAGGCAGUCGGAGCCAGGUCAGGCCGGGUUAAAAGUUCCAUGUGUUUACAUACAACAGCGUGAACUCGUUUAACCCAGAGUUCUGACUCACAGGCCACUGGGAAGUGGACAGGGAGUAUCAAAGAAUGUCUUGUGGUGACGAGGUUGAGGUUCAGAAGCGAUAUUGUAAAAUUAUCUUAUUCGCGAUAAAUUUCCCAAGAUAACACAAUUCCCGGCUCCGUUCCGCAGCCGGCCUCGUGAGCGACGACACACUCAGCAGCUCGCGACGCUACUGUAUGAACAGCGGAGGCCGUUUCACAGGGAAACUUGUUUUGACAGAACUCCAGGUGUCUCAUUGUUACGGCUGGCAUGGUUCAACAGAUUUACCAAUUAGCACUGGGCUGAGGGCACAGGAAGGGCGGGAGCGAGGGAGGAGAGGGGAGAAGAAGUAUAAAUGGAGGGAUAGGAUGAGGCGAAUCCGGCCGCAAUGAUGGAAUGAGAGUUUUACAGAGAGGUGCGGAGGAUGAAGAUGGGAGGGGGGGGUUUGUGGUCAUAAGAGGAAGGCAGGAGUAAGGUGAUACGUGACUCCUGUUUUCUGUUACCUCACAGGAGGGCUGAGGUUCGAGCUGAGCCACAAAGAGGAGGGGAAAAGACGGAAACAGUGAAAACAAGUGUGAAAACAGCAACCUAACUGUGAUUUUAGUCAUGUUUAAAUGAAGCGUUUUAUAGUGAAUAUGUGUGAUUUCGUUCACACUAACUCCUCACACUCUACUCAGUUUCUCGUCUGCAGGAGCAUUGAUUUGUUUUCGCUACCAGGCCCUCCUUGGCUUGCCGCUCUCGCCGCUGUUUGAGGCUAUGUUGUGUUGGAUUAAACACAAUGUUAUUACUCGCGCUAACCCUCUUUGUUUUUCCUCCGAAAAGUCUGCUUCGUAUUCCAGGAAGUUUAGACCUGAACUUUUGAGAAGGGGUUCAGGUGAUUAGGAGAAUAUCCCAGGAGUGGCUCGCAGAUUUUAGAGUAGCUUUUGGCUCCUGAAUGAUGCUGACAAACACACGUGUGUGUGUACAGAACGCAGAAAAUGCAGGUACAGCAGGUGAGCUUGAUUAUAAAGUAUCUCAGUGGUGAGUGCAUUAAAUAAAAUUGGCAGCUUUUUCAGGAUGAGAAAGAUAUCUCUGUUGAGAGGAGGAUGCUUUUUGAGUAAAUGUAAGCCAACCAAUCACAACAAAGAGGAGUCAGAAGCUGUAUGUUUACAACAACAGGAAGAUUACAGCUUAAAAAGUAGAGCAGGAGAAGACCAGGAAGGUAGGACUGGGCGAUAUGGUCUCAAAUCAAUAUCACGAUACAUUCAGCAGUUCACCUUGAUUACGAUAAAUGGACGAUAACUACCGUAUUUUUCGCACUAAAAGGCGCACCUGAUUAUCAAGCGCUCCAUCAAUGAACACGUCUAUCCGCGUCUGUUUUCAUACAUAAGGCGCACCGGGUUAUAAAGCGCAUUAAGCCAAACAAAACAGUCAGAUAAACCAAACUUUAUUUAACUCAUUCAAUAACUCCGCGAGGUUACGGUAGCUGCAGUGCUCCGACAAGCCAAAAGGAUUUUUAGUGUGCCUUACAUUAACUUCGUCUACUUCAGCCGCCGCUCCAGCUGCUACAACUUUUGAACUGUCCUCCAUCUCCUCACCUGUCUUUCUCUCUUUGUUACGGACUGGAUGGGGUGGAGUCACGUCUCUGACGAAUAUACCGACACGGUAGAAUGACGUCGGUUAUUGUCGUAAAUUUCUAUAUUGGUAAAUUUUCGGUAUAUCGCCCAGCCCUAGUCCAAAAACAGCGAAUGGGACAUCUUGUUUUAGUCAGUGUUCAAAAUAAGGUCUUGAUCGCGGACCAUCUAUAAAACAGUUGAGCUAAAUUCGCAGUGGGGAUAUUUGCUAGACUUAAAUAAAGCAUGAAGUCAAAGUAAAACAACUCCUGCGUAUAGCAAAGGCCUUAAAGACGGUAUUAAUGAAAGCUUGCUAAACUUUCUAAAAUAUUCCAAACAGUUUCUUUUUCCUGUAGAAAUUCAGCAGCAACAAGGAAGGCUUGAUCCUAUGUUGAUAUUUUGCGGUACUUUACCCACAUCUUGUUCACUACAAGCGCAAAGCCAGGCUCGUCUAAGACAUUAAUAAUUAAGGAUUCAUCAUCUCGUAUGUGGAAGCCUGUUUUACAGAUGCACAAACAAGUUGUAGGUAUAUCUUUGAAAUUAAUCUCACGCUCGUUUUAUGACACUCGAACCGCAGUGAUUUUGAAAUGGCUUACCAGCAGUUGCUAUGGAGAACGUCAGUUGUGUGCAUAUGUAGAAGCAGCUUGUGAUGGAGAGUGGUGGAGACGGUUCUGUGGAGAGAGAGAGAGAGAGGAAGGGGACAAGAGAAGGGAAAGAAUAUGAAGACCUGCCAAAUUCCCCAAAGAACAAUUUACAGUUAUGGAUGAAUAGACUGCCACAGUCACAUUUCAACUCUGUGGAUGUGUGUGUGCGUGUGUGCUGAAGAUGCUGGAAUGCUGAGUGACUCCAGAAAGCACUUAAGCCCGCCUUGAAUUCAGUUUUCUGUUCCCGCCUGUGUUUUAACAGGAGAGGGGGGCCUUCAUUUUUUUAGUUUUUUAGGGGUAAACACAGUGUAUCUGCUUUGUGAGUCAUUUAGCAUCGUCCUCUGUCACCUCCCUCAUAUAUUCCAAACCGUGUUUUCCGGUUAGUCGGGCCAGCCUGAGCAAGUCUAACCCCCCAAUUUAUUUGAUUUGGUUCCUCUUGGCGGUUCCACUGAAGACCUAUCUGAACUUUUCUUUGGAUUUGUUUGGCUCCCGUUUUGAUGUGCGUGUUGUUAUUUUUUCUCUUCUCCGUCUUCCAAGCCUGUGUAGUCGAUAGCGCCCGAGUGCCAGGCCCUGCUUUUGUCUCGGCCCAGGGAAGGAAUUAGAUGUGAGGCUUUAUUUUCCUACCCAGUCGGUUUUCUUUGAGCAUUUUUUUCCCAGCUCUUGUUUUUUUGUUGUUGUUGUGUUUUUUGUAAUAGCCCUGGAAGUUUGGGACAUCACUUUUAAGGCAGGUGAUGCUGCAGUUUGACUGCUCUCUCAUACCCGUGCAGCUGCUCUUGUAUUUAUUUAUGCAUCCUUUCAAAAUAAAAGUGGCACAAUAAUUGACCGGCCUGUAAAAAAGUCCCUAUAAUCACUCAUAAAGUGAAGGGAUGAUGGAUUAAAAGAAGACCUGGAUCCUUGAAAAUAAGGAGCAUCAUCCCUCUCAAGGAUGUGGAUGAAGGGAUUUGCUCACUCCUGACAUUAUUUAGUUUCCCUCCAUGGAAGAGAAGUCUAAACUCAUGUGUCAGACCACUUUUUCUCAUCAGCAAGAUGUGCUAUAGAUGCCCUGAAAUGGCCAGACACCGCCUGCGAAAGAUGCAGAGAAUUGCAUUCUGGGAAAGGAAAUAAACAAGCCUGUCACCAAAGUUAGGAAGAAUCCUUAGUGCAGCGUUACUGUCAGAAAGCAUCUUCCAUUUCAUACAUUAUUAACAUUACCUAAACGCAUUAUUUGUGUAUUUAUUCAUUCAUUUGUCUUGUUAACAUCCUCCUGGAGUAAGAUAAACAGCGCGGCCAGACUGGCUGUGUGACAGUUGUGUGUGAGAUUUGAAUAAAAAGCCCGGCAGCGUGAUUUGGAGCGAGACAGGAGCCGAUUCUGUGGACACCAGACUUCCUCUCCAGGCUCAUUAAGGGACAGUAAGGCGAUGAUGUCGAAUCGGCGCGCACUUUACUGGCCUGCCUUUUUCUUUGAACAGCGUCGCCCUCUUAUCUGCAACAUGCUCUGUUCCUCCAUAACAAGACGCUCCCACUCUCUCUCUCUCUCACACACACACACACACACACACACACACACACACAGAAAGCCUCUGUCUGUCUCACUUGCUCUCGCGCGCACACAUCCUGCCUACACACACACACACACUCUUCAUACUUAGUUUGUGUAGACAGAAAACUCUUAAGUGUGUGGCUUGUCCACAGAAUUUUGGCAGCUUUUGUUGUAUUUUCUCCUACGCUAUCGAAAAAGCCUGGUACUUGUUUUUUUUUUUUUUUUUUUUUCCUUACUCCUUUUUUUUUCUGCGCAGACAUCACAAAUGGAUAUUUUAAUUGGAACUUUUGGCACUGUCUCCAUCUUGUGUUGGAAUGGCAGACAAGUGAGUGGCUGGCGAGGGCUGGGGGCCGGGCUGAUUGGUGUGUAGCGAGGCGUGCCUAAAUCAACUGGCAGCAUGAAUAGCUCGCUUGAUUCUCACUGGCAUUCACUGGAAUCCAUGGCAUCUCUUUUUUUUUUUUCUUUUUUUCCGAACAAGAUUCUUUCUUUGGAAAAAGUCUGGAAUAACCAACAAGGGAGAGAGAGAAUACCUCCGGCUUUCUUGAAGCAUGACUUCCCUUUUGUCUUGUUGGUGCAAUUUACUCGCCUUUAUGCCAACUCACUGUUUUGUUAUGUCAGAAUAAAAUAGCUAACCUCUGUUGCUGCUGCAGCCCAGCCUUGGAUUCAUGCUGCUUCAUUUAAAGGGUUUAAAAUUAACUCAUGGUUAUGGAAAUAAUCACAUUACCAUAAUAAAUAAAUUAUCAUUGCAGCCUUGAUGUUUUGAUUUUACAGUCGACUAACUCAAAGGAAGUGAUUAGCCUGCUGGGAUUAGUAAAAAGAAACAAGAUGUGAUGGGAUGAGCUUGGAAGAUAAUUUAAAAUAUCUGCUUUUUGAAGUGACAGUCAGUAUUCAGACCCCGUGUCUUGAAAUUUUUAUGCACUUUUGUGUUCGGCUGUUCAAAGUUACAGGAAAAGACUUCAAUAAAUAGUGAUGUCAUACUAAAGUCAGAGUCCAAAGGGGCGCCGGUUGGCCUAGCCGUUCAAGCCCACACCCCAUGUACAGAGGUUAUAGUCCUCAUAGCAGGUUUGACUCCUGACCAUGAUCCUUUGCUGCUCUCUACACACAUUUCCUGUCUCCAUUUAACUUGUCUGUCCUAGAAAAUAACAUAAAAGGUUCUAAAAGUAACAAAUACUCGCUCAAAAAACAUAUCAUACUGUAUUUUUUUUUCAUUUAAUUUGUUUUUUAUUUGACAGAAUUUAUUAACUAAAGCUUUUCCUUCAGUAUUUUAUCUGCAGGAGAUUAAUUCAAAUUUCUGUGGCAGAUUAAAUUUGCGCACAUGACCCCUGAGUAGUAUUUUUUUCAUUCACCUUUUUGGAAUUUCAGGAAAUAUCCACUUCCUGGAUCCUGGGAAUUGAAUGUGCAUAGAUCACCAGCCCCAAAUGACAUGUUUGGCCUGACUCCUGCUCCGCUGAAAGCUCACUCUGGCUCCACUGCAGCCACUAAUGCAAACCACAUGCUUGAGCUGCGCAUCUGCAUAAGUACACACCUGUUUAAACUGUGUGCUGUCUUUUAGCUCAAACAGUAAAUUCAGGCACACUCACGCCAGAGGCAGAGCAGCUGCAGAGCCGGGUCAGGUUGGAGUCAUUGUAAUCCUGCUUGACAUAAUGUAGUCCUUGUGUUUGGCAGGGCCUGUGUGCAUGUGCAUGUGUAUGUGUGUGCGCAUGAAUGAAGGUAAGAGUGUGCGUUUGUGUGUGGUAGUGGGCCUUUCUCUCAUGGCUGGUACUCAGAGCUGUGUAAUUACCCGGCUGUGGUCCUGUAGUCCCACCAGAGAAGAGACAGAAAGUGGGGCUGAUCUCACACAACGUAACACAGCAGCACCUCCGAACCGCUGGCACAGAGUCAGUCCAGCACAGGGUCGGGACUCAACAUGGGAUGUGUUAAGUCACAGGCUCAGAUGGAGGAGAUUUUUUUCUAAGAUUGUAAAUCAAAGUAUAAACUCGGAUUAGUUUGGCCAAGAAAACACUCUGUGGGGUUGAACCUGUUCAGUGUCUGACAGGAGACAUCUGGAAAUCACAGAUUAACCAGAAAACAUCAUUUACUCCACGAUAUUAUGACACUGUGAGUGAUGUUUGAAAAAGUAACCCUUAACUUUUUCACUUGGAUAUUUAAAGCACAUGUGAAGAACAUUUUGGCGCCCCCUGUGGACACAGCAGUCUUCUCUUACAUCCUCAUCUGCAUAUUUAAUUCCUGUCAUCUGACAAAAAUCUUUUCCUGCUGACUUUGUCUGUCUCUUUAAUAUUCUUUCAAUAUUCAGAAACUUAAAGCUCCUUUUACUGAGUAUGAAACAGGCUGAAAUUAACACAAUAUCCACUUAAAACCUACAAAAACAAUUUCUAUACUGUCAUUUUGAUGCCUAUUGCUAGACAUGUCAAUCCAGAUGGUUUAAAGCUCACUGUGGAAACUGCCUCCACUGCAAAUAUUCCACAGUAUGUCAUAUUUCCACAGUAAAAGACAGCAGGAUGAGACUUUUUUGUCAGAAAACACAGCUUUCAAGGACAAAAUCAGCAAAGAUGUUAGAGGCACGGCUUCAUUCAGAACCAACACAAACAAAACUCCUCACAGGAGCUUUAAAAACAAAACAAAACUGAUUAUUUACACCUGUAUUUGAGCUACAAAAGCAAGAAACAACCUGCAAUAUUAUUACUUCUAUAAAGUUAUUUUUAAUGCCAUCAAUUAGAAAAAUAGUUGUUUGAAGAUUCAUGUUUGACUGUUAAAGGAAAAAGUAUUAUGUUGUCUACAGGGGGCACCAAAAUCAACGCAAACCAGCUUUAGAUGUGUAUUUUUUAAUAAAUGGAAAAAAAAGACAACUUUUUUUUUUUUUUUUUUUAGUGAUAAAACAUUGAUGAAAUAUUUAUUACCCUCAGUUAAAAAUCUGUGAUUUACAGACCAGUCAUUUAGACACCAAAAUAAAAACAGAGCCACAGGGAGGGGAAGGUUGAGAAAGCUCUCAACUGACAGAAAAUCCUGCCAGCCAAUCAGAAGCCUGAAAAAAAACCCCACAGGACAGAUUUAUAGCGUUGGCAUAAAGACUUGUUAUUGCUUCAUCCUUCAUUUUGAAAUUUAUAUCUGCACCCAGAACCUGCGAGGGGGCAGGUCUUGACUGUGCAAGAGAGCAUGUGGCACACGAGCUGCACGAGCUGCACACUGCGGUGUCAGGCUGCCUCACCCGCCAUUUUAAUUGUUAUAUCUCCUCAGCCUUGAUAUGAGCAAAAAGGGAGGCCUGGGCAGAACCUGGCACAUCAAAGGCUACCUCCCCUCGUCUUACAAGUUGCCUGUCUCUUUGGAGGCUUCGCACAGCCAGAAAAGGGGAUUGGAGAGGCGGUGUGGAUUCCCGGCUGGAAUGAGUUUGAUGGGCUAAUUGUAGCCCCCAGUGGACACAGGCGCUCAUCACAGAGGGGCCGGCAGAGUGGGGAGCAGGAGCUGUGGGUGAGAAGCUGCAGUGGCUGGAAAAUACACCUGCUAGCUUUUUCCUUCAUCUCUGGAUUUCUGCACAUGGCUCUCCUGUGCCUUUGAUUUGACUAUCCUGGUUUGAAUUUAUGGAUGUCAGGAAUAUUCCCUACAUUUGAGAAAACUCUUUUUCACAGCUGAUUCCUUCAUUAUUACCGCUGCAGAGUGCAGUUUAUGUCACUCUGAAAAGAAGUAUUUUUGACCAGAAGUGGCACUCUUUCCUGGAAAUUGUUGCACAAAUACAUGAUCAGCAUUUUUUGAUCCAAGUGCCUUUUAAUAACCUUAUUCAAGCCUUUGUGUUGAAAGAGUGGCUGACCAUAACACAAUGAAAAAACAAGUGUAUUCUUGUGCUAACCAAACAGAUCAUCUCCAGUGAUCAAAAAGGCUCUCAGAAGCUUUGAAGAGGUUUUUUUUUCUUCCCCAUCUGCAUCAAAAAGAAAUCAAUAGUUGAAACUUUUCAGCGCAUGUAUCAGUUUUAUCUUGCGCUGCCCUCUCCAUUUCCACCCUAAGAGCCAGUUUGGCAGUUGUACAUUUUGCCACAAGAGUAAAAAUGUGGUUAAAAGCAGAAAGGCACAAGGAGAUGACACCGGCGAGGAAGCGGCUUGUGUUGGGUAGGGCCCUGGCUGGGAGAAAAUCAAUGGGAGGGAACACUUCCAUACACGGAAACGGCACAAUGGGAGGGAGAGGAGGGAGUAAAGGUUUUUUCUUUUUCUUUUUUUUUCUUCUUAUACUGAAAAAUGAUGCAUUUGUUUUACCAAGGGAGAGAAAAAGCAAAGACAAGGAGAGCAAGAGAAAAAAAAGAGCACUCUUCUGAACAUCUUUUGAAAAAAGCAAGUUCUUUGGUGAGGUUGAGUUGUGUGGUUAAGGUUUGUUUUAUCCAACUGUGCGGAAGCGUGUGUAGCUGUCUUUCAGGUCUCUUUUUAGUCGAGGCGAGGAAAGACUACUCAUGGCAUGUUCAAGGGCACUCAGUGGACACGGAUGCCCUGCAGGAGGCGGAUUUAUGAAUACAACAUGAGUAAACAGACACCUACAUAUACUAUUAAAAUAGUAAGCCUAGUACGUGGCAAGAGACCAUCCUAAGUAGUAAUUUGAGCUGGUCCGUAGCAAUUCAACCUCCCUCUUCUGAGGGUCAUUGAUAAAGACUUGUGAAAAAUCAGCUCUAAUUUGCCUGAUAGUGAAAUGAUUCGCACAUUGGCGGUAAUGUAUUCCUGUGUGCAUUCCUCCAAUACAACCCUGUUAGUAUUCAGUGUAGUGAUAAAGGAUUUUUUUACACAGCAGCUGUGAACAAAGAAUACAAUAGCGCACAAACUCGAAACACAAUUCCAAGCCUGAGCCUUGAAUGGCAUUCAGACUUCACUGUGACUGAGCGAACCCAUUCAGCAGGAGUGCGCGGCGGUUGGAGAGAUGGUAUCAAGUUGCCUGCAGAUGGAGGUCAGUGUGACUGGCACAGUUGGCACCUUGGCACGGCAGCAGCGUGCUCCUGCAGCACUUAGCUCCGCUAAAGGAUGCGUCGACUGAAGAGGGAGGGGAGGGAGGAGGGGGGGAGGACUUGGGGAGCGAAGCGUUUUUCUCACUUCUUCUUUUUUUUUAUUGUCUGCACUUCCUGUUUUGAAAGCCAUUAAGGAGCAAAUUUCCUCACAGCGAGAGGGGAGAUGAAAAGGCCCCGUCUUUUGAAACAUGUCCAAGCGCAAAUGUGAAAAAGAGGGGGAAUGAUAGCUAUCUGUAAACAUCUCUGUCGAGGGGUCGACGGAAAAGGAAUUGUGAGGGAAUGAUACAUUCAUUUGCGUUCUUUUUUUUCUUUUUUUUUGAUUCGCUGAUGAAAGGGAUGCUGCCGUUUUUUGUUCCCAGCCAGCUGUAUUGCUCUAUUCACAGCCACGCUAAUACAUCAGGGCAGGCUCACAUAACUACACAGCCACCACCCCCCUAUCCCCCCCUUCCGAAAAUGCUUUGUGACAUCUGCAUCCACACAUGUCUGCAUUCACUGCAGCCAGUGAGUAUUUAUAGCCGAGUUUGGUUUUGUCGUCCAUUGAUCCCUGCAGGUUCUCUGAUCACAAAACUGCACUUUUAAAGCUGCUUUUAUGUCGUAUCAAAAAGGUAAUCUCGGUGCAUUUGAACUGAGAGCACCUGAGGUUGCGUCUACAACCUGACCUGGUUAUGAAGACUCCACCAGACCCUUUUUCUCUCCUUCACUUCUGGGUCCAUUUUCUCUGUCACAGCUGUCUUUUUUGUCUUGGAUCAGUUGGCAUUCUCUAUAUUUACCCCAGUUUCCUCUCAGCCCUGCUUCUCAAGAGUUGCGCUAGCUUGGUGCAGCAGCCUCUCCUCCUCCCUCUGUUCUUCCUCCUCCCUCCCCUACCCCUCACUGCCCCCGAGCCUGGCCAGUCUGUGCCUCUUAAUAAAACUGACAGGCUCUAAUUGGGCUUAAUUGCACCCUUCGGGCGUCGUCAAAAGGAGUGUUGCUAAACAAACUGCAGGGUCUGCAAGCAGGCCAGCCAGUCUAACGGCAGCACAUUGGCCGCUGAGCUCAUGCCUGCAUGUAUGUGUACAAACCGCGAAAGUGUGUUGUGUAAAUGCAGCGCCAUGUGAGGGUAUAAAGGCGCAUUUUGGAAUGUGCAUGAGUAAGCAUCGGGUUUAAUUGUGCGGCUGUACGUGCGCCGAGGUUGGACGGGAUGUAGCGAACCAUUCAUUCCUCACACUGAGCCAACAGAACAAGAGCUCACAAGUUGGAGAAUCUCAUGCAUUCGAGCAGGCGAGCAUCAUCUGACUGUGAGUGUGCGAGCGACUAGACAACAGGGGUGAGCAUGCCUCUUUUUUUCAGGAAGUGAUUUCAACUUCAGGUGCAAGAAAAUCCCCCUUUUUUUUUUAACCUUUAAAAAACACACCACUGUUUUCCUUUUCUGCAGCGUACACAAAAAAGGUGAUGUAGCAACUCUGCAUCCCUGUAGCACCACCUCCUGGUUGACGGACUGGGGCGGCCGUGAUACCGGCUUUCCAUUCGGAUGUGGUCUAAUACACGGAGGUGGGGCAGACACUUGCCACAUGGGCCUUUGCGGGGUCACUGAGCAGAAUCGAUGAGAUGGGAUUGAGUCAUUGAAAUGGCAAAGCCUAACCUGCGUGUGUGUGUGCGCGCGUGUGUGUGAGGCGGCGGUGACCCCUAAAGCUAGGAGGAAAAAGCAGAGAUAAUCACAUUGAGCACUGCACUGUGCUAAAAAAUCUUCUCGCCAUUUGUUCCUCCUUCCGCCCUUUGAGCUAUUUACUCAUUACAGCUUUUCACAGCCCGUUAGUCUCUGUGAAAAAGUUUCCCAGCUCUAGUUUGUUUUGAAGCCUGAUACGAAAAAAUGCCACAAACAGGAUGAUUUCUAUUGUGCGAGCAGGUUACGCCAGCGAAGACGCGGGGAAGGAUUCGUCCACUGUGUUUUUGUUCCCAGCUUAAAAGUCAUGUAAUGAUGCAGUGGCUGAGCUGGAGGCCCCAUAAAGACUGGAAGGGCCUCAUUUCAGCGGCCUGCUGCUGCUUCCAGUGCCCGACUAGCCGGCUCGGUCACCCCCUUCUUUUAGGAAAAAGAGGCAGAGCACAUAAUUAAGAUAUAUAACCCAGGGUGGACUGAAUAUAUAGACUGAAAAUAUAGAGGAGCAGUGCAGUCGGCCUCAAUCACAGCCUGUGGUUUACUGUUUGGCUGCAGACGGUGCCCAGACCUGUACGAGUGUGUGUGUGUGUGUGUGUGUGUCUGUCAGCAGUCUGAGCAGCAUGCUAUAAAAGGCUGGUGAGUCGAGCCGUAGCCUCUCUGUGUGUCGGGGUCACAGUGAGCCAAACUGUUUGUGCAAGUACACGUACACAAACUCUGUGUGAGUACGCUGUGUAUUUAUUUGUGUGUGUGUGUGUGUGCAAGUGUGUGAAGGAUGCAACCUCCCCUUCCCCGACCCAAAGCUCCUUCCUCAUCCCGUCUCUCCGUAUUCAUCCCUGUAGUAAUAUAUAAUCCUGCUGUCUCGGGCAAUAGUGUGUAUCUGAGGGGACACAUCCUUCUGCUCCUUGACUUCACACACACACACACACACAUAGACACACACACAUACACACAGCUUGCAGCUCACGCCUCAGUUGUUUCAGUGCUUUGUCACUCUCUAAUGAUAACUAUCCAUCAAUGGUAGGGGCGUCGCUCGUGGAAAUGAAGAUGGAUUGAAUUAGCGCUGAGUGCUCCGGCCGCUGCAUUGCGGUGGCAACCCGUAAUUACACUGUCAGGACCAUUGAACCCCCCCCUCAUCCAGACGUUGAACUUAACACAUUCGCACCAGUGUUGAUUACAAGGUCUUUUAGUCGGGGCAGAUCCACAUCAUGUACUUCCUAAUGGCAAGUGAAGGGCCCAGUCAUUUGUGGAGGGUAAGCGUAGCGUGGCGUGUUCGCAUCAGUUUCGACGCGCUGAAUCUACAGCUGUUCGAUUUGCGAGUUAACUGUUAUUGUUGGAAAAUUGGCUAAUAAUACGCUUUUAGGUAGAGCAGAAGAAGAGUAAGGGAUAACCUGCUCAGGUAAAGGUGAGGGGGAAAAAAAAACAACAAGCACAAACAACCAAACUCCUCCUCUCUCUCUCUCUUUCUCUCUCACCCGUUCCCCGCAUCACCUCCUCUCUUCGGGAAAAUGAAAAUUGGCCUGAAGUGUUUGUUAUUAAAUCCGUCCAGGGGAAACUCCAGGAAAUGGACUUUAAUUUCAUAUAGAGGCACAUGACUCGGAGGAUCUUAGCGAACCAAUUAACCUCACCUCAGCUCAUUAAAAACUCUCCUUUCAUGGCCAGAAGCAGCGACUCAUCCGCUAACACGGGACAUGAAAGCGCAAAUUUGUCCAUCCAAAACUCUUAAAAGUAAUUGGAAAGGUAGAUACGGAGGGCCAGUAAUCUGGUGACACAGGCUAACUCGAGUGAAGUGAAAAGUAGAGGUGAUUAUUGGGAACAGACAAGCUUAUAUAACUCUGAGCGUGCUAUCAGCGCACGAGAAGGGCAGAAGUUCUUAAAGUUUCCCCUCAGGAUUAAGACAAUUCCAGUGAAGGUCACCACAUGAGUAAAGGGGCAGGAUGAGCGAAACAGCAGCUGGAAAUACAGACUUAAAGGGGAUGUUAAACGUGUCAACAGGGCGAUUGCUUUUCACAUUAUGGAGGGUUAAAACCACAGAGUUUCAACAAAAGUGCAAAAAAUAAAUCAAUGUAAAAAAGUUAAAUCAUUUUCUUUCUAAUUUUAUUAUACAAAAAAAAAAAAAUGUUUGUUUACAUUUUUUAAUAUGAGCGCCAAAAGCAAAAUAUUUAAAAUUUUAAACCUCAAAAUUCAACAGUAAAGAUGGAUGCUGGGAUUUUUUUUCCUCAUCUCAACUGCUCUCUGGGGUUCUCUCUUUUAAAAGUCAUUGAAAGUCCAUUUGUGUCACCCACAAAAUACACUCGUAUUACUCAUAAGUUCAAAAUGAGGGUGCAGUAAUUGCACGCGCACUGUUUCCCUGCACAUGAAUCAUUAUUUCCAGGCCUUUGUUGAAAAUAUUUAAUAGGUUAAUGGCAUUGAGAGAAGCCAUUCAGCUCUCUCCACACCAGCAUGCUGUGUUGUAUGUGUGUGUGUGUGUUUGGCGUGUGCUUUCACAAAGUGCAUGCAUGUCUUGGCUCACACUGUGCACACUCAUCAAGCCGCAUGCAAACAACCAAUCUCUUGUCAUCUGCAUCAAAAUAAUUACAGGGAGAUAAACACACCAUUUGACCAUUUUCACAGUGAUCUAAUCUGAAGCCGGGCUGUGAGAGCAUACGGGGGAGAUGAUCAAAUCCCUGCUUAAUGGAACCGAUCACUACUGUGUGUUCAGGAUUAAGCAGACAGACGCGUUACACGUGCGUCGCUUCUUUUUUUUAAUAUGUUUAGGAAGCCCGUUUCAUCGCUCAGCCGCAGGAAUUGGGGGUAAAAUCACGUCGAAGAUUUGGAGCCAUUCAUAGUCGCGUUAAAGAGAGGAUUAGACGUGAGAAAAACAAGGGCAGGCCUUUGUCUCCAGGUCAGAAGUGUAUUGGUUACAGCUUCAUCGCUCCACUCGUUUCUAUCUCCCUUUAGCUAGAAGGCAAACAGCAUCAGAAAUCUGAUUAGCCUCCAUUAUAAAGAGUGAUAUUUUCAUCCCGUCGCUUCUCGGCACUGCGUCAGAGCAUUCGCUCGCUUUUAAUGCCGGGAAAAGCCUGCUCCUUUGACAGAUAGUAGAUACUCCCAACAUCACUUGUUUGGACAUUUCUGUCUUUUGUGACAUGGAAGAAAAGACGGGCGAGAAAAUAAAAAGCAACUAAAUAAUGUCAAAAGAUCAGAAAUCAAUGAGGCCGGAGGAACGUGAUCCGCACAGCUCCGAAAGCGACCAGCUCUCUCUCUUCUUCCCCCCCGCCCGCCCUUGCAUUAAGAGUGUCUUUUCACCGCCACUAAACUUGCUUUUGUUCACCCCCUCGGAGAUGUAACUCAAGCAUGAGGAAGCCGUCUGACAAUGUUUGGAUAUCGGCAAAAAAUAGCCUUUUACUUAAAGGUUACGGGCCAAGGUUUAUUGAGUUACAUGUUCAUCAGCGAUGGAGGCUGAAGAGUUGAGUCAUGAGAGAGCGACGUUAAUGUGUAGGUUUGUGUUUCACAUUUUGAUGUAACAGCGAUAGAGGAAAUGAUCAAUGAAGGAGUGGAGAAAACAGGAGAUUUGAAAUGGGAGUUUUUUUCUUUUUUACCCAAUAAAGAAUAUCAGAUAUAAAAAAAUGUACAAAUUUUUAAAAAGUGGAAUUGCUAUAGAAAUAUUUUUUAAACUUAAGGAUUUAAAAUAAAUUUUAUUCAGGAUUAUUUUUCUUUAGGGAAUAAAUAUUUAAUUUUUGGAUAAAUUACGAUACAGUUUUUGUAAGAAAUAACCAAAGAAGGUUGAAAGAAGACAUCUCUGGAUUGUUGAAUUAUUUCAUGUACAAAAAGAUCUUUUUUACUUUCAUGAACAGAUAUUUAUAACAAGAAUCUUUUCACAAUUAUGCCAAAAAUAUAAACCAAAAAAUAUCUCAAAAUUAAACGAUAAAUGCCCCUGUAAAGAUGGAUAAUAAAGAACAAUAAACACACUUAAAAGAGCAUUUUUACCUGUUUAGCACUGGUGUUUUUAAUCUGAUUAUAGCUCCCCUUGUUGGGUAAAAAUAGAUACUGCAUUUUCCAUCACAUCUGGUAUUUUUGUUAAAAUUGUAGGUCACAUGCAGGCUUCUUUAUCUCCUCCCUUUAAAGACAUGUCGGACUCCUUUUAGAGUGAUUUUUACGGGUUACACCAGAGUUUACAGUGUAGGGUUUCAACUUCUGUGGGAGUUGUGAUCUGUACUAAUGAGAAAAAGAAAAUGCAGCAGCACAAUGCUUUGUGUCACCCACUGAGGCUGAGAGAUAGACACAGGAUUAAAAAAAAAAAAGAAAGAGGGGAAAAAAACAAUUUCUGGACAUUUCUAGGAGAUAAAUUUAAUUUCUUUGCUAUUUGGAGGUCUUCUUUGAAAAUGCAAUUGUAAUGAACACAUUCAAAACUGGAGAAUAGAUUUACCCUCGGCUUCAAAUAAGUUGGCGUUAUCGGACUCUGUCAUUCGCUCCUUCCCAUUUUCGAGCUGCUAAUUGAUGUUUUUGAUGUCGGCGAGAAAAUUGAAGAAAAUGUCAUGUGUGAACCGGCGCGGAAGUUAAUAAGAUUGACUUCGUUGACUGAAUUCACAAUGAGCGACGGAGAGGCGUGUAAUGGGGACUGCUGCGAAUUCGCCAGUCCAUCUGGCAAGGGAUGAAAUCGACACCUAGCAGAAACGGGCCCGUGGAGGUCGAUACGGAGGGAUGGAGCGCUCGGGAUGCCCCCUUCACCUCGAAAAAUCCUCUGUAUUUCUUUCGCCCCUUCGCAGCAGUUGGGUUUUUGUUUUGUUUCCCGCUGAUUGGAGUGCAUAAGCAGCUGUUUUUCCAGAGGGCUUCUUACCCAGGCGGGUCCCGGCUUCUCCGAGGAGUCGUCUCCCAGGGCCACGUCCUUCCAAACAAUGCUCGUUCUUAAUGCUGUUUUGAGUCUGAAAAGCCAGGGAGCUUUAUAGGGGUUAGAUUAAGAUGUGGCUAAAAAGAUGCACCAAUAUGAGUUAGGGUCAUUGCAUAUGUUUGGCCAAUGUGUAACAGAGCCUGAACUUAAAUCCCCUUAAAUAAAAGGAUAGAAGCACCACCGGGGUCGCUCCAUCUUGAGCCAUUUAUCGAGUGCUGGCUGAAAGCCAAACGUAGACGCUCUGCUUCUCCUUCUCUCGAAGUAAAUUUCAUCGAAGAACCAAAUUACUGAUAGGAUUUCCUGAUUGUAAAUUUAAAAAUAAUCAACUAUUUAAAGGUGUUUAUUUGUUGAUUCGCAUUAACGUAAGGUAUAAUAGGUUCGGCGUUUUUAAUUGGGGCACGGAUUAGCCGAGUUUGGUUCAGUGCUUCUGAUUAUUUCUCCAGGCCUAAAGGGGACUGAGAUAAACCCCUAAUACGGCCAGUACCCCUAAGCGCUCUCCUUUUUGAAGACACCAAACAAAAAAAAAAAAAGUGGCCUCUGCUAGCGUACGGCCCUCCGAGGAUCGUGGAUAAGGGACAUUAUUCUCAGAAUAGGCAAUUAAUUCCGCUGGCAACGAUCGGUUAGAGCUUCUUCCCCCCACCGCCCCUCCAAAUGCCCUCCUCUCCACCCUCCACUCGCCAUUUGAAAUGCUAACACAAUGAAAUAUUUUCCUAUUGGUCCGUGUCCCUCGGCUAAGCCAGCGCCGCGGGCGAAGAAUUUCAUCGACUGAUGAGACCACAGGCAUGCCCGAUAAAAAGGUUAACUGUACGUGACACGCACUCCAAGCAGCCCGUGCUACCUUGAACUCUCAAGUUCUGUAACUUUUAUUUGACUUUUUUAUUGUUAGCGAGGACAGGCUUGUUUGGCCGCCGAGGACGAAACCAAGCUGGUUUGUUUUGCUGUAUUUCUAAAAAUAAGGUAAACGUGACGUUUUUUUAAUAAAGCAAUUUCUGCUUUGUUUUUUUUUAUAAAUGGUUUUCCCGAUGACGUAUCGCCGAACAGUUUUAUCGUUCAGUGAUUUUCAAACAAACACAGCAGGCUAUAAUCAAAUAAAUACGUUUAAGAAGAUAACAAAGGGUAGCUCCGUCUAUGCCACACGGUGUUUCGUACGGUGAUUGAGGAAUUAAUUGGUUGAACGGCAAAAACAUCGACCAUGACAUAAACGUAAUUGAUUAUUAUGAAUAAAUAAAAAACAAUGAGCGACAUAUACGCUGAAUUAUUCUCACUCUGACCCUUAAAAGGAGCUUUAGCUUUUAUUUACAUUUUCUCUCCAGUCGGUAUACGUUUGUGUCCAUUGUGUUGUAACUCACAAUAGCUUGGCUCUGCAGUGCCAGAAUAAAGAACAAUCCAGGAUGGCACAUUUCUUCUUCCACCUUCAGGGAAAGGCAAGGUUGACUGCCAGAGAGUGGGAGGAGGAUUCCAGGCUGUUUUUAAAUUGUUAGUAAAAGAUAUAUGGGCACAGAAUAGGUAUGGCUGCUGCAGUACCCCCCAACCCCAUCUUUAAUACACACACACACACACACAUGCACAUGCAGAGUGCUGUGCGAGGACUGAGGCAGGUGGCUCCCCAUGGCUGCAGCUUCAUGACAACAUGCCAUUAGAAAUAGCAGGCCUGUUGAUCAAUCCUGCCGACAUGACAGCUUCGCCGCGAGGCCCGGCUCUUUGAGUGCCGACGCCGCGGCAGCUCCCUCUCCCGUUUCUCCCCACUAAUUGGUGAAGGUUUCUCUUAUAUAUGCUCGUGGCACAGGGCUUUUUUUUCUCCUCCACCACCACCUCCUCCUCCUGCUUUUCUUCUUUUCUCCCUCUCCCUCUUUUUUCUGCUUUUUUAGCUGCUGCCUCUCUCCCCCCCAUCCACCCCACCGACUGCUGCCAUCCGUUUUUAUCUCUUUUUCUCCCCCCUUCUUCCCAUAUAUCUAUAUAUAUGAAAUAUAAUUUUUUUUGUUUUUUUUAUUUUAACAUUGUCACAUUGGAAGCGAUAACUUUGGGUGAGAUAUUGCAAGUGGGUUGAGUAAAGGGAUGUGUGUGCCGCAGGCUCUGUUCGUUCUGUAUUUUUGUGGGACUAUUGGAGCUGGGAUUUGACAUUGACUCUAGGCAAUGUGCAUCAGCUUCACAUUUACACAAUGGGGAUCAUCCAGAAAAAAAUUACAUCUCUGUCAGGUGAAACCAAGGAGGAAAAGGUCUUUAAUACCAGUGGAUUUUUUAAUUGCAUGGUUUAUUUCGACUAUUACUAAAAAUACCACAUUCAUAAUUAAGUGAGACAGUGUCAUUUACAUUGAAUCUCAUCUAUUUUUUAACACUUUUUACACCCAGCUGUGUUGCAGAAUCAGCAUUUGUGUUUAUUUGAUUUAUCACGUAAUCCCUGUCUUUCUCAUCAAACGGAUUUUAGUUGCAAAACGUCAAAACAAUUGUCAGGAAACGGCUGCGUGUUGCUCGCUGACUUGUCACGGCAACACGGGGCUGCGUUUUAAUUCCACAGUUGUUGUUUUUUUUUCUUUUCUUUUUUUUUCUUUUUUUUUUUUAGCCAGCGCAUCACUCUUAAACGCCACCCACUCUGAAUCUCACCCAACUAAACAAAUGAGGCGGGAGAUAAGCACACAUUAAAUGUUUAACUGUCUCGCAUUUGUCAUCUGUUUUACCCCUCUUAAUUAAACAGAGCACUCCAAGUUGCAGACACACUGGCACACAAACACACACGCGCACGCACGCACACACUCAGCUUGUGAGCACCGGAGCCUGAGCGCAAACACUGUCCUGCCGAUGAUUAAUUUAGCCGUUAAUAUUUAUUUAGUCGGUCUUGGUUAGUUAGCAGCUCAGUGGAGUGUGAAGCUGAGAUUCUGUUUCUCAAAAAUAAGGAGGUAAAAAAAUCAGAUUUUUCGGUUUAUUUCUUGUUUCUUUUUUGACAUUUGUCUCAUAGUUGUUUUAUUUUGGUAAAAAAAAAAAAAAAAAAAAAAAGGAAAAAAAAAAAACGAAGGAACUCUGGACUGUUUGUGAUUUGUGUCUGCUUCAGUGUAUUAUAGUGAUACGGCGCAUGUUGAAAACAUUAACUACUACCUCCACCCAGUGGCACAAAGUGAAAAAAAGGCAGGUGUGAUUGGCAGCACACAGUAUUUAAUGUAGUGGGAAGAGUUGCCUUAAGCGAGGAGGGGGAUGUAUUCAGCACACAAUAGUGCUGCUAUCUCCCUCUCUGCAUUGUCUCUCUCAUCGCCGACCUUAUUACAUGCCGUAUUUGGCAUGAAGAAUCCCCUUCUUAUCGGCACUGAAUUUUAAUGCCACUACGCUUAGAUGGCCGCCUUAUUCUAGUAGUUGUUUUGACAUCAUAUUGCAUUUUCUCUCUCUCUAUGUGUGUGUGUGCGUGUGUGUUGGUUUAUUAUUUCUCAGAGAAUCAGAAAAGGAGAUCUGUCUGCAUCACUGUACACUCUCACUUUGCUGACUGUUCUGUUAAAUUGUGAUGCUUUGCUGCUUCUUGGGGCAUCAGCAGAUGUGGUAAAAAGGAGGAGAAAAGGGAGAGCAGAAGAACCGGGCCCGGGGUGAGCGGUGAGAAAAGAGGAAAGUAGAGUAGAAUUGGGGGGUUCUCCUCUAAAGCCCCCUCUCCAGAUCGGAGGAGCAGAGCGGGGAUCAAAGUGGCUUGUUUUAUGUGGCUGGUGCGACACUUUGAAGUCCCCGAGUCACCUACAGCACUCACUUCAUCAAGUUCACUAGUGUCUUAAUAGCAGAUCAAUAAGUUUCAAAGUCAGAGAGUUAAUUUGAUACCAGCGCUGAUGUGAUCACGCUGGGCCACAGAGCCGCUCCCCUCUCGUCUCCCUCUUCCCCCGUCUCUCCUCCUCACCUAGAUUGGACCUGUUUUAGGCUCUCAACUUGAAUUAAGCUGCGCCGGGGUUCUGUGUUUGGUGCCUUUUUUUUUUCAUAGACAGCCGCCUGUGAACACUCAAUCAGAGUCUGUGCGUGUGUCACAACAUUUAAAAUAAAAUUACUUCAAUUAGGGUUUAAAUUACAGCAUAUUUCAGUAUUUACAUCUACAUUUUUGUUCAUAUUUUUUACAUUUUUAUGUUUUAUUUAUUGUUACUGUGAACAAACUCUCUCUGCUACAUCAAAGAUAACUCAAUAUUUUUAUUAUUUUAUUUGAUCUGAUUUUUUUGAGCAAUCAUUGGUGAAAUUAUCCACCUUAAAAUUGUUUUUUAAGCCCAAAUUAAUAUGAAAAAAUGUUAUAUUUGUUUGUAUAAUUAAUCAAAAAAUUCCCCUGUCUUGUUUAAAGCACAGUCUUUCUUUAUUGCUAACUAAUCAUUAUCUUAUAAACAUUUGAUUAAAUUUGAUUGGCAAAUUACAUUUAUAUUAAUCCACAUUUAACGCAGAGAAACCAAAUUAACUAAAUAUAUCAGGGUGAAAUAUUAAGUUUUAAGAGUACAAAGCGCUUAAAAAAUAAUCAGUGCGAUGCCGACGGCUUUCAGAGAUUGGAAGAAAACAGGAAAAACGGAGCGUUGUCUUCAGCGCGCUAUUCACUCGAAAAAAGGCAGCACCAUCUGUAUUUGGUUCUGUGACACCAGUGAGUCGCAAAAGGCUGGAUCGGCACCUGGAGAACAAAAGGCCAAUUUAAUAUGUUCAUCUAAGGGUUGCUAAUGGUAUUAUGGAGCCGGCAGGGUGGUCGGCAGGGGCCCGGCACUCCAAGGUGAGCCCGCAGCUUGACCUCCGCACUCACACCAAUUCACUGCGCUGCUGGCAUUAGUGCCCCACAUCUGCCAUUUUUUUUUUUUGUGCGAGCCCUUCAAUACGUUCGCUUUUUUAUUUCAUAGCUGUAUAGAAAAUAGAAAAUACGCUUUAAUUCAUCUUAAAUAAGAUUCGGAAUCGGCCGUCUCUCUGUGCGAAAUCUUCAAGUGGAGAAAAAAAAUAGAUAGUAGUCAGGGAGAUUGUGUGCUGCUGGAGAAGUUUGAGUGUUAUUCAGAAUUUGGGAUAUGUGAGAAAAAAGAAAAGAGUUUGCUUUUGAAAAACAUGCAAAAGAAACAGAGAUGCUUUGUGUACAGAAGAGUAAAGAAGAUGGCAUGUCGUCUGCUUAAUUUUUCAGGACAGGUACUGGUAGGAAAGCUUUUUGUUCUUAAAUCUUUCACAUUCAGGAGAGCUUCUUAUUUUUAUUUCACUCUCCUGAAAAAAAAAAAAAAAAAAACUUGAACAGAAAAACUGGAACGUCGUUAUUAUUUAGAGAGAAUUUGAAAUUGUGCAUUGUGACAUUUUUGAUGAUGGUUUGGGAAAUUGUGCAGAGAGCCGUAUUUGACAGAGCCGCAGUUUCCCGGUGUGAAGCUGUUUCUGAGGGAAGCGGGUGGCGGAGGGGGCUCCUGGAUGGAGCUGAAACGCUGCAGCGGGUGGUGCUGGUGGAGGCUGCCUGUGUGGUCCUCAGCGGUCGGUGCUCUGCCGGGCUCUGCGGAGAUUGCUGGAGGUCUCGGGAUUUUAAUGAAUGUUUCAUGUUAAAUUUAGCGCCGGCGUCGCUCACACUGCAGCUCUUCUACGUCUUAUUUCUCUGAGUGUUCCAACAAAAGGUGAAAAAUUAAAUCCAGGAAAAUCAAGGAGAAUUAAUCCGUUAUAUUUCAUCAAAAGAGGAAAAAAAAGGGACGUCCUUUUGAUUGAAAUUUUUCUACGGUGAUUAGAAUAAUUUGUAAUUUAUGAUUUCAAUCCCUGAAAAAUUGUUAAAAUUAUGAGUGAAAAUAUUUCUAUAUCCCUCUCCUUUUUUCUCGAGGUUCCUGCUGUUCAUGCAGCAUGAAAUCUUGCUUCAUUAAAAGUGUAUUAAUCUUGUCUCGUCUCAUGGGAGGUACCUUAAGAUGAUGCUGUGUCUUUUUCUUUAAAUUGUUGGAGGAAAAAAAAAAUCUUCCAGAUUUGGUCCCUGUCAGUCAGAAAUAAUUGUGUGCUUAAUCUUGUCCCUGAUGGAUGACUUGGAGUUCAGCAAUGGGCCAGCUCCAAUGACAAAUACAAUAUUAAUAUUCAUUAACUGCUUUGACAAUGCUAAUUUUGAUGCAGUAGUAAAGGGCCUUCCAAAGUUAGCGGCCAAAGCAUCAGAGCUGAGCAAGGUGGCAAGAUAAUUUGUGCUGCUUUGCUGAGCUGAAGGCUUUUAAAGUCUUAAGCAGGGGAGAAAAAAAGGCUAGGUACCACAAACAAAAUAAAAGAGAAAGGGAAAAAGUUCAGACGCAUUGGAAACCAGGACUGUGGAAGUAAUACGAUCAAGAGACGGCUACAAAAAUUUGACACCUCCAAUGCUGCAUCUUUGAGCAAAUAUUUUUUUUAUUUAAACAAAAAAACCUUACAACAAAAAAGGAGCACAACAUGGUAAGUCAGCACAUUCUCGUUUUUUUGUUUAAUCUUUUUGAUCUUUUCAAUUAUCGCUAUUUGAAGAUCAAUAGUCAUUUUUUCUCUGCUGUGGUUAAAAGGCUCACAGCGGUGGUAUAGUGGAUGGUCGGAUCACGGCUUUAAGAGUGGGCUUCCUCUCUUCAAGCCACCAGUUGGCCGGGUUGAAUUUUUCUAAUGCCAGCUCUCCUGAAAAGCACACAAGGCUUGGGUUUAUUUAUUAGUAUUUUUUGGUAUUGUUUUAGCUGCUGCUGUUGUUGGCUUGUUGUGUGUCAGGUUUUGACUUUGGAGUUCGGGGGUUCCUUUUCCCCUUUCUGUUGUCUUUAAAGAGAGUUCAGGAUGGAGAAAGUUUGGGGUGCAAAAGCUGCACCAGAAUGACGGGCUCUUUUGCUGAUAAAUGCUUGUUUUUUUUUUGGUCUUUUUGUUUUGUUUUGUUUGGCUGUUUUUUUUUUUUUUUUUACGGGGGUUCCUUCAUGAAAAUUGGGGCUAUCAACGGGCAGGACUGACACCCUUUGCCCCGGAUCGGAAUGCUUUCUCUCACCUUUUUUCCCUGACACUUUCUGCCUCGCGUUUGUGUUUUUGCAUUUAAUUUAGUGUGACUAGCGGUGAAUGGAGCGUGGCUAGUUUUGGGGAUUAAUGACAUGACGAGAGACACCCCGCUGCUUGAGUUUAGCCAAGUUAGGGCAACUCCUAUAGACGGCACUUCACUACCUUUAUGUCUGCCAAGCCCGCUGAAUGAAAGCCUCUCUUCUUUCUCUCCCUCUUUUUUGUUGUUCUUUCAACUUAUCAAAGAAAGAGAGAUGGACACAAAAGAGCUUAUUAGGGGGGAUAUGAAGAUGGGCGAGGGGGGAAGGAAAGAGGGAGUCCCCGGUCAGACGCGAAGAGGAGCAGCGCAGCCUGAGUAUGCGUUUGAAUGCGUGAGGGGGGCUGAGAGUGAACAGUCGGCUUUGGCCACCGGCUCCCAGUCCCUCUCCCUCUCCGCUCUGGGACCCGAUGAGCCGCCGUCCUAAGUCGCUCCAGCGUACCUUGGCUCCUCCGGCCGCUUCUCUUAUCGGCUCAACCCAUCGGGCGUUAGCGAGGGGGGCUGCCGUAGAUGAGGUGCUGCCCCCCAGUGGAUUAGUGGCUGACAUGGUGGUGGGAGUCUGCUUGGAGUCUGUGCACUACCACGAGUGCCAGCAUGCUUGUUUUAACCAGGAACCGAGCAGCAUCCCAAAUACAGCUCUUUUAAAUGGUAAGACUUUUCAACAUUUUAAUUAGAGCUCUGCUGGAUUUUCUGCUGUUUGUUUGCCUUUAAAUAUUAUGUUUAGAUUGAAUUUAUUCAUUGGAUAUUUUUCGAGGCUCCGUUUGGCAAUUUAUAACACUUAUGUUGCUAAGUGACAGAUUGACAAUUUGGAUAAUGAAAGGCAGUGUUUGAUUGCUUUGUCUUGACAGCCUGACAGGGGUGUAUUAUUCUCUUGGACAUCAAACUAAAUAUGGUUUUUAUGAAUUGUAUUGUGAAAUAUAUUCUUGUUGAAUCUAAUUAUUAGAAUGCAUUAUUAAUAUUGGAGCAAUUUUAGAAAUUGUAUCUUGUAUUUACAUUCAGAUUUUGGGUAAUUUAGCCUGAACAUCUCAUCAGCUGUUUCUGUGCGUCUGUUAUCAAUAAAACAGGGUUAGUAAUUUUCUGAAUUUACCUCCUUAAGCUUUUUUCAUUUUUAACCAAAUGUGAUUUUUUUCUUAAUAACAAAAUUAUACUUUAAUUAUCGAAGUGAAGGAAUGGCAGAAGAAGACAGGAGUUGUGUGUUUAUAGUGUUUUCUUUGUGGUGUUUUAUUCUGCUUUGUUUGAAUUUCGAUGAAAAAACAAUGAGUUCGCAAAGGUCAGAGGCCGUUUCGUCCGCUUGUUUUGUCAAAGUUUUUCCCUUUUCUUUUUUUGUUUGGCUCUGCACCCUUUCGGGGUCUCGUGCAAACAUCUCAGAUAGUAGAGUCGAACAGAGUAUUUUUUUCUCCCUCCUGUGCGCUCUUGUGUCGUGGACGUUGAUGCCAUUGUGGUUUGGUGAUUGGGAGCUGUCCAUCACUCGCCGGUGAACUGGCAGUUUACUUAAGAACGUGCACGUGGGACAAAAGGAGAUGGCAGGAGCGUGGCAGGCCGGCUGAAUGGAGGGAGGGCAGGCAAUUAGCCGCCGCCUUGUCGGGGCUCUUUUACUUGUCAAGCUGGAGCCCCCGCGCUAUUGUCCGAGCUGUGUAAAGGACAUUCCCGGGGCUUUGUUUUGGCUUUAAGGGCCUCAGGACUGCCUGCUGCAGGCCAGGGGAAGAGCCGGCUCCUCACAGUGACAGAGAGGCUGAGCGAGGACAGGCAGGAGAAGAGACCAGAGUCAGUAAGUUUACAUUUGAAACGCACAAGUGCAGCUGGACCGUUUGUUCUUCAUCGUCCCUUACUUUAGAGACACUUUCCCCAAUUUUUCUCCAACAUUUUGAAAUUCCCUCACUCUACUCAAUGAUCGUCUUUAUCUUAAAUAAUAAAUCCCCUCUUUAAUAACCUUCAUUAGAUCGUAUUAAAAAUAUAUUCAAUUUUUCUGAGCUAAGAUGGGAAUAAUUUUCUCUAUAAAUAUUUAAUUUGUCAUGGUCAUUAGUCAGGUUCAGGUUGUUAGAGGUUAUUAAAGGUAAUUAGAGACUGACAAGUCUAGUUAAUUAUAGAUUUUAUGACUGAAAAUUAUUCAUACAUUUACAAACACUUGAUUCUGUCAUUUUUCAUAAUUGGAGUUAGUAUUGCUUUGUUUUCAAUUCAUAUAUUUUUAAAAAGUGAUUUCAUAUUUUUUUAUAUUUUUUGAGGAAAUAAAUAUUUUUAUAUUUGAAGCAAACAUAAUUUUAUUUUGAUUAUUUUGAUCAACAGUGUUGAAAAAUUAAGAAACAUGUUUAAUCAUCUAAAAUGACACUCAAAAGUCAAGUUUUGUGGAAUGCCCCUUUAAUACAUCUUGUUUGUUUUUGCAACGAUGAACAACAGAUCUCUUGAAUUUCCUCUCGCUUGUAAAAAAAAAAAGAAAAAAAAGUGGUCUUGACCUGGUGAAGCUCAUCAUUCGGCUCAAGUACUGGGAAGGAUCCUCGAUUUGAAGAUGAAAUAGUUGCAAAGAAAAGAUGGGGUAGAAGAGGGGCGGCGAGGAGGGGAGCUUGAGGCCUUGUUCACAUGAACCUUGAAUGGCGGCGGAGUUGGAGGGAGGGGGUUAAGAGACAAAUUCUUUCCACUCUGAGGUAUUGUUUAGAAAAAAAAGGGGGUUAAAAAAAAGAAAGACGAAAGGUGCCACGUCCAUGUCAGAGUGAAGACUCUCUCUCUCCCCCCACGGAAAGUGUGUAUGAAGAGGGGACUGUCAGCAUCACACAUAUAAAAUGACUGUUGGCCACACUUUUCUGAGCCUGCCCUCCCUUUGUGGAUGUUGUUGUGUCUUGUUCCUUUUUUUUUUUUUUUUUUCUUUUUCUUCCCUUUUCUAUCUCUCUCUCCCUCUCCUGCUCUCUCCUCUUUGUCUCCAUCUCUCGCCUUGCUCGCUUUACCUUGUAGCCAAAGCUUUUCAAGCUGCCAGUUCGUCUCUGGGCAUCCUGGAGGCACAGCAGAGCCCACACACAUACACACACAUCCGCUAAGAAACACAUACACAGACCCAACAUACAGCAGGGAUUUGGGUAAUAACUGAUUUUUUUUUUUCUUCUGUGUGUGUGUGUUUGUGAGUAUAUAUUUUUCUGGAGUAUAGCUUGUGGGAGACUGCUGAAAAGCUGCUCACAGUAAUUUUUCCUUCUUGCUCUCUGCCGCUCACUUCUUUUACUUCUUGUCACCGGCAUCAAAACUUUCACUCAGAGAGGAGAGGAGACUGCUGGCCGCAAAGAGCGAAGGCUUCUGUGGUUAGAGUGAGGGAUUUUGUGAUUUUUUUUUUGUGGGUGGGUUGGGAGUUUUGUGGCGACUGUGUGUGUGUUCGUGUGGAGGAGGGUGGGGUGGGGGCACUAGGCCUCAAACCCUGACGCCUCAAGAGAUACACACGCUCUAAUGUCAAAAACCUGAAGGGGAACAAUGGUCAGCCGGCCACGGCAAAGAGAGGGGGGACGAUAAACACACACACACAGGCACACACACACCACACAUGCCCAGCAACACACUCGCAUGCACUGGAGGAAGGAGCCAAGGCAGAGACAGACAAAGAAGAAGGAGAAGAAGAAGUGGAGGAGAAAAGCGGCCAAGACAAGCAAAAGGGCUUCUCCCCGGCGUAGAGAGAGGGAAGGAGGAUCUGGGGGGGCCAGGUGGAAGGAGGAGAAAGAGGAGGAGGAGACGGGGGCGAGGGUGGGGGUGGGACUGAGGGGGUCAUGUACCCGCGGGAUGGAGCUCCAGCCGGGCCGGAGGAGACGGGAGCCAAGGCAGGAGUCCUGGGCCCCGGGCUCUCGCUCCUCCAGCAGGUGGGCUGCUGGCACCUCAAUCUGAGCAGCUGGGUGAGUAACGCAGCAGCUCUGCUCCCCUGCAAAUUCACCGUCUCUGCUUUUUCUUACGUCUGACGGCAUUUAGCUUUAUUCUGACAGGUUGUUGUUGUUGUGGUGUCGGCUGGUGUUGUGGAGGGAGGGGUGGGGGGGUGUAUUUGGGUGGAGGGACUCGUGGUUAUCUCAGUUUAUGUUUUAAAAAUAUACUCUAAAAUACUGUUGGAUUCUCUGUUCAGUUCAUGUGCUAAUCCCACUAAAACGUAACGCUCCCCACUCUGUAAAUGAUCUGUUUUUGAUCAAUUGAGGCCUAAAUAAUCAACAUUAUUAACAGUGCAUCUAGAUUAAUUAAAGAACUACAUUUCCCUCUCCUGAGAGGAAUAUUAUUCACUCGAGAAAAACACAUUUGAUAGAGCUCAUGUCUUAACCAUGAAAUGUAAAGUAAGAUUUCAAUAACCUCACAGAUUACCAUAUCCCUUUGUCAGUGUUGCCAUCCAAUUCAAAUUCCUAAUUGCUCAGCUUUCAACUGAAAUUCUGAGGGGCUGAUUGCAUUUCAAAAGGCAGAAUUCAGCGUGGCUCUUAACACCGAGCUACAAUAUCACCUCUCAGAGAAGCCCCCUUUAACUCAGGUAUGUUUGAGAGUUCAAGAGGCUGUUUACGCUGAAAAGAAAAAGCCUCAACGCACGUGCAUCUAAGAGCCGAUUUGUCUUCAUAGAAUACAACAGUUCCCACCAAAUACCACUUCAUAUUUAAGCUAUUUGUGCGCACUUUUAUUUAUCUGUGACAUGUCAGAACAUGUCCUUUCUGCGAUUCCAUUUGAUGUGCCGACUAUCAAAGAUGGGAAGUGAAAAUAAAUGGUGACGAACGACUUGAGUGCUAGCGAAGAGAGCAGGAGGAGGAAGGGGAGCAAAGGCUCUGGCCCACAUAAUAUUUUUGUUCAGCGCUCUGAUCAAGCAGUCGGCAUGUCACUGCAGCAAAGUGAAUAGAUUAACUUUUAAAUAUACUGUGGUCUCAGGAGCCCCUUGCCCUCAGAGACGCAUCUUCUCUGCCAGAGAGGAAGGAAAACUGAUCAACACCUCCAUAUCUGCUUUUUAAAUCCUUUUGCUCCCCCUUACAAUUCCCAGGUUGCUAAUAUUGUGGAGGGUUUUUCUUUUUUUUUUUUUAUUCUCAAAUGAUUAACCAAGAAAUCUGAUUUCUGAAGAGUAGCAGGGGUUUUUUAAUCAGCGUGCUGUGCUGGAGGAUCACGGCUCUGAUAAGCCUUUAAUUUGUUGGAGCAUUUCAUAUUCUAUUGCUGUUAAACUUUAAGUAUUCCUUUAGAUUGUCUGCUUGAAUCUGAGGUCUGAUUUGACUGAGUGUGUGUCUGUAAAUGUGUGUGUGUGAACGCUAUGGUGUUUGCAAGGAGAUGAAGAUGGAAGCCUGGAGGGGGCACUCUACACCUCCCAAAGGAAAACAGCGUUCAUGUGUGUAAACAGAUUCCAACAGGACGACAGUGAACGAUACCAGAUGAUUCAUUAAAUCGGUGGCAGCACAGUUUGUACUUUUUGUUGUGCUCAAAUCAAAUACUCACACACACACACAUACAAAUUACUCUUCUCUGACACUUUUCCCUCAGCAUCCCAGUGUGUGUGCGUGUGUUUUCUACUCCAUGUGCCUUGGAUGUGGGCCACUUGCACGCUCUGGGAGAGGCUCAGGGCGCUCUGGCAGCUUUUUUUUCUGCUUGCUUUGGAAUUUGGAGGCCUGAGAGGACCUCAAUCCAUCACAGCUCUGUCAUCCCCACAACUCUCUCCUCUCUUCCCCUCUCUCCUCCUGCCCCGGCCUCACUACAGCUCAUUAGCGCCCCGCAAACUGUUGUGACAACUCAUCAUAUCAUGACACAAAGCAGAGAGACGGAGAGGCUCUACCCUCCCCUUCCUCCACCCCCUGGGCCUGCAAGGUCACCACCUUCACAUUUAGGGCUCAAAUUGGCCCUGCGAGGUGCCACCAGGCGGAAAUGCAAGGCCAACAGCUUUUUCCUGUCCGGGCCUCCACCUCUCUGUCUCCCUCCUUUUGUCUCACUCCGUCCUGCUGUCACUUUCUCACCCCUCUGCUUUCUCCUGUACCUCCCCUCCCUCCCUCCCUUCACUUCUUCCCCAGAGGUCUGGCUUGAAGCAGCUUGUUCAUUUGUCCACUUUCAAAGGCUCUUGUCACACGAUGGCAGAGAAGCAUUAGCCAUCAGCAUAAAUUAGAAAUAUCUCACCCUUGAGGCUGUUUUAAGGUCGAACCAGAAGAAGUUAGAGAAAAGUUUUUUGAGAGUUACUCUUGGCCUUCGCAGGCUGACUGUACAGGUGUUCACAAUGACACAAGCAUCACAAUAAAACCGUCCGUUUUAACGUCUUUUAAGCCUCUUAAGAAUAAAAAGACAGAAGGAGAGAAAGUCCAAAAACUCUCAGUAACAUAACCCCAAGCUUGUUUGUGUCUGCUGUUUUAUAGAGUGCUGCCUGAUCCUCACAGUUCCAGCCUCCUUUAGCAGCAGGCUUGCAUGUGUCCUGGACGUGUAAAAAGUCAAUGUGCUCAUUGAUCUUCCAAACAAAAGUGUGUGCACUUAAAUUUCUCCUGCGGGGUCUUUUGAAUCUCUCUUUGAGGCUUGAAAACCUGGUCAUCAUGACUACAGAGCGGCGUGCUUUUUUUUUUAGUCCUCUGCUAUAUUUGUUUGUUGUAAUGACGGAGGUGGGUGAGAAGGAUGCAAGUCAGCGGGGGUGUAAAGGGGCAGGAAAUGUUCUUUCUUUUCCCCUGGCUUAUGUGGAGCAGAGAGAGUAAAGCCUCCCACGUCGCCUGCUUUUGUUUUCCGACACUCUAUGAGCGGCUCUGUGAGCGGCUGAAGCAGACCCAGCAGCCUGCCAGACGAUUCCUGGGCUCGCUUUGUCCCACUGUGGCCACAGGGCAGGUGCUGGGCCUUCUUUUUCCUGCAGGGACCACCGGGUGCUAACUUGACGUCACUGGAUUUCUACUGCCUGUGCAAAGAUGAGCUGAGGGAGUCAAGUCCAGCUAACAUCUCUCUGGAGGAAUUCACCAUUUCUCUCCAGAGACAGUGGACAUACCUCAAAAAAACAUUCGUCAUAUUCAGCUUCUGUCCAUAGUGAACUAGUCCAGCUUGUUGCUUCGCCUCACUUUGGGCUUUUCUGCACACACACAAAAAAAAGAGCACUCUCCUCGACCAGAAAGCGACUGUGAUGUAAAUGGACUGCCUUCUAGCUCUCCCUCCCUCUCUUAGUGUCCCACACACACCCUCUGUAACACCCUGUGUCUAAAUGUGGACUCAGUGGAUGGGCAUUUUGAACUGUCUUCUCAAUGGCCGGGGCCCCCGGACAAAAGAACUCAUUUAAAUGGCCACUAAAGCUUUUCAGCACCCAGAGAUGAAGAAUUGACAACAUUCUUUCACAUCAUUACCCGAGGGAGGAGCGGGGAGUCGUGAAGGAGGAGGUUAGGAGGUGAGAGAUAGGGAAGGACAAGGAGACGAGGGGGGAAAAAAAAAGGCAACUAGGGAGAGGCCAUCUUCUAGCGUUCUGUCAUAACCUCCAUCCUGAUUGUUUUCUCCCAGUUCCUCCUUUUCAUCCCUCUAUUCUCUCCGUGUGCAGAUCAGAUCAGGGGAACCCACUGAAACGAGGCCUGCCUUGGUUUGUGUUUCUUUUUUUUUUUUUUUUUUAACGAACCCCACUCCACCUCCAACCCACUCCACCCCCCCUCCACACAAACACACACACACACACACACCCCCAACCUUUCUCUUUCCUUCUCCCCUCCGCAGCCUUUCAGCUCAGGGCUGUGAAUGAGUCCCAAGAGUCCCUCUGCCUCCCUGGAGUUCUGCUGGGGUUCAUUAAUCUUUCAUUGGGACCAUGGCAAUAGGGAAUGCCCCCCACCCCUCUACCCUACUCCCCCUCCACACUUUCCUCUCCUCCACCACUGCCUGAACAGAAUGGAGGUCUAGAUGGCUGGGAUUGUAUGGACGAGACACUUGAAAAGACUUAGCUGCAGAGUGAAAACUCAGGAUCUGGGUGGAUUGUGGGAGCUGUAGGCUCAUUUAGCGUGAUUUCUUUCCCUUAUAUUUGUCUUGCUUUAAGCUCACUGCAUUGUGUUUGUAUUGCCAGUGAUCAUCCUAUGUAUAUAUGCCCCCCCCCUCUUCCAAACAUCCAGUCCCAUUAAUGUUUUUCAAAGUGGGUUGCAAAAGCGCCACAGUGGAGCUUUUUUCUUGCACGGGUUAAAGUCACUAAUGAGGGUGUGUGGCCUCUGAGAGAGCACAUGCACACACACACACACACAAGCAGCUUGGUGUCUGAGUCCUCUCCCCCCCUGAACAUAUCAUCCAUGUUAUGAUAAGCCUGAUUAGUGCUGCUUCUUUGACUCGCUGAGAGCAGGAUAAGGAUGUGUGGGUAAAAAGGCGAGAGCAGCCUCUUCCACCAGUCUAAUCUACAGCACAGCUCUAAUCUGGUUAUCUUGUGGUCGGUGGGGACUGUGUGUGUGAGUGUGUGUGUUAGUGUCUGUCUCGGCCCCGGCCCUGAUGAGAGGGGGGCUGAGCUCCGGUUAACGCAGGAGGCCCAUGGCAGCAGCACAGCCCUAAAGCUCCACUGUAAUCUUUGGGUAAUUGAAAAAAGGGGGCCUGCACCACUUAGGAGCACAAAGAGAAGAUUACAUAGCUAAAACUAAUUUGGCAAAAAUGCAGAAAUGGAUUUUCAGCCCCACCUCCUCUCUCUUAACCCUUUUAUUACAAUACACCCCUUACUCUCCGUGAACCGGGGCCCCUGGGGGGGAUAGUCGAGGGGAAGGGGAGCAAGGAGACCAGGCGGGAGGAGGAGGAGGAGGUGGAGAGCGGAGCGCCGACUGGAUCUGCUAAUGACUGUGGAUUUACACGCGCUGCCUUGAUUUCGUGGUUUACAGAUGAUCGAUUACUUCACAGCAACAGUGGAGAAAAGUGCCCCAUCAUACAUUAGACCCAAAUGUGAACUGGCAACCCCCCAAAGCCACUUAGAUUGUGUUACUGGAUUCCAGGGUGACACCGCAGAAGUGUUUUUAAUUACAAACCACACUAUUUUCACUGUGGUUUGGUGGUUUGGCGCCUCGAGAGUACCCAGAAUUUGAUCGCUUCUUCUUUCCAGGAGAGCAAAGUUGUAAUCCUGCGGCACGUGUGUUUGUGUGUGCGCGAUUUCCAACCUGAAUAUUAACAUCCUGAUCUUCUUUUUGCUUCUCUCCCUGUCUCUCUCCCUUCUGUCUCUCAGUCUAAUAAGGUUCCAGUGGUACAGCACCCUCACCAUGUGCACCCUCUCACGCCUCUGAUCACCUACAGCAAUGAGCACUUCACACCGGGGAACCCCCCACCUCACCUACAGACAGACGUGGAUCCCAAAACAGGUAAAAACCAUGUGACCUUUAUCUCAGGGGUUGUUUGAUUUAAAGUAGGAUAUCAUGCUAAAUGGAAUAAUCCAGUUUAAGGUCAAAGUUUAGAGAAGCAGAGUUGGUCUGAAAGUGUUUGCACUGCUGGGUGUGUAAACGUUUUAUGACGCCCUGCCACCAUGGCUCACAGAUUCAGGGCUCUUGUUUGUCUGCUUGGCGUCUCUCUGUCUGCCUCUCGACCUGCUCUUGUGAAAACAGCUCAAGAUUAAAAUAUGAUUCACACGUCACAUAAAGUAGACGGCGCUGACACCAACCAUAAACUGCUUAUCGAGGAUUAUUUGACAAUAAAAGAUCAAAUUUCUCUUGAAAAUGAAUCAAAACUGAAGGAAAGUAUGAGACGGUUUUUGAGAACGUCUUGUUAUUGAUUUAGUCGUCACCCUCAUGAAUGUGGUUUGGUUUGGUCAUAAGUGGCUUUAACAUUCAGCGGCUCUCAAGGAGUUGAGCAAACAUCUGCUCUGACUCCUCAACCAGUUCCCAAACCUUACGCGUUCAAACAAGAGUCAAAAAAAAAGUCCUCUGCAUAGGAGUGACCUGAAUAACUCGCACGUCUCACUUCCUGUCUUUGCAGCCUGUUGAUCCUGCACUGUCCACAUUUAGCAGUCAGGUCCUGCCCACACACCUCUCUCUCCCACGACCGCUCAGCAUACAUUUUUAGCCAAUUUCAUUCAUUUCCGUGAGCAUCUUGACCCGCUACUUUAUUUUGUUAACCGCCAUUCAGCUCGCCCUUCCAGGUUAAUGCAUUUCCCGGCGUUCUCUGGUGUAUUCAGUGGAUGUUUUAGGUAAUAAUGUUCUUUUAUUAUGAUGGUUCUUACAAGAGGGGAAUAAUGCGCCAGCUGCUGUUUAAUGUAGUGCUUAAUGGGGCUGCCUAAUUGGGCUCAGUGUUUAAUUAAUUAAUGAGCCAUAUUAGGUCUUCAGCGCUGGGUGGUGAUGGGAUAAUGUACCAAUGCUUUCUUUUUUAAUAGAGUUUUUUUUUUUCUAAACUGAGGGAAGUUUUUCCACGGCUGCUGCUGAGCACAUUGUCCAUCAGUAACAGAAUCCCCCUCUGGAGUCAGAUCCUGGAUAACCUGGAUCAGAUCAGCUGCAAACUUUUGGGUGUAACCAUCAACACCAGCCAAAGUCCUGAUCUGCGAAGGACCGAUCUGGCUCUGCUUCAGCGGCGUUUUUCGCAGGUCGAGAUGUCGGAAACAACAGCUGCAGAGGCAAACCAGCUGUGUGGAAGAAAGAGCCAAAGAAGAAAAUAAAAAAAAAAAAAAGGAAAGAAAAGAAAGUCCCCCCUAGUUCCUGGUCGGUCUACUGAGCACAGCGCCUCACUGUGCUUUUGUACAUGUCUGCUUUUCCAUGUUUCAAGUUUGUCAUGAGAGGGAAAGUUAUUUUUACACCCGAGACCUUUUCAAGGCGUUCGUUCGUUCGUUCUGGGCAGCUUGUUGAUGCAUUUUUUUUUUUUUUUUCUUUUUUCAUUUUUUUCUCGGUUUGUCAGCUGCCAUGGGAAUUAAAGGCAACACUGUGAUUGCUUGGAGAUGCCCACAUGGAGAGCUGUCCUUAAAUUGAACAUCUUUGUCACCGUUCCUCCGCUGGGGGAUAGAAACGAAAUCGGCUGUUUUGAAUGUAAAACCUGAGGACUGGUCGGGAGAGCAACGAGCCAAUAAAUCCAGUCAAAACAUUUACUAACUGGACGUUGAAGAGUUAAAGUGUCAAACUGAAACUAGAUAAGAGUUUGACCACAAUCAGAUUUACGGUGCUGGAUCUGAUCUCCAUCCAUCGAGCUGCAGCGUCCGCCUGAAUCAAACGCCAGAGCAGUAUUAGCAGCUCUGUGAUCACGCUGAAGGCUUUAAUUAUAUUGUUGUUUUGUUAACUUCUAAACCCCCCGUCAUUUUACAUCAUUAGUCUCCUGAAUCAGCAGACAAAUGUGACAAGAAUCGUGUUGGUGUUUUCUCCUCACCUCUCUCACCCUCCAACACAUUGUGCCGCUGCCGCCGCCGCCGCUGCUGCCGCCUCAAAGGCCUUUGAUCAGGAAGUGUGAUUUAGCAAUGUGUGUACAUGCAAGCAACAAGCCCCUCUUCCUCCUCCUCCUCCUCCUCCUCCUCUUCUUCUUCUUCCUCCCAUCUGCACUCCUGUGAUGUCUGCCCCGUUCAGAUGUGAAACUCUUGACAAAGAAUUGAAUCCAGCUCUGACAAAGAUUUGCUUCUCUCUCUCUUUUUCUGUCAUCUUCCUGUCUGUCCACCUCCUCUUUGCUCCUUCAUCCUCCUUUUUUUUUCAACAGGAAUUCCAAGGCCUCCUCAUCCUCCAGAUAUAUCUCCUUAUUACCCACUGUCACCUGGCACUGUCGGCCAGAUCCCUCAUCCGCUGGGAUGGUUAGUACCACAGUAAGUGAAACCUUCUUCUCCUUUUUUGUCUCGAUGUUGAAGAGAAAGUCAACAAAGAUUGUACUCAGAUGAUUUUCAGUUUUAAACUCAAUUAUGUAAGCCGUCUCAUGUCUGCUCCUCCCACCCUCGGCACCCUCUUCCUUAAACUCCAACUCCUUCCUGUAACUUUCUCAAACACACUCCUGGUCAACAGCAGCCCACUGCUGCCUCCUCAGGCCCCUCACCAACCUCAACUUGCUACUUUCUGGCAAAUACUAUUUUGCAUGUCUCUGUAUGGUCCAAUUAAAGUAAUGAACCGUGAUUGCCCGUAUUUUACCCACAAUUCCACAUGGGGGCUCUCCCCUGGUAACUCUUGUCAACACUUGUUAAUAUGACAAAAGGCUACAAAUUAAGCUCUGUUAAUUUAAUGUUUUCUCACCGCGAUCUAAAUACCGAGAGAGGCCCCGAGCGCAGCCACGGCGCCCUUUGAUUUGCUGCACUUUAUUUUGGUAUAAAUUUACAUUCAUUAUUGUUUGUCUUUGAAUGUGUAGACCUCAAUUAGCGUGAUGGCUCCAUUAAAGAGACCCGCGCUUCGUCUUUAAUUAUCACAACAAAACACCUAGUUCCAGCUUGGGGAGGAACAGGGCCCCACUCUGUCGACACCGAGCGAAGGGUUAUGAAAUUUAAUUAGCCAUCGCUAUCAAGAUUUGUGGCAUUCAAAUUGUUCAGAGUUUUCCUCCCUUUGAUCCGCGCUCUGCAAUCCCCUAGAUUUUUGUCCUGAUCAAAUGAGAAUAAAGAGGCCCACAGUGGGGAGAGGAGCGAGACAGAGGGCUUUACCUUCUCCUCUUCCAUCAACCCUGCUCCUUUACCUUACUUGCCUUUCUUCUUUUCUUUUCUCCCCCUCUUCCCAGGCAAGGUCAACCUGUUUAUCCAAUCACAACAGGGGGUUUUAGACACCCCUACCCAACUGCGCUCACUGUCAACGCAUCCAUGUCAAGGUGAGUUGAGCCUCUAGGAGCAAAACACACACACACACACACACACUUUUUCACACCUUACUUUUGCAUUCAGUUUUGUGUUUGUGUCGGCUCCACACACACACACACUCAGAGCAGCAACUUCUCCCUUAAGGAGAGCUCGCACUCCCCAUCUCUGCGUGUUCAAAAGGCCAAUCCUCCAGUGUGGCGCUCCAGCUAGCGUGCUCAAAUAUUAAUUAUAUUUAUCAUUUUCUAAUGAGGCCCCUGAAGAACAUUUACCCCCACUGCAUGUCAGGCAGAUCUGAAAUGAGCCGGGGCAUGUCCUCGCUGUGAGUUUGAGCAGCCAGACACAUAAACAAACACCGCAAACACUUUGAAGGGGGACGACAUGAUAGGAGCCGGGGCGCUGACACUUGGCUAGCGCUUUGGUCCGGCCCCAUUAGGGUCCAGCUCAAGUGCUGCUGUGGACAUUAGCACAUCCACGGGGGGUAUAUGUGUAUUUGUUACCAUCCUGUAUACAUGUGUGUGUAAGUGUGUGUUUGUCAGUUGGUGUUAGACUGCUUACAGCUCCCUGGAGGGGGAUGCAUGUCCUCUGUGUUGGGUGGGAAACGGAUUAAUUUUGGAUGGUUUUUGGGUCUGGAGCAGUCAGAAAGCAACAAGACAAAAACAAGCAGCGUCCUUCUUCUUCUUCUUCUUCUUCUUCUUCUUCUUCUUCGCUCCUCCUCUUCCUCUCUCAGCGCCACUGCAGCAGGGGGACUCUUUUGGCUCAGGCUGGUUAACAGUCCAGGGAUGAGACCGAGCCUUGGUUUAAUUACAGCCCGAUUGGAAAAGCAGCUCCUGAGGGUUGCGUGUUUAGACCUCUGUGACAUUGAUGGAUCAUGUAGAUGCAGGAAAGGAGGGAGGGAAAGGAAAGGAGGGAGGGGCCACAGAGAGGGAGUGAUAUUUUUGAAGUAAAGCCCUGAGAGUAAAGGAGACGCAGAAAAAAAAAUGUUGUGUUUUUGCAGGUUUCUCUUCGCUUUCUUUCAAGUGAUUCAUGCAUUAAAGUGAAACGGCGCUCCUUGGAAAAAAAAAAAAAAAGAUGGGUGUCUGGAUUAGAGUCACAUUCUCCUCCCCUUGGCCAGUCCGAGGCCACAAAGGGUCAGACGGUCUACCCAGACGUCUGCAUCUGGCAGCGGCACCCGGCCAACCUGGGCUUUAAGUGACUGCAAAUUUGGUCCCUUAAUGACAGCCUCUACAUUGUGAUCAUCUUAUUUCCAGUGUAGUUAAUUGAAUAUACUAGCUGGGGCGUGUGUUGAGGAGGGAGGGGGAAUGGCCAUGGGGAAGAGCUAAUGCCCUGUGAUGAGGCCCCCUAAUUGAAUUAGUAUAACUGAAUAGAUGGAGGGGUCUGGGAGCUCUCUAGAGAAUGGAGGGGUUUAACACAUCUCUCCUUGUGUAUCAAAAAAAUCUGGUUUUGAUAGACCAGAGAGUAAAAAAAAUAAAGUUGUUGAGAGGAUCUUGUAAGAGUCGGUCAGAUACCUUUUGAAAAAUAGCCUUCAGCCAGUAGGUUUUGUUCAAAGAAUGGACCAGACUGUUGUGAUGGCUCAAACGAUUUGUAGCGGGCAGACCAAGAGAAGGAAAUCGGACGGAAAAAAAAAAGUCCUGGCCUUGUACUCUUGUCAGGAGCUCUCUGCUUCAGUAUCAGUCCCCCUGCGCUUGCAGCCCCGGCCUGAAUUAGGAUGCAGGGAACGAGUCUUGGUAUCGUGUAGUCCCGCAAUGAGCACCUUAACACCCAGGUCCCUGUUAAAAAAUGCAUCGUUUUAGGACAGAGGGGGGAAAAGAGCCAAGGAGAGUAGAGACAGACAGCAGAGCAAAUGAAAGACAUUAUUUUGAUAAUGGGGUUGGAGCCAGUGCAGGUCCGCUAAAGUGUGUGUGUGACAGGUGGGAGGAUGUGAAGGCCCCUUUUGCCCCCUUAUGCUGAAGCCUGCCCUUUGAUAUGUUCCCCCGUCAUCCCGCUCCGUCUCUUUUCCUCGGGAACGUGGAGAAGUGCACUGGCCGGAUCAUUACACAUUAAACAGGCACGGGGGCUACCGCUACGCAUUGGCAAUUAAAUGGCACUGGCUGACACUGGGCUUGCUGCCAGAGUGACCCCCCCACUCCUCACCCGAACACCGCCAGCCAUUCAUACCUUUCAGAUUGAGACGUAGGAGCCCCGGGGUUGUGGGUUAGAUGGGAGGAUGGGUGGGGGUUAUCUGAUGCGUCCCUCUCUCUCUCUCUCUCUGUGUUGGUUAAAUUGGUCCAAGGCGCUGCUCACCACUGAUGAGCCCAGAUGAUGAUGAUGAUGGUGAUGAUGAUGAUGAUGCCCCUUCGCUUCAAAGGGAUGGCCGUCAUGUUUAAACCAUAACCUGGGCCAUGCAGUGGCAGCAGGGAGGAGGAAGAAGGAGGAGGGAGGGAGGAAGAGGGGGAGAGGAAGCAAGGAGGUAGUGAGGGGACAGGGAGGAGUGGAGAAGAAGAAGAAGAAAAAGAAGAAGAAGAAGAGAAAAAAUAGAUCUUGGAACAGAGGAAAUUUUAACAAGUGCACAGAGAGAGAAGGAGGGAGGAAACGGAGUGAGCAGAGAGAAAAUGCAGCAGCUCUAAUGAUGGGCGAUAUGCAGCCAGUGCUGCCGAGCUCCCCAUCAACGCAUGACAUGGCACAAACACCAAUGUGUCAGUGAUGAAGGGAGAAGAGGGGAAAGGAGAAAAAGAGGGAAAGAGUUUGAGGGGGGAGCGCACUGGCACUCCCCUGAGAUGGCCUCCAACAGAAACUAGUUGUUCCUGGCGAGUUUAUCCUCAUCAUUAUAUUCUGGCUCCGAGCCAUGCAGCCAGACACAGCCGGAUAAUGAGCUGCUUUAAAAAAAAAAAAAAAAAAAAGAAUUAUUCCUCCUUCUUUUGCUUCUCCUUCAUCCUCCUCUCUUCUUGUAAAUUUGUGUGUGGUCACGUGGAGCAGGCGAGGCGCUGUAAACAUACAUACACAUGCAGAUAAGACGCUCAAAUCUGAUGCGAAUAAUCAGCGUUGUGAUAUAGACAGUGACACGCGCAGCAGCACAGCAGUGUCUUAUGGCUGCUCCAGCCAGAGAAACCAUUCCAAAAUAAGGGCUUCUGGACUAGAUAUGCCGAGCGGUUGGAGAAGAUGAAAUGAUGAUAGGAGUGUAGAGGCAUGAAGAUAAAAAUGUCAGUGCUGCUGACAGUGCUGAAUGUGCAGAAUAGAGUCAGGGGGGGAAGCAAAUGGAGACCCAGUACCUGCAGUGAUACUAGACUUUGAUAGAGGAUUUUAAUCUAGUUUGCAAAAUGUAAGAAAAGAGAUAAUGGUUCAAGCUUUUCCCCCCUCAAAACUAGGUAUUUUCAUAUCAGUGAGAGCGAAAAAUGUAGUUUCAUUAAUUGAAUUGAAGUGAAGUCGUCGGCAUUUAUCGUCUCCAGAUGAAAGACAUUGUCAUUGCUUCUUAAAUCGUAAUUCGAACCAUUUCUCUUAAAUCUGAGUUCAUGUUUCCCCUUUAUAGACCUCAUAUAAGAGGCCUUCGUCUACAUCUUGGAAGCGCUUGAUCAUUCAGAUAUAUCAUCAGUCUGUAGAGCCUCUCUGUUAGCACGAGUCCUCGAGCUAAAAGUUUUAUUGAAAGUGAAUAGGUUUAUGAUUAACCUCAAUGAAGGUUCUCAUUACAGCGACACUCGGCUGAAGUGUUUGAGGGUUUUUUUUUUUUGGGGUGGGUUGUUAAAAUGUGACAUACAAAAGGUUUGUCCUUGUGUAUAAAAGCUUUUAAAUCAGAUUGAACUGUGUGUGUUUGACUUGAUUUGUUGUAAUACUUCUGUGUCCAGGCUGUAGUCCAAUGAAAUAAUGUGACACUCAUAUCUCAAUUGGUCGUGAACGCUAAAGCAGAAAUCAGCCUUGGACGUUUUCAUGUGGAUGUUUGUAUGUACACUUAUGUCUUUUUGUGACUAAAGGCCGAUUCCAUUUCUGUUAAAAAGAAAAAAAAAAAGUUUGAGAUGUAAUUAAAAGUUUUAAAAUGGAAUUGAGCCCUUUUAGUCUUGUGUUUACAUGUGUUUCCAUCUUCCCAUUUCACCCGUGUCCAUUCUGACGAUUUACACAGUCUUCUGUCCUCUAGGUUCCCCCCACACAUGGUGCCCCCCCACCACAGUUUGCACACCACGGGCAUCCCACACCCCGCCAUCGUCACACCCAACGUCAAACAGGAAUCCUCCCACAGCGACAUCAGCUCCCUCAACAGCUCGUGAGUACACUUUUCACUGGAGUUUGAACGAAGUCUCGCCUAAACUCUCGAUCUGUUUUUGCUGAGCUUGUCGAUUCUCUGGUCCUCCGCAGGAAACAGUCAGACGCUAAAAAGGAAGAGGAGAAGAAGAAACAGGUCCACAUAAAGAAGCCUCUGAACGCCUUCAUGCUCUACAUGAAGGAGAUGCGGGCCAAAGUGGUGGCUGAGUGCACACUGAAGGAAAGUGCCGCCAUCAACCAGAUUCUGGGGCGAAGGGUGAGUCCGAUACUCAAGGAUCAAUCUGUGUUUCAGUUUGAAAGCAAAAGUUAGCGGCAUUUCAAGAGAGACCACACAAAUGAGCAAACACUUGGUCACAGUAGCGAGGAAAAAACGGUUUAAACCACACAAACGGGUGGACAGCCGUCUGCCAUGACAGGAUGACCUAUUACUGUGGAUGUCUGUCCAGUUUGUGGUGAAAACGUCUCCCUUUUCCUGUCGUUCUCAGUGGCACGCCUUAUCGCGGGAGGAGCAGGCCAAGUACUACGAGCUGGCCAGGAAAGAGCGACAGCUCCACAUGCAGCUGUACCCAGGCUGGUCAGCACGAGACAACUAUGUAAGUUUUUAAGUUUACAAGUCGUCAGGGGGAGGAAGAAGAACUGGUUCUUUCCUUCUUUUCACUAGGUGACAUGACUAGAGUAUGUUUUGCUUUUUUAUAGCCUCAGAGACCACCUGUAGUUUACCUGUGUACAUCAGAGACUGAUCUGGUUUAUCUCGUAACAAAGACUAAGGAUAACUUCGCACAUGUUGCAGACAUAAACAGGGUUUCGCACCUCAGACACUUUGUUCUGGCGCUUAAGUGUGCAGGCUUUCAUGAAUAAUGUCCAGUUUUUAGGAUCAGACUGACCAGAUCAAGCAGCCUUAGAGCGCUCUGCCUCCCGAAGAAGAAUUUUGUCAAGAAGUCUGGCUGUUCACAGAGCAGAGGAAAAAUAAGACAAAAGAUUACAGAAAAGAAUAAAAGAGCAGAAAACAAGAGCGAGGAGGGAGGAUGUAGUCUGGCCUGCAGUGGCUGUUACAAACCGGAGGGCAGAGAGAGAGAGAGAGAGAGAGAGAAAAGAAAAGGCAGAGAAAGAAUGAAUGAAUAAAUAAGUAAACACAAAGAUGAGUCCUAUUCUCUGUUUCAUGUUUUGGGCAUUCUGCAAUAUAAUAACUAAGGUUCCUGUCUGUGUCUAUUUUUUUCUUUCUAUUUUUUUGGCGGCUAACCAACAGGGGAAAAGGAAGAAGAGAAAAAGGGAAAAGCAGCAAGCAGAGAGCAAUGGUAAGUGAGCUGCAAUUAUCUCUCAUAUUAGAAGAGCCCCAUCAUGUGUCAGGCAGAUGUGACAUGUUGCAAGAUAAAAGUCAAGCUAGUUUUUUUAGCGUGUUAUGUUUCUUUUGUGUGUGUGUUAUUGUGCCUGGCUUUUUCUUUUCUUUUCUUCUUUUUUUUUUUUUUGGUAUAGAUAUGCUACCCAAUGCAAUAUUUAAAUGGUAGAGUUGCUUGUAAUACCCCCCCCCCCCACCCCUUUUCCCAUUUUCCCCCGUAGCCUUCCCCAGCUAAUAACAACUGAAUAUGCAUGACCCCCCCACACUCCUUCUCACCUCCCCUCUGACUCCCCCCCCCUCCCCGUUUUGCCCCUUAGCGUUCUGGUAUUGUGAUAUGUAUGUUUUGAGAAUGUGAAGUUGAAGCAUUGUGAAAGCCAUUAACUUUGCUGGUGUUGUGUGCGUGCCCCCCUCCCACCCCGUUUUAUAAUGCCUGUGCCCUGCAGAUAGACUGCACUACAGUACUGUAUGUGAGUGAGCUUGUGUGUACGUGUGUGUGUGUUGUGCUUCUUGGCUGCCCCUUGCUUGCUUUCGUGCAUGCUUAAGACAAAAUAAAAAAAAAAAUCACUCACCCCUUUAAAAUUAAGGAGGUUUGCUAAUUUUCCCUCUAUGAUUUAUCUUUGACUCUUUCAUUUUUUGAUUUAAUUUCAUGAUUCAUAAUCUUCUGAUCGUGUUGUGAGGAGACAUGGCGACUUGUUAUUUUUUGCGCUUGUUUGGUGACGGAUUUCUUCUUGAAGGCCUCUCUAUCUGUUCUUUUUUUCAGAACACAGAGAAUAUUUUCCAAACCCUUGCCUUUCACUCCCUCCGAUUACAGGUGCUAAUGUCAUUUUGAGUAUUAAAUUACUAACUUGUUUUAUUUUUCUUCUUUUAUUCUUAAUUAAUGUCUAUUUAUUCAUCAAUGAUUGCUGUAUUAUUAUUAUUAUUAUUAUUAUUAUAGACAGGAUUAAAUUCUUUAUUGUGCUCUUUUUUGCUUUGUUUGCUGCUUUAUUUUAAUUAUUAAAUGUUUCAAUGUUUACAUGAUAGUUAAUUUAAUUUACCUCUGAUUACUCAUGUUGAUCUUUAGUGUAUAGCACAUACAGUUAUUUGGGAUUAUCAUUAUGCAGUAUGUUUGAGGAAGUGAAGACAUAAAGUUAGAUUGUGGAGUAUGAGCAGAAGGAUGUGAUGUCAGGGUAAACCUCCUUAAUCUAUACGCUGCAGUAGCCGCACUUGAGCCUCUUCCUACAGGCCAGCAUGAGUUUGGCCCACUUUAAAUCUCUCUACUCAUAUAAGGCCUGGACUCGAACUCUACAACAUCCUGCUGUCACUCCGCUCGACCGCUAAAUACCGCUCAAUUAUUGGGUAGAGCUGAAGUGACUGGCAGCUUUUUUGUAAUCUGUAAUGGACAGCCAAAGUUAAUGGAAAACAGUCAAGUGUUUGAUGCCAGGUCUGAAGAGUAGAUUCCCCCUCUUCAGGUUCCAGCCUUUUUAAUCCUCCCCCUGGCUAGGGCUAACUCACCCACCACCACGCUUUUAGCCGCCUGCUGCCUAGUUCUACCACUCUGACCUUGUCUUUUUGAAACCAUAGUGCACUGAUAACAUCUAGCAGCGAGUUAAUCUACUCUGCAUUUUGCUCCGUUUUUAUCCUCGAGACUGAAAAAGCUCAUCUUACCUGCAAAUUUAACUCCAGUCAGUUUAGAGACUUUGACUUAAAAGCAGCUUUUUUUUUCUCACAUGUCAAUGCUUUAAUUUGAUGAUUUGCAUGCGUUUUGAUUUGACUAACGUCUGAAACUCUAGUUUUGUGUUCAGUCCUAUCUUUGGAGGCACACUUGAGAAUGGCUUUGAGGGUUUUUUUAAGAGGGGAUUUCUUGCACAAUGAGCCACUGCAAAGCUUCAUAGAUUCACUGUUACCUGUUUUUUCUCCUUAUUUCUCUCCUCCUUUUUGGAUUUCUGUUCCUUAUGGUUUUGGUUUUUGGUUCUAUACCUUCUCCUCCUCCUUCUCCUACUCUUCCUCUCUGCUGGCUUCUCCCCUCCCUGUUGCGGCAUCAGACCUGAGCGCUCCUAAGAAGUGUCGAGCGCGCUUUGGGCUCGACCAACAGAAUAACUGGUGUGGCCCGUGCAGGUGUGUAUGGUGUGUGCUUGCACCAGCCGGGGCCAGGUGAAGGCUGCUGGGUAACUGUACACUGGGACUUCCUCUCUUUUUUUUUUUUUUUGCACACUGCUGCUGCCUCGUCCUCUCUUUCCCUUCCUUCUGUCUGCUCCGUCAGGCUACUGUGACCUCUCAGCUUCCUCCAGCCACGCCCUGCCGGUCUAUCUCCAGGCUAUCACUGUUAAUUUGUAGCUUCUGUUUUUAUGGGGAUGGAGGGCGUUCACAUUUAACCGCCACAAGUGUUUGUGUGAAUGGUGUCUGUGUGUUGAUGCAGGAUCAUUUCUGGGGUUGUAUUGCAGGAUUUUAAAAGUUCAAAAAGCCUCACUGAGAUUGGUCAGAAACUGGCAGGUCUGGGCUUGGAGGAUCUGGAGUCAGAUAUGGAGGACAUCCCAGUGUUUACCAGCCUAAACCUAAGCCCUGGCUACAUGUUUUUGUCUGUGCAAUGACGUGUCCAUUUUUUUCUUUCUUUUUCCUUUUUUGUUUUCUUUUUUUUUUUGUCUCUGUGUGUAUGUUUGUGUCUACCUCUUUGGCUAACAGAUGCAAAUACCCCAAAGAAGUGUCGUGCCUUGUUCGGGCUUGACCAGCUGAGUUUAUGGUGCAAACCAUGCAGGUAUAACUGCUGUAGUACCAAAUGGGAGGAAGACAUCCACUUUGAGCAGCUUCUUCUUCUCCUCCUAGAUUUUUACAUGUUUCCAUCAGUGCGGUAACAGAUGGCAAACUUCUCUGCUCCUUAUAUCCUCACUGAGGAGCUUCCUGCUAUAAAUUCCUUCGCAGCAAUUUUUCCUUAUUAAACUCAGUUCAAGCCAAGCGGCAGAAAAUGGAUUUGAAAAUAAGAUUACUCGAACGUUUUAUCUCAAAAUAUCUGGCUGGAAGAUCUUGAUUUCCUAAUGUAAUUUGGAGUAACACUUCUUUACGAUCUAACUUGUUAUGGUUGAAAUCCAUUUUCUCCCCGGGCUGUGGAUAAUUCCCUCCCAUCCUAACUGUCAUGUUUGUUCUAAUUGGCGUCCUUUUUGAAUAACAAUGUUAUGCUUACAAAUUUAGCCCUGCUUUCUAUGAGGGCCUGCUCAGUGACACUCUUUUCUGUGCCCUCUUCCUCCUCCUCCUCCUCCUCCUUCUCUUCCUCCAAACUCCUCUUCAAUAACCCUUACUUAGUCCCUACCUGUUGUCUUUCUGUUCUGACACAAGCAGUCUUUGAAUUGGGAAUAUUUUCAUGGUAGGUAUUUGUUUCUGCUAAGUAAUACCCUUCUCUGUGUCUGGCUUGCACCACACCCUGCCCCACUCUUUUUCUGACACAACCAGCCAUCACAACACAUCGUUUCUCAUCGUUUCUGGUGCUACACCUUUCCUUUCUUGUUUGUCCGCCUUUGUCCGAAAUUUUGAUGGUUUUUGUAUUUUUCUACCACUUGAAGAGGCAAUACUGGGCAGUUGAUAAGCUUAUUUCUACACACAUUGAAUCUCCCGUCUCUUCAGUCCAUCUCUCUGUCGUCUCAAUCUGCCUCUCUUAACACUGAUAUUAUCGAAAAUGCUCCAUUAUUUCUUAAACAACGAUAAGAGAUCUGAAAAGCGCAGUGAUUCCGUCUCCAUCCGAGGAGCCGAGAGGUUAAAAGUUCUCUCUGGGCUCCAUUUCCUAAAAGAUGCAUCUGGUGUAAUUUCCCCCGAGAGGGAGAAAUCAAUAACAUACACGGGCACAUACUAUGAAUCGAUAUGUCUGUUAAAAAAUGGAUAUUAGCUCAUUUGUUGCAGUUUGACAGACAGUUAUGGAGGGCAAGAUGUGUAUGUAGUGGCAAAAUGAUACCUUUUUACGGCCGGUCGAUACGCCCCGCACCACCCACUGCUGCAGUAUCAGUGCAGGGUGCACUUAAAAGCCUCAUCCCUGUUUUUUCCAGACUUCUUUUAGUCUUCCUUACUGUCCCGUGUUGUUGUACUUAUCACAAGUGCAUGUCUGUCUUUCACUCUAGCAUGCAACCAAGGUUUUGUUGGCCCUUUUCAUGUGAUUUUUUUUCUCUUCUUAUCCUCAGUUAUCUGCGCUCUCUUUUAGGGUUUAAAUAUAGGCUUUAAAAUUCAUAGAGGAGGUUUGAUUCGAUAACUCAAAUUAACUCAAGAUCAGCCGUGUGUUUUUCAAAGGCUGCUUCCUUUCUUUUCCGAACACCUUGGUCUUUUUACCUACUCACUCCUAGUUUUAAAUACUUAUACUCUGUGGCCUCCGGGCGUCAAAAUGAUAGAGUUGAGAGCUGAGAGAGAGGUCACUGCCAGGGUCAGGCUAAAGAUGAAGUGGGCAGAUGUACUGUAUAGCCUAUUCCCCCUUAACCAAAUCCGAACACAGCAGAGUCACCACACAUAAACGCAACAAUACCCUCACUCUCUCUUAACUCCCCCCCCUCCUCCUGUGCUCAUCCAUCGGGUUCCACCGAGCACAAACGGGCCUGGCCUCAGGACUCGGCAUGCAGAGGGGGGGAGGGUCCCGACCCCUGGCGAGAAUGCAAACAUGGUGCCUUGACCCCUCACGCACACACACUCGUGUCUGUGGGGCAGAUUGCACUGUAGUGUAGGAUCUUGUUGACUUUUUUUUUUUUUUUAGUAUUUGCCUCGUAUCCAAACUCUGUCCCCUCAGGAGAAGAGAGAGUAGAGGUAGAGGAGCGAGACAGGUCCAGUAACCUCGUGUUGCUGGAGAGAAGAAAAAAAAAAAAAGAAGGCUGAUCCCCCAGCUGUAGCUCUGUCUGUAAGAGAGGCUGGUUUUACAUCCAGAGAGCAACCAUUACUCCAUCUAAACUGCUUCAUAUCCUUCUCUUACAUCCUCAUCUUCAUCCUUACCUCUAUAUGUGCUUUAAUUUCCCUGCCGCUUCCUGUCCAGGUGCUUCACCUUUGACCUUUCCUUCAUGUCUGUCCUGUCUGAUGGUUCUGUAUUUGGAAAUCAACGCCAAACUUUCCUCUUAGCACAAAGUUCACAGAGCUGCUUAAAUGCAUCUUGAAAAGAUCCAACUACAGGAAACAAAAGUAUCACUCAGUUUUGGAGAACGUCUUGCCAAAAAUUUACAGAAUUGGGCGUUAAGAUAUUUGCGAUAAGGGGAUAGAGGAAAACUUGUUUUAUUUUUUAAUUCAAACGUCAAAGGUGCAUUUAAGUCAGCAACAGUGCUAAGAGGCAAUCCGUGUCGAAGAUGUGGUGCUAAAAAAUGUUUUCUUUUUCUUGCCUUGUCCCUCAGGAGAAAAAAAAAGUGCAUUCGCUACAUCCAAGGUGAAGGCAGCUGUGCCAGUCCUCCCUCUACGGACGGAAGCUUACUAGACUCCCCCCCAUCCUCCCCCUCCUCAGUGGUCCCCUCCCCCUCCUCAAAAGAGUCCAAACCUCAGACUGAACAAAUGCAACCUCUCUCACUGACUAUGAAACCGGCCCACCAGCCACUCCACCACCCGCACCUCCUGGCUGGGCCUCCGCCAUCAUUGGUUCAGCUGGAAAACUCCGCUGCAGCUAGCAAAACGCCUGGCGCCUCCUCCCACAACGGAGCCCUGGAGCACGGCGGCGACGUCUCGUCCUCGCGGCAGCCGGGCUCCUCUGUGGCGUCCUCGAUGGCCCGGCCCUCGGCAUCGCUGUGUCAUUCCCACUCGCUCCUCCCCUCCUCGGCCCCUCAGCCUCUGUCGCUAGUGACCAAGUCUAUAGAAUAGUCUGCCCUAUUCUUCUCCUCUUUUCUAGCUCUGCACACACACACCUUUCUAGGCCCUCACUCUGCUAUAUUUCACUUACCGUCAGCUCUUUUUCUCUUUCUGUUUCUGUGCCAUAAGGCUUUGAAAUUUUAGUUCUUGUUUUAUUAAAGUUCAUUGGUCAAUAUUUGACCCAUCAUUAUCAAAAAAAUCUAAUUAUUAUAAAGAAAUGAUACAAUGAGCUGUAGUAUAGCUUUGUGAAUCUGCCAAAAUUUUUAUGACUUUUGUUUUGUCUUUUUUGUAGUGUUCAACAGUGCAAACAGAAAAAAUUAUUUAGUUCAACUUUGAAAUGUUUAAAAGACGGAUAUAAAAAGGUAGGCUAGAUUAUUCAAUGAGCCCUUUUCUUGAAAGAGUUGGUUCUCCUUCUUUAUUUGUAUUAAAUACGAGCUCGCGAACCAAUCAUCUGACAUCAGUUCAAACUCUCAGAGGGCAUGAGGCUAGCGGUGACACCUCUCUGAGGAACAACUUUAAUUGUGAUGUUACUUGUUCUUGUUUAAAUGUACAGAAUAAUGGGGAGGGGGGGAUUACUGUGUUAAAUAUGCAUUCUUCCACUGCGUUGUCUUUUUUUCUUUGUUGUUUACCUAUGGGGUGGAGUCAGGCAAGUUGGGUGGGCUUGAGGGGAGGUCGGGGUGGGAGGGUUGAGGGUUAUUAAAUUCAAAAUGUCACAACGCUAGGACCAGUAGUAUUUAUUGCUUUAGAGAUUGCUUGUUGUAUCUUGUAUGUGUCUCUUUUUGACCUUUUUUUUUCUUAAUACAUUGUACAAAUAUUUUUUCUUAAGGUAAGCGACUUAUAUAUGAAUGAUCCAUUUUUACAAGGAGGUUUUAAAAAGGCAAAAUCUUUUUGUUAUUGAUUUCUUUCCUUGCUGAAAACCUGGAUUCCACUCAGUGUACUGUGUAGAUCUCAUGAACAGAAGUAUGCACAACUUCAUUUCAACAAAUGCGUCUAUAAGCCAUUUUACAAAAAGAAGAAAAGAAAAACUUGAAACAAGAGACAGUGGGUACCGUGUCUUCAGUAGUUGGAAACGUGUCUAAAGCCCUUCUUUUUUAUUGCACAGUCACAUCUCUCAGACUGUAGAUUCGUGUACAGAUUUUCCGUGCCAAAUUUUGUGAUAAUUUUCUCUGCCCCUCUCUAACCACGCUGUAGGGAUCUUUUUUUUGUUUUGUUUUGUUGUUGUUUGUUUUUUUUUUGUUUUUUUUUUAAUUUCGAUACCAUUCUUUGCUGUGACGUUACAUAGAUUGCUAUGUAUGUAGUAUAAAUGUUGCUAUAACAAAUGUGUUUGGUAGCAAAUUGUCAAAUAUUAAAAUUUAAACUUAAUAAAAAGGCGGACAUCAUACUGUAUAAACCCACAAGGGCCAAAUUAUGUAUAUUAGGAAGUUCAUAAAAAAACUAUUAAAUACAAAAAAAAUACACAAACUGCCACUUUUAAGUACACUACUACAUAUAGGUAGAUAGAAAAAAUAGGCAUGUUGAUGUUGCAAGAGGCUGUAAAAAAAGCUACAAGAGAAUCAUCCACUCGGUGCCAUUGUAGUUGACAUGACGCGACUGUAAUCUGUCGAUUUCUUCUCUGGUUUAUUAAGAUGCUAAUGAUAAAUAGUUUGAAUGUUUCCUUAACGGCUGUGAUGUUCCUGUUCUAUUUUAUGCUCUUAUCUUUUUGUUUGUUUGUUUUUUCCUGUUAUUUUAAAUGGUUCCAAAACCAUGUUUUUUUGUAAUGAAUAAAUGUUUAUGCUGUACAGUCUCUGUAGCAUGCAGUUCUGUAUUAAUAAAAGCAACUUAGUAUGUGCA